GCCAGCCACGCCCUGACUCAGACCGGAAAGCUCUGUCAUUGGCUAAACCGCUCCCCUAUGCAAAUGAGCCCGGGGGGAAUGACAUUCCACUGGACUCUUACUGUAAAAGCGAAUUUAUUUCCAGUCAAUCUCAUUCAUAGACCAGAGGAGGACACACCACUGCUGGUCCAGGCUGCAGGAAACUAAAUAGCUCAAUCAGGAAGUAACUCAACUACUUCAAGACACACUCUCUCUGCAUGCUUGCUUUUCUUAAAAAAAAUAUAUUUUUUUUCAUUAUUUUUGUUCUACUUUUGAUAGCAUGAAGCUUCCACGCUUGCUACAACUUGACAUGUGCUGAUGAGAGGGGGCAGGAAGCUAUGACAGAUCCACCUGAUAGGACCCAGCAUCAGAGGAGUUAACUGUGUGUACACACACUAAUAAGAAAAAAGAAACCCAGGUUGAGUCAACAGCUCAUUGUUUAGGAAUUGGUUUUAUUGUGUGUGCCCAUGAUCUACCCAGAAAACCACAGAACAAGCCACAAGUUCAACCAAGAAGCACUCUCCACCUCCAUGGGAAGCCACUAGUUGGGAUGAGGAGCAAGUCCUGUACCCUUGUAUAGAGAGGUGUCCACAGCCAUCAGACUCAAAGCACUUGGAAACACACAGGAGAAAAACUACUGAAAGCUGAUCUUAUCUCCCUGUCUGUCUUUACACAGCUUUUACUGGAUUUUGUAUUUUUUAUUUUGCUAUGUUAGAGCUAUGUGUCAAUAUUUGAUGAAUUGAAUAGUCCUUGUUAUUGGAAACCCACACCUCUCCCACCACAGCAGAUAGCUCCUCACACCCAGAAAGGGGGGGAUCUGUUUGUUGCAGAGGGUUAAAGGGGGGGCUACAAACACCCUUAUUAUUCUGGAAAGAAGACACGAAUGUAUUUUGUGUUUUAUUGGGACUUUAGAAAAAUAACUUGGAGAAAAAAAACUCACCGGAUGGUAGCUGAAUUGAAGACUGUUAUUGUCUAAAACCCCCCCAGUCCUGUUGAGGGUAUCAGGGUAAAUGGAACUGUGAGAUAAACAAGAAGUGAAUAAUAAAAAGUUUGGGGGAAGAAUUGCUCAAUCAGAGCCGUGAGACUGUAGGAAGUUGUUGCAUUGCUUAGAAUCUUGCCUGUUGAUACAUUGUUGCCGGUCCUGCUGGGGCACACAGGGCUGUUGUCUCUGAGCCCCUGGUCACAUUUGGACUCAUUAUUUUUUAGGUUCUGAUCCCAUUAUAGACAUACGUUUUCAUUCACAAGGCUUGUUGUGAUGCGUAUCCCCGUAGAUACCAGCACCAGCCGCCGCUUCACGCCGCCCUCCACCACUCUGAGCCCGGGGAAGAUGAACGAGCCACUGACGCUGAGCGGCCCGGACAGCAGCGCCGCCCUGGUGGGCAAACUGAGAAAUGCAGACCGGAACAUGGUAGAAGUCUUAUCUGAUCAUCCUGGAGAAUUAGUCCGUACAGACAGCCCCAACUUCCUCUGCUCGGUGCUGCCCACCCACUGGAGGUGCAACAAGACCUUACCUAUUGCCUUUAAGGUAAGACACGUUCUGCUCAACUAGGUGGCACAUAGUCAAUGCAUGCAUGUCCCUAUUUAAAUAUCUUUAUAUAUGUGUUUGUGUGUGUCUGGACAUAUCCUGGCAAUACUGAGGGGUUUAAGACCAGUAGGGGGGGGGGGGUCUAAGGCUCUAUUUACUAAACUCAGAAUUGUAGCAAAUUGGAAUCCAAAGUAUUAUUUACUAAACAACGAAUUGUAGCAAAUUGAAAUUCGAAUUGGAACGUUUAGGCCACAUUAAAUGUUUGGGGGCAAUUCUCCAUCUGUGCUAUAUUCACAGAUUGUCUGUUUUGGCUUCAUUUUUUUUUUUCAUUCACAUUUUGAUUCAAUGCAAUUCCAAGAUGAGUGCAUUGCCCUGUAAAAAUGGCAAAAGUACAUAAAUAGCUGAUUUAAAGAAAUUCUCCAACCCAGCUAUAGUCACAUGGCUGUUAUACCCCCAAACGUUCAGUACAGUUCAGCUGUUAGUGCAUAUACCCAAUGAGGUAUAUUCAUUUGUUACCAAACUGUAAUGAAUUACAAACCAAAUUACAGAAUAAUCUACUAAAGUGAGAAUUAAAAGCAAAUUUAACAUUUGAGGCCAGAUUAGCCGAGUGGAACGAAUGCAUAACCGACUUUGGGAAUUUUAACAAUUUGACUAUUUUGACCUUAAAUUUAUAAUUUGAAAUAAAAAUCCUCACUUUACUGAACAGGUUAGCUGUUGAAUAGUUUAACACUCAACUAUUUCAGCCUAAAAUUUGCAAAACCCAUGCAAGAUGACCAUAAGCCCUGUUUAUGUGAAUAAGACCUGACAGUUAUUCCAAUCGGUUAGGACUAGCAGUUAGCAAAAAUCCUUAUCAUUAUAUUUCUGGCUUAUCCUUUCUCAUUUCAUUGUUGUGAAGAAAGAAUUUAAUAGACUUGUCACGAUUUAUAGUCUAUUAUUACCUGAAGGUAAGAGUUUAAUGAACCAGUACUUUUAAAGUAUGAAUAACAAUCUACCCAGAGUCUCCUGAACUGGUCUAUUUUCCUCGGUUUUAAUUAACUUUUGUAACUCAGUUUUAAUUAGACGUGAAUAUACUCGAACAGUAAAAUCCACUGUAAAUAGGUUCUAUAAGGUUUGGCGCCCAAUCUGCCUCAAUGAGGAAGCCAGAUUCCUUAGGGAGAGACAACUUACUAAUUGUUCAGAGGGCCAUUAUUUAUGGGGUAUGAGUAAUAAUAAUGAUGACUUAUGGAAAAGGAUACAUUGAGGCUAGAAUGAAAACCAAAACACUUUCUCUGGUCUUAUUAACCCCUUAAGGACACAAGUUCUGGAAUAAAAGGGAAUCAUGAUGGAAUAUUUCCAUCAUGUGUCCUUAAGGGGUUAAGAGAUUAUUCACUAAACAGUGUGAAUGGUGGCGAAUUAUCUGAAUAGCAAAAUUCUGGGUAAAAUAGCCAAGCUGUUAUUAUAACGGAGAUGACAUUGUUCCAAAUCAGCUAUUUUGGUACCAAUUUUUUUUUUCUCCUUUGACUAUAAUUAUCUGUUUAGUAAAUAAGCUCAUUAGUAAUUACUUAAGUCACCUGUCUUGUUCUCAUGGUAUCUCCACAUUCCCGUGCUACUUACCCCUCAUAUCAAUUUUCCAUUCAGCAAAUACACCACUAGGUGAUACACCUGUUGUUCCCAUUUCAUCUUACACCUUAACCUUAUGAAAUUAUUCUGAAAUACUUUUUGACUGUCUCCGGCUUUGAAAAAAUAACUUGUAGGGCUCAGUUAACCUCUGUUUGGCCAACAAUACAGCUUUGCAAGUGGUUAUGUAUGCAUAUAUCCUUAUAUGUGUGUGUAUUUAUAGUGAAUAUAAACAUUAUACUUUAGAUUCAAUGAGAUACACCUUUCUGGGUGGGAACCCCCUUUUCCCCAACUGAAUUCCUUGUGGCAUAGAUUCAACAAACUGUUGGGAAAUUUAAUUAGAGAUACCGGUCCUUGUUGAAAUGAUAGCAUCACACACUUUGAAUAAACUAUUCAAAAGAAUGGUUUCCGCCAGUCCCUUUAUAUCAUGUCAGUUCAGGUGUGUGACUUGUCAUGAAGAGCUUAACCACAACUAUAAAUAUAUUUUUUUUAGUUUUUAGGUUUUCAUUUUUUUAGAGGACAUUCUAUGAAGGACACCUGUAUGUCAUAGUUAUAUAUGUACAGUUAUCAGUAACAUUCCAUUGGUUUCUACGGUGAUUGCUCCCCUCUUAGAAUGUCACCCCAGUAUAGCAGAUUAUACCAAUUUAUCUGUGAAAAAAAUCUCGCCAGUUGGCAGUCGAAGACGAAAUCACGCUAACUUUAUAAUUUAACUGAUUUGCAUAGGAGUUCAAGCUUUCAAGACAACUUAGUCAUGUCUUACAACAUUCUAUCAAACUCAAUUUAUUUAUUAUUUAUUUAUUACUGGUAUUUAUUAAGCACCAACAUAUUCCGCAGCGUUGUACAAUUAGGGUAGAACGUACAAUAUACACAGAAGGCAGCCCAUAAGCAGUGUAUGGCCACUUUCUUGCCCUAUAGUGUCUUGCAACAAUUUAAAGCCAUUUUUUAAAUUAGAAAACAAUUGGGUUUACACAAGAAGUUUAUCAAACUGCUAAAACUGAGCAGCUGUGGAAACAUUAAUGUGCUAUUCUUGUUUUACCUGUAGUUGCUUGAUCACUCUUUUGGCAUAGUCUUCCUGUGUUUGUCACCAAAUUAACAUAUCCAAUAAGCCUCCAGUCUUUCACAUUGUCCCGAACUAUAUAAUGCUCAUGUUUCAAACCCCCUAGAUACCACACUGCUCCCAUUCUCAUGUCUGGACUGUUUGAUGUUUACAGCAAGAAAUAUAUUCCUGUAAAAUAUUUUAACACAAGUUCUGACUCACUGUCCUGAAAUGUGGCUGCUGAAAUCUUUGAAAGGAGAGGAGACCAACUAACUGUUUUAUUACCUGAUAAAAUGUACUUACCUAAAAAAAAAUAACAAAGACCUUAGACUGAACAAGUCAAUAUGCAUAGCGUAGAGGGGUUUAUUAACUAAACAGCAGAUUGUAGUGAAUUUAAAAAUUUAGGCCAGAAUAGUUCGUUUGGAAAAAUUCCAACUCCACUAAAUUCACAGUACGGCUAUUGUCUGAAUUUUGCAAAUAGAUUUUUUGUUGUUUUUUUUUUUAAUUCGCCACUGUUCGCUGUUUAGUGGAUAAACCCUAGAAUAUUUCAUGAAAUAAAUUUGGCUCAAUUUCAAAUAAACUUUUCAAAGCCCCUAAAUUAAAACUCAGGUAUGGUUGUGUCACUAUAUGAUAUCUGCAGUUUAACAUUAUAUAUCCAAGUUAACGUCUAAGUAAUUCAAAUUGACAUAUUUAUUAUAGGAAAAAUAAGUGCACUCAUAUGUAAAUAUAUAACGCAUGCAUUCUAUACUAUAUUAACUAAAUAUGAGUGUAAAUCAAAUAUCACCAUAUACUUAAAAGUAAAUAUUCAAUGGGAAAAAAAGUUUUUAAAUUGUUAAUUUACAUACUGGAUUCGUUAGCUUUUUUAGUUUAAUUAUUACUUCUUAUGAAGUGCCAGCACAGAGCCCAAUAAUAUAGACUUGCCUACUCAAUGAUUCCUGAAUACCCAUCAUGUAGCAUUAAUAGCUAAUAGCUUGUCAUCUUCAUAUUAAAAAAAUCCCCCACGUUACUUAAUAUACCUGUAAUUAUGCUGUGCCAUACAUGCUGUAAAUUGAAGACAGUUUGACAGCAAAUCAGAAAACGUAUUUAAACGUAAGACACAUUUUUAUAAAAAUAUAUACAAAUUAUGUUUCUUUCUUCUUUUUUAAGCAUGUUAUUAUUGCAUGUACAUCAUAUGUUCCUUUAUUUAGAGAUUUUGAACACCUUCUACUUUUUAUUCUAUGUAUACACUGCAAUUUGAUUGGCAAGGCAUACUUGUCCUUGUUUUGUAUAUGCACAAUUAUUAUACAAUCAUUUUAGGCAGACAAUGCUGUAUUUAUAGGAAGUUAUUUUAGAGUAAGCUAAAUAUUGGUCUUUUUAAAUUUUUAUGUAUAUGCUAUUUUGUAGGUAUACAUAAGGUAGGCAAAAAGUUGGAUUGUGGGAUAUACCCUUUUAUAAUGUACCAUCACCAUUGAUACUCUUAGCACUCUUUAAAUUUCCCAAAAAGUCUGUAAGAAAUGACAACAAACACUUCUAACAGGACUCACUCAGCUUAUGUGAGAAUAUCACAUGUAUUAGAAUUUACCCCCUAUCUCCCAGAUAAUGAAUGAUAUUUCAUAGCUAUAUAUAUAUUCUAGAAGAAAUCUCAUGUAUGUGGUCUGCAUUGUGUUUUCUUUAAUAAAUCCAGAGCUGGUUGCCCCAUUGACGAAUUUAGGGCUAAUAAAAAAAAGAGAAACCUUGUAAUAAAAUCACGUCCUUUUUGCACUUGAGCAAGUAUAGUAUCGCAUGCGAAUAAUAAUUAUUGCAGUUCAAAGGAUCUUCUCCAAAUCUUGGCCUCCCAGGCUACAGUAUAAAUAUUUUCUUAAAACCAUAAUUUCACACUUUUCUCUAAUGUGUUGGGUAAUAGUUGUUGUAGUGUAAACGUGUGACACCCAAAAAGGGCUUUAUCAAUCUGUUACUAUGGCAUGACUCAUAUAUGGUUAAAAAAAAAAAAAGUGGCCGGUUUAGUUUCUUGUGACGGGCGACUGUUUGUCUUUCAUCCUGCAAGAAACGUACCUAAAAUAAUUAUAGAUUUUUGCAGCUCAUUUGAGCUUAGCUCGAAAAAUUAUCUUUACCGCAAGUAUGCCACUUAACCACUUCACCACCAGAAGAAGAUUCAGCUUAAUCUGUGGUUUCCUUUGGUUAGAAAAGUAAGAUGUAUAGUGACUCUUAUUUCAAUUAUAGUGAGACAUUUAAAAAAUAAGUAUAUAUUGAGAUGUAUAUAUUAUUGAAAAGGGUGACUUUGAGUGCUGUAAGCUAUGCCGGCCAUGUUACCCUACCCGGUUACAUGGCUAGGUAUGGUAAUACCAAAAUGUUUUAAAUAUGUAAAUUAGACAAGCCCCCAAGGGAUGAAUAUAAUUGUAGAUAAUUUUCGAUACGUUGCUGCCUAUAAACUUUAUAUAGACUUAGUGGUUUAAAUACUAGAAAUGGAAUUGCUCUAAGCCACUUUGUAGACUAUGGUAGCAGAUUUUUAAAAAAUUCUCUAACUUGGCAAUUUUACUAAUGUUUUCUAAUUCGUUUAUUUUGGCCUACAUUUUACUAGUCAGUUGUCAAUGAUUCUGUAAUUAAGUAUACGCUUUAAUCAAUUCACGAAUAGUCAGUGUGAGUGUCUCUUGUGUGAAAGAGAAGAGUUCACUCUAUGGUUCUAAUAUAGAUUUAACAUUUUAUUAUUUGAGAAUUAAUUUUAGUUGUCACGCAAAGACAAACCGGCAAAUGGAAAUGAAAAAAUAAAAUAAAAAACAGAACAAAAAACUUAAAGCCAUCCAUCUGCACCAAACGGUGUUGGAUAAUGUUAUACAUAAUAAUUCAAGUCUUUACAGGUGUUUGGCAAGCAGAGCAUUGCAAUGCUUUGGAGCUGAAGGGGUUAAUCCUUGUGAACCUAUUGUACAGUGUUGCCGAAUUUGUUGGCGCUUUAUAAAUGCCGUAGCAAUAAAGAAUAUUUUAUUAUAGAGGUAUACCUAUUGUUAUAGUGAAACAAAAAUGCAAAUACAAAAGAAACCUGUCAGACUGCAUUAGGAGACUAUGCACUUUACAAGCAGUCCAAAAAACAAAGAUGAACAUAUCUCAUGGAGAAAUGGUACGGAAUAGCUGGUAAUAUAUUCACCAUUCAGGAUUCAGAGAUUUUAUUUUGCCACUUUAUCUAUUUUGGCCUAAAAACUCAGUUUACUGAAUAACUCACAGUCUUCUGACAUUUGGACUAACAACAUUUUUUAGUAGAUAGGAAGUGAAGAAACCAAAUUACAAAAUAACCCAAAAUUAAAUUUAUGCCUAUAAAUUUAUACUUCUUUUUAGAAACUCAGAUUUUUUGUAAAUAUCUUUUUAUUAAACCUUUCGUUUUUGUUGGUUUUGCAACAUGUGAAAGAGAAACGUGGACUCGCAGGUCCCUCUGGUCAUUCACAGAAGCUUAUACAUCGGAAGGGAAACUCAGAUUUUUAGGUCCUCUAUGCUAUAUAUCAAUUGUGUCAUUGAAGUACCUACAUCUCUCUGCAAAAAAAUCUGUUUUUAGGAAAUUAAUUCUAGGGCUUUAUUAACCCACUAACCUACAUUUAAAAGCUGCUGUUAAACCCUCUUUUCUAGAGGGCCAACACAGUACAGUGAUCCAAGGGUUAAUACAAAUGCGGUAAUAUUCAAACGACAUGUAAUACCGGAUUGAAAACAGUAUCCUUCCCCCCUCAAAUCAAAUUAAAGAGCAAUCGAAUUAAGAACAAUUUAAAAUAUACUUGUUUUACAUCCUUAAGGUAUAUUAUUGGCUUUAGAUAAACUGUUUAGUUUUUAUUAAAUAAACCUCCCAUGUUUAAUAUUUGUUGCUGGGUUUUAUUUCGUGCAAGAAAAUAUGCUUUUUGUGAAAGUCUGAACAAAUUAAAAAGUGAGUUUGCAAACAUACUCGAAGGCAGAACAUGUAGAGAGGACAAGAGAGACUCACAUCCUGAAUUAACUGGUGCGGGCUGUUCUUCACUAUGGUAUCAAAAGCUAAUUCAGUAGAUCAGUCACUGUAUAAUAUGCUUUUUACUAAAUGGAAAGAGCUUGAGUUCAGUAAAAUGCAAUUUGAAUGAUAAUACGUUCUUUAGGAAAACAACAGUAAAAAUAAAUAAACAAACAAAAAACAAACAAACAGAUUAAACAGACAAAAAAAUAUAUUUUUUUGGGGGGGGCAAUUGGCAGAUGACUUUGGGCUAUCAUUGCUUGAUCUAAUUAGAAAGGAAUUGCAGGUCUUCAUAAAAUUUGUCGUUUUACACCUAUUUCUUCCAUUUAAUAUUCCUCAGUAGAUUGAAGUACAGUAAUUACAGACAGCAAGCUUACUACUAAUCCUGUAAGGCUGAACAUAUCAACAAAACACUGUCAGCCCACACAAGUCUCUGCUCGUCAGUUGGGUCUGUUUUCUUCGAGUUUGUGUACAUUCAGCCUUUGCUAAAAAAAAAAAAAAAAAGAAAAACCCUCUAAAAAGCAUUGGACCAUUUUUUUUUUCCAUCGCUUUUCAUCUCUAAUUUCUAUUUUAUGUCUGUGUCUUUUGAGAGACGAGGUAUUUAGCUCAGUCUCUGAACUUCUAAAGUGUAGACUUUAAGGUUUUCAUUGCCUUUUGUGAACCAGUUCCUGUUGGCGGCAAUUCGUCCGUAAGAAUUAAAUACAAAACAGAUCUUUACUGUGGCAGUACAGUUAUGUUUGAGAGAGAACAGCUAAUUUGAAAUGAGCAGACAGUUUCUGAAAACAUGGCCACAUUAUUAAUACGCCCAGGGGUCUAUCCACUAAGCAGUGACUUGGUAUGAGCUGACGUUUGAGGACCAGGUGAACAGCAAACUCAAGGCCCGAAUUGUAGUUGUAAAAUCUUUUUUAUACAGAAUAAAUCUUCAUCUAGUUUUUUUUUAAUUCAAAUAUUUGUCGUAAAAUUUUUGAUUUGCUUAAUUGCUGUUCCUUGAGAUACAUAGCUGUGUGUGCAUGUAUGUGUGACUGUAUGUAUGUGUUUCUGUAUGCACACAUGCACAUCUACAGACAGAAUGUGUUUAUAGCCACCUCUAUCUCCCCAUCCUUCUGUAUUUCUCUCUGUAUCCAUAAAUAUGUCAACAAUGCAAAAAUGAAUAAUAAUUAUUUACUAAGACUGACCUGUUUUGGUUGAGCUUGGGAAAUAUUGUUUUCUCAAAGUUUGUGCUGUUUGGAAAAUAAUUGAUAAAAAAAAAUACAAAAUUAGCACAUGCUUCAAUAAAUGGGGGGAAGGGCUACAGGGCAAUGAUAUAUGUUUGAGCUAAAUAUAUGAAAUAAUAACUUGACUGUGAUUUAGGGGAAUAAUUAUGAAUGUGCGUAUUUGUUUCUCUUUUUUACAUUUUCCUGUAAGUUUUAUAUUUUUUAUAUAUAAUAUAUAUUGGUAAAGAUAUUUAAAAUUAAAAAAGGGGUGAAGUAUAGCCUCAAAAAAAAAAAACCCUCUAGAUUAUUUACAUUAGUUUGUUGCAGUAAAAAUUUAAGACAGACUGCUCACUGUUUACGAGGUUAUAUUUUAUUUACAUCAUGCCAACUGUAUUUAUACAGAAAGCCAGAAAAUAUACACGUUUUAAGGUAAUGUUACUUUCAGAAAUAUUGCUUGGUAACACACAUAGCUAAACAAACCAAUACCCGUGUAUUAUUGUUCAAUUAUAGGCCGGGCCACAUGCAACAGUUAUAACAUUUUAUUUCAAGACACUAAUAAAUGAAAUCUCGGAAAAAACUAUUUACAGAUCCAAGGGUCGAUUUAUAGGGCGUACCAUAAAAUAGAACUGUUUUGGGAAAAUUUUAUUGAUGGGAAGCAAUUGCAUCCUUUGCCCCUCCGUAUAAACACCCAUGAAAAUGGAAACGAGUGUAGAUUUUUCACUGACUGCAAAAUUGUUGAUACACUUUGCAUAUUAACUACUUUUGACGUAUUUGGAUAGAAAUGUAUUAAUCAGUCAAUGUGUUGUUACCAUCAGGACCAACUUUGCCACCAUGCAAAAUAACGUUAUGGUUGUAGUGUAACUCAUUAGAGUAUGGAGGAGAACUUGUAUUCCUGAUGUCUAGACUAAAAAUCUCUCCUCAACCAACACUCCACUUUCUACUAAAUACAUUGUCUUCUCUGACUAAACCAGCUUGUUUUGUCCCCAGGUUGUGGCAUUAGGGGAUAUUCCAGAUGGUACUUUGGUGACGGUGAUGGCUGGGAAUGACGAGAAUUAUUCAGCAGAACUUCGAAAUGCAACAGCAGCUAUGAAGAACCAAGUGGCUCGCUUUAAUGAUCUGAGAUUCGUUGGGCGAUCUGGAAGAGGUAAUGGUAUUAUCAAUGUAAUAUGAAGAAUUAUCACACGGUUAAUAAUGUCAAAAUAUGAACCGUUAGUGCUAGACUCAUGCAGGCUACUGAAAAGGUUAAAGAAAACCGGCUGUGGGUUUUCAGUAAAUAUUUACAUUGAUAUAAUAUUAUAUAAAGCUCAGUGCCGGUGUUAAUGUGUAUAACAGUGUAAUGUUGUCUACAGACUACUUGUAUUUAGAGCGGUUAUCUAUUCUACUAUGCUUAAAUGUCAUAAGGAAGACUAUAGUGUUAGUAAUACAUGUAUUUCUUACGCUAUAGAGCUCUGCUAACUACCUAGGCAACCCCCCACCCUCCCCAUUGGCAACAAAUAGUUUUUACUUAAAGGACCACUAUAGGCACUCAGAUCACUUCAGCUCAAUGAAGUGAUCUGUGGGCCAGGUCCCUCUAGUUUUAACCCUGCAGCUGAAAAGAUAGCAGUUUCAGAGAAACUGCUAUGUUUACACUGAGGGUUAAUCCAGCAUCUUGUGACUGUCUCACUGACAGCCGCUAGAGGCGCUUCCGUGAUUCUCACUGUGAAAAUCACAGUGAGAAGACGCUGGAUGUCCAUAUUAAAGCAUUGAGUAAUGCUUUCCUAUGGGCGGUUUGAAUGCUCGCGCGGCUCUUGCCGCUCAUGCGUAUUCGGCGCUUACUCGGCAGGGGGAGGAGGAGAGUUCCCCAGCGCUGAGGGAGCCCAGUGCUGGAGAAAGGUAAGUGGCUGGAGGGGUUUUAAACCCUUCAGGCAAGUGGGAGGCGGGCCAUGAGGGUGGGGGGGACCUAAGGACUACUAUGUAAAUAUGUAAAAUAUGUAAAUAUGUAAAAAAAAAAAAAGUACAAUACAUAACAACUAUGUUUUCUAAAGGUUUUAAUAUUCAUUUUAUAAAAUCACCGCCCCUACAAACUGUCAAAAGAAAUAUUUAGAUCGCCUCUUAAAUAUGUUUACUGAAUGUAUUGUUUUUGUGUUACUGUUGCUUUAAAAGGUUCUAAAAACAGAAUCUUAAAUCAUCCUUUUCCAGUAUCAGUCGCAGUGAUGCACUGUGUAGUUUAUGACCUUAAUAUACACAAUGAGAUCAUCUGGUUGCCACUGAAUUUGUUUGUUUUUAUGUGCUUUGCAGACAUUGCGAAACAGUUUAUUGUGCUUACUAGUCGUCCAGUUAGCAAAAUCUAUCUAUCAGGAUUUUCCAUUGAAGUCCUCAAUUCCAGACAAAAUACUUAAAUUUAAUCCUGCUUUUCAUUAAGAGCUUGAUAUAUUAUAACAUAAACAUGGAAGGGACCCAUUUACUAAACAUUGUCCCAUGUUUAUUUACUGCUUCGUAUACUGUAAAUCAAAGGGGUUUAUUGAAUAGAUAGUCACUGAAAAUCCGACCUGCAAAGCUCUUGGCAAAAAUCUGAUGAUUUGGUAACAUUUCCCUCCUCAUCUAUAGUCAGAGUCUGUCUAUUUAGCCAAACCAGGUUCUAAAGUGUGAAUGUAAAGUGAAUAAAAAGUGGAUUUCCAAUGUAAGGCCAGUGUAGCCAAGCUGAAAGGCACACUAUAGUCACCUGAACGACUUUAGCUUAAUGAAGCAGUUUUGGUGUAUAGAGCAUGCCCCUGCAGCCUCACUGCUCAAUCCUUUGCCAUUUAGGAGUUAAAUCCCUUUGUUUAUGAACCCUAGUCACACCUCCCUGCAUGUGACUUGCACAGCCUUCCAUAAACACUUCCUGUAAAGAGAGCCCUAUUUAGGCUUUCUUUAUUGCAAGUUCUGUUUAAUUAAGAUUUUCUUAUCCCCUGCUAUGUUAAUAGCUUGCUAGACCCUGCAAGAGCCUCCUGUAUGUGAUUAAAGUUCAAUUUAGAGAUUGAGAUACAAUUAUUUAAGGUAAAUUACAUAUGUUUGAAACUGAAACCAGUUUUUUUUUCAUGCAGGCUCUGUCAAUCAUAGCCAGGGGAGGUGUGGCUAGGGCUGCAUAAACAGAAACAAAGUGAUUUGACCCCUAAAUGACAGUGAAUUAAGCAGUGAAAUUGCAGGGGAAUGAUCUAUACACUAAAACUGCUUUAUUUAGCUAAAGUAAUUUAGGCGACUAUAGUGUUCCUUGAAAGUAUACCGAAAAUCACCUUGAAUUCCCAUUUAAUCGAAUAAACCUGCGUGUUUUAACAGCACAUUUCAGAUCUCUACACUUUAUUGAUUAGUAAAUAAUCUCUCAAACAUAUGGAACGGGCCUAUUCAUUAACCCCUUAAGGACACAUGACGUGUGACAUGUCAUGAUUCCCUUUUAUUCCAGAAGUUUGGUCCUUAAGGGAUUAAACAGUGCACUAAGGGCUUUAUAUCGUAUAAUGCAGAUUAUAAGGUAGCAUAUUCACUAAACAAUGUCGCCUAUUCAUCAAAUUCACCAUCUCAAGUCUGACUUUAUUCUCACAGGGAAGCCCCUGUAGCGGUUGUCAGUUUGACAGAUAUUAGAGGUGUGUUUAACUCUGCAGUGUAAGCAUUGUAGCUUCUAAACAAAACUGCACCAUUUUAUAUUAUAGGAUUAAAACUACAGGCCACUGCAUUCAGACCACUUCAGUGUGAUGAAGUGGUCUGGGUGCUCUUAGUGGCUCUUUAAAUAGAUAUUUUGUUUAUUUUUAAGAAGAAUACAGGCAGCUCAAGCUGCAGAGAUCUAAGCGAGUGAUUUUUAUAUAGAAUGGUCAGGGUUAUAUUCUCACUAUAGUAGAAACAUACUUCCCAACUGUCCUGAAUUUUGUAGAAUAUUCACAGUUUUGGGACUCCCUCCAUCAUGUGGGCCCCAGAGAAAUAACAGUAUACGUGCAUGUUUUUACUACUGGAUGUGGUCAGAUUAACUCACUUUGUACAGGUAAUAGGAUUACCACAUCUUGCAUUAUUUCAUGGACACAGUAUCGCUUCAUUGUGCUAAUGGAGAGCACAUGAAAAGGGCUGCCCUGCAGUACGUGUUAUUCAGCAGCGAAUAAAAUUAACUAAUCGUGCCAGUUCUUUCCAGAUUCCUCCUUGAGUAAACAACCAGUUUCCCUCCUGUAGCUUAUUAAUGCUAUAUUCUGAAGGGCAGAACGUUUCAUUUGCAGUCCAUCAGAAUGUUGAAAAGACGUGGGUCCUGGAAAACAAGGUGGAUCUAUUAACCAAAGUUUGCUAAAGUACUUGGCAAUUAUAGUCUGCAAAAUGAACUGACAAUUUGCAAUAAGAAAGCAUUGAAGUGUAGAUUGCGUGAUUUAGCCCACAUGCUAGAACCAUUUAGUCAUAUUGCAGAGACGUCAAGGUGACUUCACAAAUAUCUUGAGGACACAGAUUCAAGUGAUUGGCAUUUGCACAGAAGCCCAUGUUGUAUUUUAUUGAUUUAUUAUAAAAUAUUUUACCAGGAUGGAUACAUUGAGAUUUCUUUCGUUUUCAAGUAUGUCCCGGGUCCACAAAACAUUGCAUUGUUACAAAAGGAUACACUAUUACAAAAAAUACAACAUACAAACAAUAUAUAUAUACAUACACACACAUAUAUAAAUUUAACAUACAACAGGUGAUAAAUAUAUUCAACAAUGACACCUUCGCACUACAUUCAUGGUGACAGCUUUUGUGGUUAAAUCAUUUUACAAAUUGAAUACGCUUACUACACAGCUCUUGCAACCCAAGCUGUAGAAUGGCUUCUGCUUGUGAAAGAAUGUAGUACGUGUUGUGAAAACGCAACCCUGUGUGAUACAAAGUGCUAGUUCCUGCAUUGUAGACAUGCUGCAUUGUGUAAGUCAGAAUCCUCAGUACAGUGUGUUACAAUGUCUAUACAAUGUGAUCAAGUCAUUUUUAAAUUCUACCUGCACAUUUACUGAUUGAGUGAUAAUGGUACCACAUCAGAGGUAGGUUGUGUAUAGACAAUGGGAGUUCCUUGCUCUAAUAAGAGUUUGUUUGAUCAGACAACAGCUUGCGAAUAUGCUGUUAAUAUUACCACAAAAUUCAAUAUUAUAAUUAUUGCAAAUGCAAACCUGCAAAUACCUAAAAUAAACACCUUCAAAUCCUUAUAUGAUUUGGCUUGCUUUUUGUUCCCAAGACUACAGGGGAAAAAAAACAUUGCCUAAAUAUAAUUAAAUAAAUAUAGGGGUAUAUUUACCAAAGGUUUGAAAUGCUAAUUAGAGAUUUCCAGCUUCCAAUUCAGCUGAAAUUUCCCAACCAGUUUAAUAUACCUUUAAAGGAACACUAUGGCUUUAGGAAUAUAACUCUGCAUUGGGAAUCUGAUGUGCAUGCGGGGUGAGCGUCGUGUACAUCAAAAGCUUCCUGUAUCCUAUAGGAGUUAAUUCCAAGUGCUAACCCAUACCUAUAAAGCAUUGAACAAUUCUAGCCCCUCUUAUAUGUCAUCACAGAUCCAUAGGUAUGCCCCUUCUCGGUCUCUCCGCUCUGCCCGUGACCUUCUCCUGUCCGCUGCUCGCACCCGUACGGCCAACUCGUGCUUGCACGACUUCUCGUGGGCGGCUCCCUUCCUAUGGAAUAGCCUGCCUACCGCCAUCAGAGUCUCCCCUAGUCUUCAAUCGUUUAAGAAGUGCCUUAAAACCCAUUUCUUUAGGAAAGCUUAUGGCCUCCCAGAGUAACCUCUACCUUACAUACCUGUCUCUUGCUCUCUCUCCUAAAGGGCAGCACUCUACUCUCUCCUCCAGCUCUGCUUCACUCCCACCUUAUUUGAUUGCUAUUUCCUGUCCUAAUGUGUUUCAUACCCCACCUCCUAUAGACUGUAAGCUUGUUUGAGCAGGGUCCUCUUCAACUUAUCGUUUCUAUAAGUUUUAUUGUAAUUGUCCUAUUUAUAGUUAAAUCCCCCCUCAUAUAAUAUUGUAAAGAGCAACGGAAUCUGUUGGCGCUAUAUAAAUGGCAAUAAUAAUAAUAAUAAUAGCUGCUGCAUCAUGUGACCAUGUUUUAUUCGGUCAGUGCAGUGGAAGCACCUCUAUUGGCUGUCUGGAAGAAUAUUACAGUUUCUAAGAAAACUGCAGUGUUUUACAGUGACAAGACCACUGCACUCAGACCACUUCAUUGAGAUGAAGUGGUCUGGGGGUCUUCACUAUUGCUUUAAGUGGCACAUCACAUGCUGCUCUGAUGUUUUCCACUGAACAUGUGUUUUUUUUUGUUGUUGUUUUUUUUUAAACCAUCAUUACAUUUGAGGACUGUCCUAUUGUCCACAGUGACCUAUUAGCAGUAAGUAGGUAUUGCCUGCUGUGCAGUGAAAUUUAAAUGAUCACUCCUAAAGUAAACAAGGGUUGUUCUGGCUAAAUCAUGUCGUCGCACAGAUGGCUGUUUUAGAGGCAUAGUGGAAGCUUUGCCAGGCCCGGUCAGAUUGUGAGUGUCACCACGAAAAUGGCCACAAUGUUAACAAAUAUAUAUAUAUAUAAUAACACAUCUUCAUAUAGCUAGUCACUUAAAAAAUAUUUUUUAAAAGAAAAAAGAGGCCAGUGAAUUAGCGGUGAAUUAAGUAGUCAUAAAAAGGGCAGGGGAGUAUUGUGCACAUAUUGUAUUGAAUGGGUUAAAAGAGGGUUAACGUGUCCCCCCACCGAAUUGUCAGAAUGUUCUUAAACACAGCCGUUGGAAUAAGCCCCUCCUCUUUUUGCAUGUUCUUGCAACUUCCUGUUUUGUAAACCGCAACAGGUUUGCAACCACAAACACUUGUAUAACGAAAGAGGAAUAACUGUAUAGCAAAAACAGAAAAACAUGAUGUAAAAUAACUAAAGUUAUAACUGUUGCUUGUCAACAAGACUGGACUAAACUGCUGCUAUAUUCCUAAGUGUCUUGGUAACCAAGUGAGAACAGCUAGCCACAAUCCAACAAAUGAAAUCGAUACUUCACUGACUUUACCAGCCAGCCACACAUUUCUGAUGCAUUAGGGCAAUAAAGCCCCAAUUAUUGUCCACGUUUUGCAGGAAAUCUAUACAUUCUGUUUCUUCUGCAGUUAUCUCUUCUUCUUUCGUGAAUUGGUCUCAGCCAAUCCUCGUUUCCCAUAAACUUCAUUCCAUGAUAGUUUACUUGACAGGUGGAUAUAGAAUUCAGUAAGUGGUCACACAGAUAUAACAUGUUAUGUGCAGGGCGAGGUACAUCUCCCCCUUGUAAACAUUAUUUUAUCCGUCUGUAUUGUGAUAGCAUAGCAGCAGAGGUGGUGGAGAGUCUUCCCCCCUUCAUCCCCUCCCCCAGUUUGACAAUAAACUGCAAGAUGAUACUCACAGAAUCCUUCCACCAGAAAGGCUACAAUAAGCGAUAGUGGUUAUAGUGUGUAAAAUGACUCUUUAAGCGGACCUGUCCACUUUAUGAUAUUCUUUAAAGUUAUUUGGGUGCCCACAGACUGCCUUUAAACUGCCUUUAAAUACUUAGAAAAAGAAAAACAGAGCAUAGAAACAUUACAAAUUUAAAUAUUAUUUUUAGUAAUGGGUGCUUACAUGUACCCCAAUUAACACUCUUUACCAAAUAUGGGUAAUAAAGGAGGACAUUUUCCUCUUACAGCUUGGUGGCAUGACUUUAUGGGACACAUUUAUCUCAAACCCUGUCUGUAAGGGUUAAUAAAAUUCACAAGGGCGUUAAAUACGAAGUAGAUGUGAUGAUUCCCAUAUCUAAAGCGGAAACAUCUGAAGAUGUUAGAUAAAUAAGCCUGCUUCCUCUUCUAGAAAACAAAUCUUCUUGUUUAUUAAGAUCCAGUAAAAUAACUUUUGUUUGUAAGGCUAAAGAAGUAAUGUUGACAAAUACACGUUAAUUUCCGUAGAACUGCUAAGUCUCACCUUUUUAACGUGAUGUUUAACAGAUAAGAGACAACACAAAAAGUCUGCAGAAUAUUACAUUAGGCCAUGACCCUAAACUGUAGUUUGGAGUCAGGUUGGUUGAUAGUAGCUAACACACUAAUCCUCUCCAAUGUCCCUGCUUUCUGACAAUACUGCACAGUCUGUUUAAUUUAGAAUUUCUUAUCUCUUUUAAUAGGCUUCUAGAGCCGGCAUAAGUCUCCUGUGUGUGUGAUUGAAAAAGGAAAAAAUGUCUAAAGCAAGUUAACAUCUGAUUGAAAAUGAAACAAUUUUUUUCAUGCAGGCUGUGUGAGUCACAGCCAGGGGAGGUGUGGCUAAGGCUACGUAGACAGACACAAAUGUGAUUUAACUCUUAAAUGGCAGUGAAUUGAGCAGUGAGACUGCAGGGACGUUAUCUAUACACCAAAACCGCUUCAUUAAACUAAAGUUGUUUUGAUGCCUAUAGUGUCCCUUUAAUAAUUCAAUAAUUAAUUACAUCUUUACAGCUCCUUCUAAACUAGCCUACCCUUGAAAAUCAUCCUGGUCAGGUGUGCCCAAAUAUCACAACUUAAUUCAGAGUAAAUACUUUUCUGGCCCGAUGGUGGCAUGAGACAUUAUUGAGGUCCUGUACAAUGCUUUAUCAAUAAGACAGGUUUUCAAAGGGGCAGAUUUGGAAGCAACAUAUGAAAGAUCAUUUUCCUGUUUCCGGAGUAUUCUGUGCUUUGGCCAGAGUUUGUACUAGUGUUUUUGCAUACAACUACAUCAUUUUCAAGAUGACAUAUUGCAAUAUAUUACGUAUACAGGGACAUUUAUUAAAGGGAGAAGUUAAAGUUCAAAUUCAAGGUAAAUAUAACCGUACAAGACACAUUCUCUAAGUCAGCUGUGUUUCCAGGGCAGCUUCUUUAGCCUUACAUCUGAAAUCCACUUGGAAUUCUUAUAUUAGUGAAUUGCCCUAAUCAUUUAAAAAAAAGCAAGUUUCACUUUGUUAAAAUAUUGUUGAACCUCCCCUUUAAAUGUGCAUUCGCUUUACAGGGGAUGAUAGGCAAAGAGCCUGCAGUAUUUGGGUGGCUGUUCACAAAACAAGUUUCAAGUAGGGAAUUCAAAGAAUUUCAAAUUUUAAACUAAAAAUGCUGUAUUGAAAUCAUAGCUGACUUGAAGAAUUUUUACAGGUUUUCUAAUUUGUCCUAAAAUUUUAAAUUUAUACUGAGCAUCUGAAUAUUCACACUUUAGUGUAAACUCUGAGAAUAUUUAAAUAAUUUAUCGAUGUUGAGCCGGUGAGGGUGAAAGAAAGAAAGAAAGAAAGGAGGGUGAGAAAGAAAUGUAAUAUUAAUAAUUAUAAAAUAGAAAAAGGAACACAAUUAGCGGAGAGAGGCGGGAGAGAGCAUUCUGCCUGCAAGGGGGAAGACUAGCACGUCUGACGCUAGCACGCUGUGCACGCUAACAACCGACGCAAAAUAUGCACAGAAUUGACAUUAGGCAGUUUGGAACAGAGUUCUGGACUGCCAAUGUCUGGUGUGCUUGGGGUGCAACUAGCCCUCAACACAUACAGACUCCUACAACCAUGACCACUUCAAUUCACCAAAGUGGUUGGAGUAACCCUUGGAGUAUACCUUUAAGUAAUUGUAAAAGAGCAACAACGAAAAACAAAUUAAGUUGGAUCUCUGUUGCCCCCUAUCUUUGCUAAAACAGACAGGAGCUCUGAAAUUAAACUUUAUAGUUCAGUAAAGCAUCAGCUAGCACAGGUAAAAAUAUCCACUACAUCUGACUGACAGUUUGGAACAUUCAGGGUUAAUUUAGUUAAUGUCGCCUUUGCUCUGCCUUAUACUGAGUUAGUGACUAAAUUAUUCUCACAAUGCUAUGCUGUUGUCCUAAGGUGUUAGCUGUUUGCCUUUCAAUGCAUGAAUUACAAUGUUCUGUUACUGUGUUUGCAUAAACACUGGAUUAAGUCUAAUGUGUCUGGUUUCUUAAGAAAUUCAAUGUUACACACAUUUUUUUCUUUCAAACGUAGAACCGAAUACAAUAGCUUUCUAUAUUUUAUUUAACCACUUCUGGAAUUCUAGAAAUAAGUAACCCCAUGAAUUAGUUUUAAUCUCUGCAAACGUGAAACCAUAUUUUAUUUAUAACAUGCCCUUAAACUGAAAAAGUCAAUUUAUUUCCAUCAGAUAUUGAUAUAGGCCGCAAAUACACUAAUUGCAAAAUUAUAAAAAUAUAAUAAUAUAAAAACCUCAUUUAUCCUGAGACGAGUUAGUGUUUUUCCCACUUAUUUUUCCCUGAAUGGUUUAAUGGUGGGGACUAGUGGUAUUUACUAUGAAAAAUAAUUCACAUUCAGCUGAGAGCCUCAUUAUUGUUUCCUGAAAUGUAACAUAACUGUACCUGAAUACAAUAAAAAAAAUAAUAUAAAAAAAAAACAUAUAUAUAUAUAAUAUAUUAUAUUAUUAGGGUCGAUAAUUACGUUAUAGAACAAAACCGUAGAACAGAAAACAUGACUUGGAGGAAUUUAUCAGUUAGGCUAUUAAUCUUUUUGCCUCAAAUCUGAAAUCCCAGACAAAUCACAAUUUAGUGACUAACUCUCUAAAUGUCAAGUUAGAACCUUUUUAGAUACUGCACGAUAAGACAUUCUUUACGCACUUCUUUGCCAAACAGAGAAAAUGAUUAACCGGAAUAAUAUUGUAACGCGUGCUGAGUGCUUUUACAAAGAAAAUGACAGCUGUGUCACGGUAUUCUUUUCAGAAAUUGACAUCUGACAGGUUUUAUGAAAAGCAUAUGUGAAGCAUUUUUAACAGGUGCAUUCUGUGCUCCUUUUAAAUAGUCGUUUCCCAUUAAAUAAUAAUAUACAUUAUGGUACCAUAUUGAUGGCAUUUAUACAGGCAUCUGUGCAUUAAACUGUGAAGACAAUAAAGGGACACUAUAGGCACCCAGACCAUUUAAUCUCAUCGUCCCUGUCCCCUUUACCCUGCAGCUGAAAAUAUUGCAGUUUUAGGGACACUGCCAUGUUUAUAUUGCAGAGUUAAGACUGCCACUACCAGACAGCCACUAGAGGCGCUUCCUGCUUUAUCACAUAGUUUAAGUCCAUGAAAUGACGCUGGACGUCCUCACGCUUUGUAUGAGGACGUCCAGCAUCUUGCAAAAUCUCAUAUGAAAGCAUUGAUUGAAUGCUUUCCUAUGGGGAAGGCAUACUGCACGCGCAGCUCUCACCGUGCAUGCGUAUUAAUUUUCCUCUUGUGACGAUGUUAGAUGGGGAAGAGAUGGAGCCAGUGCCUUGGGACCUCAGGACAUUUGUGUUCCUAACACUAUAGUGUUCCUUUAAACUGACAAAAAGAAAAGAACAUAUUCAGAAUUAUAAAAUAGUUCGAAAAAACUGUGGUAAUCCGGCUGUCAAUAUACCACAAUUUGGUGUUUAGUCAAUAGUCUUUGCUUUAUUUUAUAUGCAUUACUAAGCACAAUAGAGAUAUAAACCUCAUUUAUCUAUUUAAAGGAACACAGUAGGCACCAUAACCACUUCAAUAUAUUGCCUAAGGCCUGUAGGUGCCAGGUCCCACAUCAAUGCUAAACAGUUUACUCACCAUUUAGCGUUUACAGACUGCAGGCACCAUCAUCACUGCAAUUACUUGAGACAUCAUUUAGUGAAUAAGGACCACUUUCUUUUUUUACAGUUUUUGAUUAUCUCUACUUCAGUUGUUUACAAUAAGCACUGACAGUUCUGAACAUGGAGUUUUCAAAGUGAAAAGCGUCAUUUAUGAGUUUUCCUUAUAAAUGGUUGUGGAUGCUUAGAUUUCAUUUUAUUUGAAAUAAUGAUUUUAGUAGCUUAUUUCCGUAACUUUUUGCGGAAAAGUUACUUUUUGCCUUAGUAUGUGAAUGCACAUUUAAUUGGCCAAAAUUGAAGAAUUAUUACAAAAUCUAAUUUUCUAUGUUUUGGUCACCACUGAAAUUUCGUGCCAUGUGCUACAUUGUAAUUGUGAAAUGAUUCAGUUCCCAUCAUGCUUUGCUGUCUGUUUGCAGCUCCCUUUUCAUUAGGUAUUGGUUAGAGGCGCUGAGGCUUGCAAGCUCUGUGUGAUGUAAUGAUCAAGUCUGAGGAUAGAUGUUGGGUUUACCGCAGAUUAAUACAAUAGACUGAAACUGUGUGUUUGUUCUGUGUGUAAUAUUUGUCUUAGAAUAAUGCUGGCUCACUGCAUUUCAGACACGAGUGCCAGUAUAAUAUAACCACUAAUUUGAAUAUGGAAGAUUUUUCUUCUUCUCCUUUGUCUGUGAGCCACGUCUGUGGUCUCUGAAACCACCAUUUCUUCUUCCAGUGUGUACGACACGGUUCAUCCUCUUUAAAGACAGAUAAUUACACUGCGGGGCACUAUAUUUCAGUCAACAAUGUUACUUCAUUUUUAUGUAGAAUGUUAAUUAACCACACCAAUCUUUAUCAACAGUUCUCUCAGUAUAUGUAGAUAUCUAUAUUAAACUGCCUGCUAUUAUAUAGCUAUUAUAUAGCUUCUUAGAAAUUUUCAGUAAUCGCAUAUGUUAUUUAAAAUAAAUUCCAUGAGCUUGCCACUGCUCCUACGGUACAUAUAUAUUCCUAUAGAAUAUAUUUUAAAUAAAACACACGGCUGGUAAUAGCCUAAAGAUUGUUCUACUUAUGUUAAUCCGUUCUAUGCGUACCUCUCUACUUGGUUUUUGUCAAUCCGAGUUAGGGUCCUGUGAUGGGGAGAGCUGCUUUAGACAGACAUUGGUCAGACUUCCAAAAUACAGAACGAGAACAUUCGAAGGGGUACAGCACAAGGACACUACUGUGACCAAUUGAUACAGUGUACUGUACACUUCAUUCUAAACCGGUUUCAUGGUUUAUAAAAUCGCUUAUCGUAAAAUAAUGAGAUACAAAAUGUCCAAUAUAGUCAUAUGUUGGAUAGCCUGAUAAAUAUAGAGAGAUUUAUAAUAGUGAAGUAUGAAUUAUACUCUUCAGCUGGCUCACUCUCUCCAGCAGCCCCAGCAAAGCCCUACUUAUCUCUGAAAUUAUGGCGGCAGCCGCAAUUGGCAGGACCAGCUGAAGGUCUGGAGCAGUGGCUCCAGGCCAGGAUCCCAGCAGGGUUUUUAACAGGAGUUUCACUCCCAUUACCGACAUUGAAAAGUUAAGCCUUCGGUUUGGUGGUCUCAGAGCAAGAUGUGUUGCGUUCAUCCAAUGGAGGAUGUGGGUACGUCAAGGACAGCUAGUUUUGGUCAAACCUAAAAAAAAACACAAAAAACUGUUUGACCAAGAACCUAGGACAGUCCGUGCAGCCUAAUAGAAGCAUAACCACGACAUUAUGAUGCAAACUCUGUUAAAUCUUUUAACUGACUCUUUCACUGUUUCUAAAUCUGAAUGAUUUUAGUUGAAAUUCUUGCUGUGUUUUCCUCUGCUGACUCUCAUUGACUGAACGUGGGCCCUAUUUGCUCCGUAUGUUUCUCAGUUAUUUUAACAGAUAACAUAAGCUACACACUCUGUUCCUAUAAGGAUGAAGUGGGAAGCACUGAUUGUAUUGGCAUGUUCCUGUUGAAUCUUGGCUUUGAAGUAAACUUCUAAAAAAAGCCAUCUCCCUGCUGUUUUAUGAAUAACCCGAUGGUUGCAGACAGUGUAGCCCUGUGCAGACCUAGGGAGACGGAGACCUGUGUUUUUCUCUACCAGACAGCUCGGAAAGAGAGCAGCAGACUGUUACUGGCUUGUUGCCAAAACUACAACCAUUCAUGUCAAGUUCAACAAGCUACUGGCAAAACCGGCUUGUCUUCCUUCCAGACCACCCAAUUUAGGCUUAACCUCUUCAUUGUCAGCCAAACCUCCAAAACAAUGCUAGUCUAUGGAGGAUUAUUGACUUAAAAUGUAAAACAAUAAAAGAGAUAAAACUCUUAAAAAAAAACCAUUGCAGUCUAUUGUGAAAAACAGUGGUUCUUGCCUCUAUUGACAGGAAUCCGUAUCAUGUACCUGACAUCAGCUUGGCUACCCAUUCUUUAACUGUAAUGUAUAUCAAAAUCAAAACUAAUUCAGCAAAACAUGUGCACCAAUAAGCAGGCUAUGAUGCUGCAGUAUACAGUAAGCAGUUUAACGUGGGCACUUGCAUGUGGUUGAAAUCAGAUGUUGUGUCCGUUGCAGUGGAUGAGGACCAACAGCAAAGGUUUCGCUACCCAAUCUUUACUCCUUCUUUCUGAUCAAAGGAUUGACGAUUACUACUUGGGCAACUGUCUAUAGUCUGGUUUCGUUGUUGAUUGAUAACCUGAGUUGUCGAUUUGGCCACUUUAAUGACUGAAACAAAGUAUAAAGAUUGUUCGGAGAUUGUUGUGAGAUUGUUCGGAGUUCCAUGGAUAAUGCUAUCGAGAGUGAGUCUGAGUUUGUAUGUUUUUUUUAUGUGUAAGCAGAUCAGUUUUGCCUUUGGUAUUAAUAAGGCCCUAUUAACUUUGUCAUAACAUUGAAAAUUUAUUCUGGUCAUUAUUUGUGAAUGAAUGUUACUGGCAAAUUGUACACUGUAUGCAUUUAAAAAAUCUUUUUGUUUAAGUUUAGUGUUGGGUUUUUUGUUUAAUUUUUAUAUUUUUUUCUCAUGUUUGUAUUAGAAGAUGAAGAUUUAAAGAUUAUCUUUUGUUGUGAAAUUUUGUGUCCGUCCGCCAGCUGGUUGUGAGUGGUGGGGGUUGUAGAUAACCACAUACAUACUGCGCAUAUUACGUGAUCAAUCUUUUAACUGAACAGUUUAUGUAGCUUCAAAGGACCCACGUUUCCUUUUCUAAUUCACCUCCUAUACAGAAACGCUUUCUUCUUUCAUAGCUUAAGGGCCUGUAAUUUAUUGCUUGGGGAUAAAAUGUGAAUGAGACAUUCUUUCGGCAAUUACAAAAUGCUGUGUUACAUUCAGUUGUCAAGGUCAGGGAGGGAUGGGUGGAUGGAUGGAUGGAUAUCCAUCCAUCGCUGACCUUGGCUACUGAAUGUAAUAUAGAUAGAUAUUGUGGUAUGUAGAUAACUAUAUAGGUAGGUAGGUAGAUUAGUAGGUACAUAAAUACAGAUGGGUAGUUAUAUAAAUGAUUGAUAAGACAUAAUUUGUUAAUAGUGCUGGUAAUUCUGGCAUACUAUAAAUUUUUAUCAUUUUAUAAAUAAAUUGUUAUAAUUCAUGAGCAAUCAUUGAAAGACCAUUUUUUGUCCUUUUUAAAAUCUAGAUUUUUUUUUUGGCCAUAAUUUGCAGCUGAAAUUAUUUAGCUGACGAUCCUUAACCAUUGCUGUGAAUUUUAACAGAGAACUUUAUAUUUAAUCUCUUUUUUCCUUUGAAAAUUGAAUGGGAUGUACGCAGGAAACGCAAUGCACAGUCAGUAAUAUGGAAGAUUAUUUUAAGUGGCUACUUUUGUAAAACAAGCAUAUAGUUUGUACAACAUGUUAGUGGCAAGGACUCCUUAUUCAUGUACAAGUCAUGACACAACCUGGACUAAUUUCUAAGUAUCUCUUCCCCUUUUAAGAAUUUUCCCUUUAAGUUUAAGCACGGUGGGGUGAUGUCUCCCUACGGGUUGCAAAUCUUCCAUUGAUGGAAAUAAAAUGGAAAACUACAAUCGGUUCACAUUGAUAUAUCUCAUCGUAAUGUAACAUGGGAUUUCUUCUGUAUCUUCAGCCAUAGAAAUCAAUGCACUUUCACGCUUUAAAACAAACGCGGCUUUCGAUGGAAAGUAUAGUCAGAGAGCUUUAUUGAUUCAAAGUAAAAAUUAAAAAAAGACUGACGAUAUCAAGGACACAAAAAUAUUGCAUAGAGUAAAGCAGCUUCAUGACUUUUACGUGUAUAGGCAUUGUAGGAAACAAAAUAAUAGCUUCACAAUAAUACUGGUGAUUUUGUUUUUAAUUAGAUUUUACCUUUUCAUUUCUUACCCUAUAGGGUUUAUUUACUAAUCUGGGAAUUAUUUGGAAUUGGAAUCUAAAACUGCACUUCCAGCGUGUAGGAGCUCACAGCCAGGGUCAGAUUAAUAUAGGGGCUAUUGAAGCUGAAGCUCCAGGCCAAUGUAUUACAAAAGCCUAAAUGUUGCUGGACUUGUUUUUUUUUGUGAUCUGCUGCUGUACAAAAUGCUGGGUGCCAUAUUCCUAGCAUGUGGCCAGGGAGGAACAAAUGGAACCUAAAGUGUUCAAAAUAUCUUUCUAUCAACUUUCUAUUUUAAUCUCUAUUUGGUCUGUGUCCUGAUUAGCAACUGGGAUGACGGAAAUGGGUCCUAGAUCUACACAUAGGGGUGGACUAUCUCUUCUCCUAGCUCAUUACAUACAGACCUUCUGUGCCCUUCUGUGCCCAUUUACCCAUAGAAUGAAUUCCAUUGAAUUCCCUGUGUCACCGUGCCAUUUACCCAUAUGAUGAAUUCCCUGUGCCCCGUUACCCAUAGGGUGAAUUCCCUGUGCCCCAUGACCCAUAGAAUGAAUUUCAUUGAAUUCCCUGUGUCACUGUGCCAUUUACCCAUAAGAUGAAUUCCCUGUGCCCCGUUACCCAUAAGAUUAUUUCCCUGUGCCCCAUGACCCAUAUGCUGUGACCCCUUCAGUCCUUUGUUUUUGUAGCAAAUGUAUCUUUCUCAGUCUGUUUGAAGACUUUAUAUGCUUACAAAAUGUCCAGUUUAUAAAUGCACACAUGCCUGCAAAGUUUAAUUGUAGAUUGAGGUCAGGCAUAUGACGUCAGGCGUAUUGGAGCUCAGAGAAAUAUACAGCUGAGGUCUCUGGAGCCUCUACUCUCGCUCUGCACUUGCUGUCUGCAUGCAAUGGGAGUAAAAGUCCACACAGCGCCAUUGAGAUGACAUGGGGGUUAUUUAUAAAUAUUUGUGAAUUGCAAAAGUGGAGCAAUAACAGAAAACGUGUAAUUGGUUUCCAUGGAGACUGCUCUAUAUUAAGUAUAUUAAGGUAAUUGAGCAGGGCCCUCAAUACCUCUGUUCCUGUGUUAGUCCACCCAUUGUACAGCACUACGGAACUUGUUGGCGCUUUAUAGAUAAUAAUAAUUAUCCCAGAAAUACUCUUUGUAAAUAAUGCCCAUUGUGUCUUUAGAAGGGUUACCCUUCUACCUCUACUUCAUGAAAAAACUCACGCGUACACAUUGUCUGAAAUAAACCAUAUUAUGUGUCAUAUUCUGAGUAGUAAAAAUGUAACAAAAAUAACUGUAAAUAAAUACAUCAUUGUGUUAACGCAUUUAUGUAACUUAUUUCGUAAUUGAAAAAUAUAAUGAAAAGUAUAUAUAAUAUACUGGAGAACUAUAAACAAAAGGAUUAUUUUAUUGCACAAAUGAGAAUCCUCUCAUUUUUCAAAACUUGCUCAGAUCUGAGAGUGCAGACACAUCCGAUUAACAUUUAUCAUAUCAGAGCUCCAUUUGGACUAUGUCCAACAUCUCCUCUAUAGUGCUCCAUAGAUAAAAACAGGUAGCAGCAUGUUAUUUAAUACCAAUUAGCAUCUGCGAGAAUACAGAAAGUGAUCAGGUUUUACAUUUUCAUGCUAAAACUUUGUUUUCCCUUUCUUGAAUGUAAACAUUAGCAUAAAAUGAAAACAUCGUUGGACGUGUAUUUGGCUGCACUACUGAGAAAUCUAUCUACCUUUCAGGCAGGGCAGACUGACAGCUCAUAUAUAUAUAUUCCCAGAUAUUGUGUAUGGGGUCGUCAAAGGAUGCUACACUCUGGAAAAUUGAUCAGCUGCCUCCCUAGUAAAGCCUCUGAUUUGUAUUUUACCCUGAGAUGUUGUUGAGAGUGUGCCUGCUGCAGAUAUGUGAUCGAAGUUUGAAGCGGGGAGAGAUCCUAGUUGAAUGAUCUGAAAACACUUUUUUACAUUCCACAGCUGUCUGUUCAGAGGGAAGCGCCACAGUAAAAAUAUCUUGUUGUUUUCAGUGUCAGUGUCUCGCAUGGAGCCUGAGGACACGGACGAAGACGCCUGCUGUUACAUGUGUCUUUUGCCCUAAAUACAUCAGUUUUUGUCACCUGUUUAGGACACUUUCCUAAACCAGCAACCUAAAUUGACUUUUUUAGUCUCAUCACAACCCACUGUGGUACCUUCAAUCCACUAAUAAGUCUUACCUUACCCCAAUGACAAGAGCUUUAUUAUUAAUAUACGUAUUCGUUGUCCUAACCAGUUUCUUCACAUUUUGAUGAAAAUGGACAAAAACGACCUUUUCUUCUCAUCACGACAACAACCCAUUUCAGUCCUUACAUUAUCAAAGCAGUCUACAGCUCUCACAUGCAGCACUUCCCCUAGAUUACCCAAUGCUGUGUAAGGCCUACUCUGCCCUAUUUUUAUUAUUAUUAUUUAUAUAGUGCCAACAAAUUCCGCAGGGAUGUACAAACUAUACAAACAUAAAAUAAACGCCAUAACAAUAAGUGUCAUCCAAUAUAUAUUUUGCUGAAGCGCGUAAUCAUCUUAGAAACAUCAUAGACCCCCUAUAUUUAGACCCUGACCCUUAAUUAUUACUAAUGGCAUCUGCUUCAUUUAAAAGGGCAUGUAGCUGUGUUUACAAAUACCUAAGACAGUUAUUGGCUCUUGCUGGAUCACCACUCUCAUGAUUCUGAACCUACCAAUAUGCUGCAUUGGAUGUUGGCUAGGACAGAAAAAUAUGAGGGAUGUAGUUUAGCAACAACCAGAAAGUAAAUGUUAGAUAUCCUUCUUGAUUUACACUAUAAAAUUAGUUUUCUUACACCUUCAUGGAGAAUUGGGAAAAUUAAGUACUUUUCAGAGUCAGUUAUUUUGGUGUAAUGUGUGAUUCCCUGAUAAAUGUUUUUUACUGUCCCUGAUUUAUUGAAUAGCCCUACUUAUUAAAGGCCUUAUUAAGCUCCUACGACUGCAAUUCCCACUAUUCUCAGCAAGUUUACUCCACUGCCAUCUCCAUGAUGAAUCAUGCCAACUUUUAAUGACCAGCUUCAGAGUGCCAGAUUUGCUUUGAAAGAAAUGUCUUGUGAAUUCUUAUCUGAUCCUCGUAAAUUUUUUGUAAUCCUACCCACUUAACAGCAGAUUUUCAAAUAUGCAGUCAUAGCACAUCCUGGUAUUAACGUUUCAGACUAAAUUAUUUAAAAAAAACAAAAACCACAUUGAUCCGAGCGCUUCAUGGGAAAGAAAUAUACAGCGUUUGUGUCCAACCCCUUUAUACAAACAUUUAUGAACAGCAAAUAUUUAUGAUUCACACAGAUAUCUAGCAUUUUCUAAAUAAGUAUUACCUAAUCAUGCAUUUGUAUUGGCUAAUUGCCACAAAGGAGGGGCACCAAGCAUUUAUCCAUUCUUCAUCACCAUUUCUGUCACCUCCACCCUGUAUGCCGUGUAGAAGAUAGUGUUACCCCACAGGGCAUCUGAGGCCUCAAUUUUAUACACUUGGGACCGUCGUCAACUUACCAGUGCACUGAGAGGACAACUAUUUUCUUAAGAAAUCAAAUAAAAAUUUUACACAAUGUUAUCACAUUUUAAUAGAAUCUUGUUAUAUUUAUCGAUUUCAAAUGCAGUUCUAAUUAUUUUAGUUUAGGGGUCUGUUAACUAAACAGUGUGGAAGGCGGGUGGGAUAACAACUAACUUGGAUUUAAUAUGCAAUUCUCCUAUUACAGUUUACAUUUUAAAGGUUGAUUUUAAAGUCAUCUAAGCUCGCUGUUUAGUAAAUAAAUCCUUUAAGGUUGACACUUAGAUAUUGCAGUCCGCUACAGCUGGAGUGCUGAGAAUUGCUGACUCCUGCAGUAGUUAUUUGAUGUAUGUGCACCAGAAUUAGUUCUGUUCACGAAGGGCUGUGCCCUUAUACUGUCACGAUUACAAUGCUCGGUAUUUUUAAUUUCUGUUUUAAUGGCCAUUUUUUGAAAGUGAAUCAGCUGUUUCGGUCUAAAUUUUGCACUUUGAAAAAUUCGGAUUAACUCAUCAUAACUCACAGUUUAGAUAAUAAAGCCCCAUUUCGUAAAGAGGGUGCUGUUAUUAAGUCAUGUUACUUUAUGUCAUUUAGGUGGUGUAAGGCUAGAUUUUGUUCUACGUUAAAUGUUUCCAGCCUUGUUGGUAAAAACUAAAAAUUUAAAAAGUAAAAAUGUCUAUUGCUUAGAUUACUGGGCCCUUCUUCCAAUGCUGGGACAGUCUCCUUGUAGCAGACGAUCCUCCUCUGAUUACAUCAUCAAUCCUGAUGAUUUCUAUUCAAUCAGAUACUUUUCAUAGAGAAGCAGCGAAGACACACCGCGCAUGCACAGCCUUUGAACGCGGUGCUUGUCUAUGACAGCAUGAGCCGAUUAAGUGUUUUGAAAAAGUAUCCAAAAGGAGGAAGUGGUUCUAGUGGCUGCCUGACAUCCACUAAAGACAUGUUUUCAGCAAAAUGUAACGGUUUAAAUUGUCUGCGGAACUGAUUGUGUCUGUUCAUUAAAGCCACCACAUUAAGAAGUAGUGGUUUUGGUGCUUAGAUUGUACAAUUUGAAUACCAUAUCCAGUCAUCCACCCACUAGGAAAUGGAUCGGCACGCUGAUGUUAGAUUCUGUAUUGCUAAGUGGUACCAAGUCCCUAUUUGUGCACAAAAAGACAAACAGCAGGGCUAAAAUAUCCACUCACCACUUUAUGAACAGCAAAUAUUUAUUAUGAUUCACACAGAUAUCUAGCAUUUUCUAAAUAAGCAUUACCUAAUCAUGCAUUUGUAUUGGCUAAUUGCCACAAAGGAGGGGCGCCAAACAUUUAUCCAAACUUCAUCACCAUUUCUGUCACCUCCACCCUGUAUGCUGUGCAGGAGAUAGUGUUACCCCCACAGGGCAUUUGAGGCCUCAAUUUUUAUACACUAAGUAAGCAAGACUCUAGCCACUGGUGAGUAAAAAUGUAGCCCUGGCAAAUACAAAUACACUGCUGUUGAGUGUGACAUACACCUUCAAGGCUUGUAGUGGCAAGUACAUUUUAAGGCCUGGCUAGUAGUGUAGGAUUUGAAAUUAUAAGUACUGCUAACAGUACAUCAGGGGUUAAAGGGACACUAUAGUCACCUGAACAACUUUAGCUUAAUGAAGCAGUUUUGGUGUAUAGAACAUGCCCCUGCAGCCUCACUGCUCAAUCCUCUGCCAUUUGGGAGUUAAAUCCCUUUGUUUAUGAACCCUAGUCACACCUCCCUGCAUGUGACUUGCACAGCCUUCCAUAAACACUUCCUGUAAAGAGAGCCCUAUUUAGGCUUUCUUUAUUGCAAGUUCUGUUUAAUUAAGAUUUUCUUAUCCCCUGCUAUGUUAAUAGCUUGCUAGACCCUGUAAGAGCCUCCUGUAUGUGAUUAAAGUUCAAUUUAGAGAUUGAGAUACAAUUAUUUAAGGUAAAUUACAUCUGUUUGAAAGUGAAACCAGUUUUUUUUUUCAUGCAGGUUCUGUCAAUCAUAGCCAGGGGAGGUGUGACAGUGAAUUGAGCAGUGAAAUUGCAGGGGAAUGAUCUAUGCACUAAAACUGCUUUAUUUAGCUAAAGUAAUUCAGGUGACUAUAGUGUUCCUUUAAAAUGAGCUUCAACCACUUAUCCAUAGAGACCAUUUACUGAUCCAAACCAGUAAUUGUGUCUAGCUAUAUACUAUUAACUGCAAGUUUAGUUUUUGCUAAUAUUCUGUCACCUACCAAUAAUUGCAAUUGUUGUCUCUAUUACAAGUUACUACUCUGCUGCGUAUCAAUGCAUUAUCAAGUCUCUUUCUUACAUCGUACAACGCAGCAAUUUGUAUGCAAUUAAUCCAUAAAUAAUUAUGAAGGUGGAAUAUGUUAACUGACACUGUACAUCACUACCAAUUAACUGUAAUUAAACAUUUAAUGAACUGUAGACGGAAAAAUAAGUUAUUGAUAUACUCUGCGUGCCAUCUACAGGACCUUCUGAUAAUACACACACAGCAAACAGCGCUGCCUAUCACUUUUCUAAAUUUUAAAUAAAUUGGCCAUAAAAAGUGAUUUGGAUUUGAAACGAUUCAAAAUGCUAUCCACAGUAUGAAAUUCCUCACUGUCACAACUUGAAGAUGCUUUGACAUCGUAAGACACUUUCCACCAUACCCACCUUAACAAGCUGCUGUAGUUCUGAUACUCAAAGUAUCUCUAACAUUCUUGUGAAAUUUGCUUUAACAAAUCUUUCUCGUUAUUUUCUCAUUUUGCAGGGAAAAGUUUCACCCUGACCAUCACCGUGUUCUCCAGCCCACCACAAGUGGCCACAUAUCACCGAGCCAUUAAAAUUACUGUGGAUGGACCUCGAGAGCCGAGACGUAAGUAGCACUUUAGUCACCAAAUUCUAAGGGAUAUUAUCAACUGUCUAAUGUAUUCCAGUAUGUCCAGCUACUAGAUGUAUUAAUUCUGUCACAGUCUGAGGCAACGCUACAUUAUUUAAUUAUCUUUGUAAGAUCAUACAUUGCUAUGUUAAUAAUCGCGUUUAUCUGUCCUGUGAUGUAAAGAUUUGGAUUUACCAGGCGAAAAUAUAACUUGGAGGAAAGAUGAGACAGGGGUGACCUAAUGUACAGCGCUACGGAAUGUGAUGGCGCUACAUAAAUAAUAAUAAUAAUAUGAUAGACCAUUUAAAUACAUAAAGGGAAUCAACACAGUAAAGGAGGAGACUAUAUUUAAAAGAAGAAAAACAACCACAACAAGAGGACAAAGUCUUAAAUUAGAGGGGCAAAGGUUUAAAAAUAAUAUCAGGAAGUAUUACUUUACAGAGAGGGCAGUGGAUGCAUGGAAUAGCCUUCCAGCUGAAGUGGUAGAGUUUAAGCAUGUGUGGGAUAGGCAUAAGGCUAUCCUAGCUAUAAGAUAAGGUCAGGGACUAAUUAAAAGUAGUUAGAAAAUUGGGCAGACUAGAUGGGCCGAAUGAUUCUUAUCUGCCGUCACUUUCUAUGUUUCUAUGAAAUGGUUUGCACAGAACAGGAAUGAAGUUUCAUAGUUAUAAAGUGCAAGCUAAUUUCUUUAGUAAAUCCACGAGCUCGGCUAUUAAUAAGUCAGUUCUUUUUCUAGCCCUAAAAUCAAUACUCUGUACCCAAUGUAGUGCCAUUCUCACCCAUUCCAGGCAACCUGUAUCCCAACAAGGAGAAGACACAUUGAGCCCAAAUACAUGUCUUCUUUGCCCUCUUUACGUCCCAUAUACAAAAACUAAUAAUCACUAUUUAGUAGAUAUACCCCCAUUUAAUUAUGCAUUUUAUCACUGAGGGUAUAUAUAAAAAGAAACACGUGCAAAAGCUGCAGAAAUCUUGUUUGCAGCCUUUGCAAGUCCUCCCCAAUGCAGCUCAAUGAGAAGUCUUUGUAAGAUAGGUAAUUUUCUGCCUCUUGAGUUUAACUCCACUGAGCUAACCAAACCAGGAAGUAACAGGAUUGAUUGUCUGAAUGGCAGCAAGAGGGGUGUUGCAAAGUUAAUUUAUACAAAUGCAAAUUUCUAUUAAAAUCUGCACUUUUUGUAAAAUGAAAAAAGGGGGGGGGGACACUCUUCACACAUAAAGCAUUUCAUCAAACUCAAGUACUUUAGGUGUUUGGAGUGUUCCUUUAAAGGACCACUAUAGUGCCAGGAAAACAUACUCGGUUUCCUGGCACUAUAGUGCCCUGAGGGUGCCUCCCGCCGGGCUCUAGAGGGUUAAACUUACCUCUUUCUCCAGCGCCGGGCGGGGGACUCUCCUCCUCCUCAGCUGAAUGCGCAUGCGCGGCAAGAGCCGCGCGCGCAUUCAGCCAGUCUUAUAGGAAAGCAUUCACAAUGCUUUCGUAUGGACGCUGGCGUCUUCUCACUGUGAUUUAUACAGUGAGAAGCGCGGAAGCGCCUCUAGCGGGUGUCAAUGAGACAGCUACUAGAGGCUGGAUUAACCCUAUUAUAAACAUAGCAGUUUCUCUGAAACUGCUAUGUUUAUAGAAAAAAGGGUUAAACCUAGCUGGACCAGGCACUUAGACCACUUCAUUAAACUGAAGUGGUCUGGGUGCCUAUAGUGGUCCUUUAACACCCAUUAAAAUUGCUAAUUCUAGAUCAAAAUAGCAGAUUCCAAAAAUAUCUACAAAUCAUUUUAUGUUAGCUUGACCAUUUAAGCCUAAAAUUUGCAAUUCCCUCCCCAGGCCUUUACAAUUCCUUAUUUUGUGAAUAAACCCCAUUUUUCUUUUUAAGUGUUAACAUUACCUCUUUCCGUUUCCCGUGAAUACUUUACCAGCUCUGCGAGUCACAACCUGUAACUUGCAUAGCCUGGCUAAUAAAGACUUAGCUCGGACUUUGUUAAAUCCGAUGUGGCAACUCCGACCGACGCCAGUUUUGACACCACUAACAUUGGCAAAAUAUAGAUUUAAUAAGUGUCUCCACGCAUUCAAAGGGAAUAUUGAGGCCAACACAAGUCACCUUGUUCUAGCACUUUCUCAGAUCUUUUCCUGCCUCUCCCCAUGUUUAAGGCCUUCUGACCACAGGACCACAGAAUAAAAUAAGAAACAGGAGCUGACAAGACGAAUAAAGCAGUAACAAAAAUAUUGUGGUUACAGACGCAUGCUUGCCGCAGCCACGACAAUUUUCAAACUUUGUACUUUCCACCUUAUGUUACUGUAUAAUUUACAAAAUCAGGAAUUCUGUAAUAUAGUACCGCACGCUGGCAGUAGGAAUGUAAUCCGCUGGGGCACACGUUUUUAUGCCAGACAGCCAAAAAAGAUUCUUUUGUCCUUUUAUAUCUUUGAUACAUUUGGAGGGGGCUGUGAGUUAUGAAGAAGCAAAGGAUGAAUGACUCGCUGUCCCCAGGGCGGAAUCUACAUCUUUCACAUGUACGUUUUUUGUGAAACAGAUGUAGUUAAGGUCCGUUAGUCUUUUGGAGGCUGCAUGCUAUUUUUAUAUUACCACGGGCAAUAAUUGACUUCCUUUGCUUUAGAAGAAAAAAAUAAUAUCCCAGAAUCCUACUGUGAGAUUGCGCUUGUGGAUUUCCUUAAAUAUAUACACAUAAAGACAUUUAUGUGCAUUAUUUAUAGAUUUAUUCGGGGUUUUUUUUGGGGGGAAGCGUAGAUUGAUGAGUGGAGUAAUUCUAUACAGCCCAGUCACAUAUGUGUUAGCAAUUUCCUUCAGACAACAGAAAAGACACAUUAAAAGCUCUCCCUGUCUCCUGCCUACUUAAUAUUCCCUGUACAUGUUAGAAUUGCUUAAUUUUUCAAAUUCUUUACAAAAACUUCCCCUCCAGCAUUUCCACUAGCUGCUAUACACAUGGGUAAUUACUGUAUUUAUCUAACGUUCAGAUUUGAAGAAAAAAAAAAGUUACAAUGACAAAGUGCAGAGUAAUGUAUCGAGUAAUCCUAAAAAAUAAAACAAUCUAAAAUGAUACUAUAAUCCAUCGUGGACAUUCGUUGGAAUAAUACAGUGGAACCUCGGAACUCGAACUGAAUCCAUUCCAGAAGGCUGUUCGAGUUUCGAUUUGUUAGAGAACCGAAUCAACAUUUCCCAUAAGAAUGAAUGUAAAUUUGAUUAAUCCAUUCCAGACCCCCAAAAUUACAUCAUUUUAACACAUUUUACAGUUUAAUAAUACUUUACAUGCAUAAAAUCAUAUAGGAAAAUAAUAAUAAACACAAUGUGCAGUAAAUAAAAUGAAAAUAUAACUUCAAUUUACCUGUAAUGAUGAGAGUUGAUGGCGUAAGUGGAAAGGAGAAGAUAUAUUAUUGUUUGAAUAGGGAUAGGUAACUGAUCUUCUGGCAUUUAAAUGUGUCUAAUUGAACAUGUUUGUAGCAUGAUUUGUUCAGGUACCGAGGAUCGUUCACGUACCGAGACAUUUUUGUUCGACUUUAGAAUUUUUUGAGAACAGGACUGUUCGAGUUCCGAGGUUCCACUGUAUUAGAGCUUCAAAGAUUAAGUAGGGAGAAUCGAUUAGUGGUUGAAGUACCAUUGCUUCCCAAAAGAAGGGCAAAAAGAAUUUUAAAAAAAUAUACGAAUCCAACUCAGCACAUUGUGUACAGGCAUAAAAGGGCCUCAAACACAUGCAUAGAUUUUUUUUUAUUUCAACCUCAAUUUUUUUCACUCUCUUUUUCAGUUUAAUUUUAAGUACAUUUUAUUUAUGAAUCUUUAAUUUUCUGUAUAAUAUAUAGGCUGCGUUUAUCAAAAGCAGCUCCUGUCCAAGCGUUGGUUUGGCUUUGCUGCAUAAAAUCCAUUUAAACCACAAGGUACACAGCCUGGUUUCCAUUUUCCCGAAAAAUGCUAUUUUUGACAUUUUGAAUAUAUUUUAUUUCCCGAGGCAUGCCCAGCCAAACAGAUGGUGAAAGCAUCAGGAAACUUGUACCAUAAAAAGGGAUCGAUACGGACUGUUAGAGUUUGUUGGUACAUGAUCUUGUUAAAGGACCACUCUAGGCACCCAGACCACUUCAGCUUAAUGAAGUGGUCUGGGUGCCAGGUCCCUCUAGGAUUAACCCUUUUUUUAUAAACAUAGCAGUUUCAAAGAACCUGCUAUGUUUAUAAAUGGGUUAAUCCAGCCUCCAAAUCCUCUAGUGGCUGUCUCAUUGACAACCGCUAGAGGCGCUUGCGUGCUUCUCACUGUGAAAAUCACAGUGAGAGCAUGCAAGCGUCCAUAGGAAAGCAUUGUAAAUGCUUUCCUAUGAGACCGGCUGAAUGCGCGCGCAGCUCCUGCCGCGCGUGCGCAUUCAGCCGAAGGGGAGGAGAGGAGGAGGAGAGCUCCCCGCCCGGCGCUGGAAAAAAUGUAAGUUUUAACCCUUUCCUCUCCCCAGAGCCGGGCGGGAGGGGGUCCCUGAGGGUGGGGGCACCCUCAGGGCACUAUAGUGCCAGGAAAACGAGUAUGUUUUCCUGGCACUAUAGUGGUCCUUUAAGCACUUUGUUAAUUGGGAGGUGGUAGAGGCAGAGGGGUUUAGAAUAGAAGGAUUUUGAAUAGUCUGCUAAUAUGGAAUGUAUUUACAAUGUAUUAAAAUGGCAGACAGUUCUUUAGUUUGGUCUUUUACCAUUGGCUAGUGACAGUAUAGCUUUGGCAAGGAGAAAAUCACCACUGGCAAGUAAGCCAUGGACUCUCCAGUCUUGCUGUGGUGAGUAAGCUUUUCUGUGAUUUUUGAGCACAAGGUAUGAGCCUAGCGUAGAGAAGUCCAUUGACGCAUUUUCUGAUACGCACCUAUCAGACCAAAGAGAUUAGAUACCCAAAGGGAAAUAAAAUCUUUCUUAACAUGGAAAGUUACACCAAUCCUGUAAUCCCCCAGACUCCAGUAAAGUAACUCACUGCUUAUUCAUUACUGUAUGACUUCCGGAAAUUGCAGCUUCACAAUGUUGUUAUAAAACACUGAUUUGGCAAAAGGCCACGCCAUGUUUAUCACAAAUAACCAAAGAAUCUUUUCGCUGUUUUCUACUCCCAUUACUUAAGACAGUGGCCCAGCGCUAGCGAGUGACUAACUUGCAGCUGGCUUUGAUGUGACUGAUUGUGUAAGAUUUCAAAGAGAGACUUUAGUACUUUGCAUUUACUUCUAAAAGAAAUGAUACUGUGCAUUUUUCCAUUUUGAACACUGUAAGAGUUUUUGUUUGGAUCAAUUUCAAUAGAUUCCCAACAUUUGGGCUAAAAUACACAAAUUGUGACAAUGGCAGAAUUUGAGAAUUUUUUUUUCAAAUCUGCUGUAGUUGUCUUUAUAAUCACACGUCACUUUUGGAUUUACUACAGUUUGGAGUUUAAUGAUGAAGCAUUUUGAAAAUCUGUCUGAAGACCAAUACUAUCAAUACUCUUCGGGCAGACCAAUAAAACCAUCUUUUUACAGGACACAAGUCAAUAGUAAUUGCUGAUGAAUUGCAUAGGAAAAGUACUGCCUUGAAGUAUGUAGCAUUCAUAUACUUCAGGGAGGGAAAUCUAAAUGCUACAUUCUUAAACUUGCUGGAGUGACACAGCUCAAAUCAUUGAUGGGCUUACAACAGUAAAAAUGAUCAGGGCCCAAGGCAGCUUCCCCGUGGGCCCCGCUGCCCUCAACAAUUGUUUCUCCCAUGGGGCCGCCGGCCCCCACAUUAAGCAGGCCACCGGGUGGGUAUUGUAAGCAGGGGCCCGGUCACGCACUGUAGCACUUUAACAGCGCGACCGGGCCCUUUGCUUUUCGGCAGCACUGGGAGGAAGUGAGUGUGUGUCAGUAUGUCUGUCAAUAUGUGUCUGUCAGUGUGUGUGUCAGUAUGUCUGACAGUGUAUGUCUCUGUGUAUGUGUGUUAGUAUGUCUGGCAGGGGGCAGAGUCCAGGGGCCCCAAGCAAAUGGUUGCCCAGUGUCCGGUCAAUAUUAAAGACGGCCCUAAAAAUGGUGUGUAUCCUGAAAGGGACCCAAAAUGUAAACCCUACCAUUUGGCAGCAAUCUUGCUACAAGGCAAGACUUUUACGGUAAUGCCCGUCCAUGUGCAGAAGUAACGAGUCCUGGAAAAUACAGUGGGUCUGGCAAGCCUAAUGUCAACGUAUAAUACAUACAUCAUUAGGCCAAUUCAUAUUACAAUCCAUCACAUUUUAUUGGUCGGCUCCCAGUCCGUAACAUCAUACGACCAAGUAAGUAGUAUAUUAGGAGCAGAUAAUUGGCAGCUAAAUAAUGUUAUUGGGUGCCAACUCCUGUAACCCCUAGCCAAACAUAAGGAUGGCUGUGAAUGUCAGUAGCAAUAUCCCAACCACAUUUGGCGGCACUUUCAAUUAAAUAAAUCCUAUUAAAUAGUUUACAGUAAAAUACUAAAGUACCGGCUGAGGGUGAUGUUACUAAAACCAGUACUAAAAGCAGUUUUAGAUACAGAACUGAUAACUUUGUCUUCAGCUGAAAUACAUCUAAUUCCAUACUUUCAUUUUAAUCAUGAGAACUGUUAGGAUUUGUUAGGGGUGCAUACAGUUUCUACAUUCUGUCGGGAAAGCUGGACGUAUGUGGGAUUCAGCUGCUCCGAUUCAGCAACUAAUUGAACAUGUCAGUUUCCUUGAUUGAUUGAUUAUUUGAUUUUGUUUUAGGAAAUCAUGAAAUUCACAAACUGACCAUCAUAUUUUUUUAUUUUUUUUAAAUGGCCUGGCUGUAUGUGUGAUUAAUAUGCUGCAGGAUCCCUGCCUGCAGCCUAUGAAUGCGGAAUUCUAAAUGGGCAGCAGUUUUCAUGUGGUCACCAUCACAGUACAUAGGUGAAUAUUUCCAAAAGGACACAGUGGAUAUGGUAUUUAUUUUCUAAUUUUAUAUAUGUAGAGCACCAACAUGUUCUGCAGCGCUGUACAAUUAAAUUAAUGAGUUAAUAUGGCCAUCAUACAUUUAACUCAUUCUGAGCUUUACCAAAAACACAAAAUGUAUGUAGGGAGUUAAUGGGCGAGCAGCUGCACUGUGACUCGCAUGAUACAUACUCGAAGAAUGAUGAUGAUGAAGUCAUUUCCUGGGUUGUGACUCAUUAUGAGCAGUACACAGGUAACAGGAGACAGACAGCAUUUGCUCUGUGGGUGGCUCAGAGCGUGUCUCUCCACCUUAAAGCAAUUGCUCUACAAUUAAUAAGUAUAUAUUAGUUUAAAAAUGAAACGGUAAAGACAAGGACAGAAACACCUUGCUAAGCUUCACUAAUCUCCCAUUAACGCUCUCGCAAUUUAAAUUAUUUCCUACCUGAGGGCAGUAGAAUGUUGGUGUCAUUUUUAUCCCUUUAGUAAUGAAAGGGUUAAGGUUCUGACAUUUAAAGUAAGGUGAACAAAUGUUUUAAAGGGCAGUCACAACGUGUACGUCUUUCGGAAGACCUGGAAUAGAUAUUUUGAGCUUAUUGAAAGAAAAUUGAGCGAAAUUGCCAGAAUUACGGCUGCCGCCUGCCAAACCCACCAUGGUUUUGGGGACGCGUAUAUCCAGCCUACACGAAAAGCUUUACCCCGAAAUAUGAACAGGCUGUAGGAAGGAAUUCAUUUAACUAGUUAAUGCACUUUGGGAUUCUUUUUUGGUUGGUAAAGUGAUUUAUUAUAGCACCAACAUUUUCUGCCAUGCUUUACAAUUAACUUAUGGCGGAAUAAGUGCAAGUAACAGAUUAUAACAACUAGUAACCGGAGACGAGGUGAUUGAAUUUAAUUUACAUAAUUUCUGUCCUAUCUGAAUGCUACGUAAUGAAAGGGAGAACUUUGCUGCUAACAGCAUGUCAUAUGGUGGACGUGUGAAGCUGGCCGGCCUAGUACAGAUAGAUAACCCCACUUAACAAUGGACCAAGUGACCCCUCCUGGUUCUGAUCAAUUGUACAUGAGAUGUAGUAGUAGUAGACAGCGUUAUUCGGCUGUUUUGGAGCUUCAUUAGCAAAACUCUCGCCUCUUUGUCGUGCUGGUCAGGAGAUGUUUGAAGUUCGGUUCUCUUGUAGCUUUUGAGUUAGGGUCCCUAUUUGUGAUUCAAUGUAACAGAGCACACUGUAGUCAGGAGGCACCCUAUCCGUGUUAGAUAUGUAUCUCUGGGUGCCUUUUCUCAACAAGAACGUAGUCUCUUUUAAUCUUUGCGUCUAUUAAUGUAGCAAAAAAUAAAACAAACAAAAAAGUAUGUUGAGUUUUUAUUUACUGUUGACAAUGCCCCAAGUAUAUUCUCCACAAUAUAAAUACGGCAGGGUGGACGGCCAAGCUGUGUGUGCCAAAUUUUUUAAUAUACAUUUUUAUGUCCAAAAGGGAUAGCACCGUAUAAUAUCUAGUGAGUUGGUCAAUCGUUCAAAUUUUACAUUUUGCACUUAGGCUGUUGUCAUUAUUUACUAUUCAUAAGCAAACCCUAAAUGUGCGUGAUUUAGUUAAAUGCCAUUUCUAAACUGGUCUAGUCCUCCAAAUGGUUUGCUGGCUUCUCAGUAGCCAUCAAAUGCAUUAUCUUUUAAUCCCCUGUAAUACGGGCGAGGAAUGCCUCUGAGCUCUGCAGACGCGAGGGGAUGGUCUGUGGAAAAACCAGUGGAAGCUUGUCGGUAUAAUGUAGGUAGGGUGAUACAUUGUUAUAUGGAAUAUGGUGUGAUAUACUGUGUUUAUAUAGUUUCCCUUUUUUUUUUAUUUUAUAAUAUAUCAAGUAUUGUUCACACACUACAAUUCACUACUUAGUAAAUAAACCCCUAUAGAUUGGUGACAUCAUUCUACAUGUGGAGAGAGGAUGGGUAGCAGGAUUGCGCUAUACGUGGAUGUUAUUCUAGUUUAGAUGUUCGCGCAGACAGGGUUUAGAACAAUAAGGAACUUCCAAGUAUCUGGAUUGCGUGACAAGUCUAUUUUUUGUCCCUUAGUGUUGCUUGAUUAUUUAAUCACUAAAUGCUUAUUCACUGUAAAAGCUAAUUAAAUGUAAUCUGAAUUAGUCCAAAAUAGGUGAUUUGGAAAAAACCAAAAACAUGUCAUAGUCUACUAUAGUUACAGCUCGGCUACUUUAGCCUGAAUUUUGCAAUUCUUUCCAGUCCACCACAACUCACCAUAUAGUAAAUAAACCUCCAUGCCUGCUUCGUAGUGUGUCUACAUGCAGGUGGGCACUGCAUGAAAAGUACUGACCUGAAUAAUGCAGUAUUCAUAUGCUACAGUGAUCCUGUAUCUAUAAACUAAUAAAGGCAGUUCCUUUGGGUUAAUUAAAGGAUCACUCCAAGCACAAUGACCACUACAGCCUGCUGUAGUGGUUAUGGUGCCAUGAGUGCGCUGGAGCCUCACAAUGUAAGCAGUCAAACUGUUUGCUAAUAUAGUGACUUCUUACCUGGAGUCCACUGAGUGCCAGUCUCAAGACUAUUUUCUUCUUGUUGGAACCUUUUUUGGCUGUUCUGAACUAAGCCCCGCAGUGCAUGCUACUCAUCGCACCAUAACUACUACAGUACUCUGUAGUGGUUAUGGUGCUUUGAGUGUUGAUUUAAUUGAUUUCCUUCCUAUUUAAUAUAAAUGCUACAUAAGUCCUUUCCAUACACUUACCUGCAGCAUGUAGAGCUGAUCUGUAAAAUUAAGUUGAAUUUCCAAUUCUCUGUAAGAGGAAGUUUCUAUAGAUGGAGGGUAAUUUGUCUGUGCGAUUAUUCUUGGCUAGUGGGCGGAUUCGUUUUAUUUUAAAGGGAUAAGCUAUUUGUUGUUCUAUUGGCAACUAAAUGUCUUGUGCGUUAAUAAUAAUAAUAAUAUUAAUGCGAUUUUCCCAGUGACCCUGAUUGAGCAACCCCCAGCUUUCUAAGGCAGGCAGUGGCAAAGCAUCAUGGGACUUGUUGAUAGUCUAGCCCUGUUAAGAUGAGAACAUUGUCAGUGCAUAUCUCACAUCCCUUCUAUCUUGAAACAAAUAUGCAUAUAGAAAACAUUAUUAAGAAUACUCACAGAUCUAAUAUGACUUCCCAUGUAAUAAUGUAAGAAAGUCAGGGAAAUUCCAAAUGUCCCAAAAUAUACAGGAUCAAAGAUUGAAUUUUAGCUACUGUUUUUUUAUUAACUGGUGUCAGUCUUAAACUGCCAUUACCCUCAGACCUCCAAUAAUCAGAGAAAGAAAGGAGGCUCGCUGACAAGCCACGCAAGUUACCUGUUGGAAUGCAACUCCCAUCCACCGCACGUCAGGCUGACUGAGGUUGGUGGGAGUUGAAGCAGUCUGACAAUCUCUAAAAAGCCUACAGGUUCUCCUUUACCUCCCUUACCCUUGCACAUGUUUUACAUCAUUAAAAUGCACAACUUCCUUUAGACUGUACUCCCCUGGUCUUGUUUUCCAUUGUAAAAAUGCCUGUGGUUUCAGUAGUAUUUAGGGCCUAGCAUCAGUUUUCCUACCGUUCAUACACCGGAUAUCUCUGUCACAACCUUAGCCUGUAAAGCAGCAGUAAAGUUGGCCAUUCACGCCAGGAUUUCACAUGUUUCUGCUACCCACAGUUCCACAGACUGUUCUUCGUAACCUGCUGUAUCUAUCUGCGCGAUCUAGCCGCAAACACUCCAGGCUGACCAUACCACUUCCCUAUUGAAAGUUAAUACUGCUUGAUUCAUUUCGUGCUACAAUCGCAGAGCCAAAGAAAACAGUCCGCAGAAUAACUUGCUUGUAUGUCGUUUGGAACGCUCUGCGAGGCGCUGGUUUCAUAAUGCCAUACAGUAGCUUACUAUAUCUCUCCCCAGCUGCAGGGAAAAUCUAGCAGGCUUAAGUGUUGCAAGACAGGGGCUCGGCUACAGCACUUGAAAUGUAUGAUCUGUCAUGAAAAGAGUGGAUUUCUUCUUGCAAAUGCCGAGGUCCCACACAGGGCAGCGACUGUUAAAUAUAGAGAGAAAGGUGCAAAGCAUUUUUUAUAUAAAUAUUUUUUUUUUCUAUUUUGCUUCAUGUUUUUAAGGAUGUAGAAACUCAUGUGGUAACAGGGAGUACAAACACCAAAUGCAGUCUUUCCUUCAGAAACAACUGAUGUCUACACUGCAGAGACAGAGGAAAAAAAGCUUAUUUUUCUUAAAAACAAAUAUAACUAUAGUUAAUUCUUAUAUUUUUAUGAUGAGAAGUCAUAAGAUGGAGUCGUUUUAUGAGUCCGUAAACUGCAAAUUAACGGGAAUAAUCAUCAAAGUGUAAAUGGUUGGGAAUUCAAAGCGAAUGGAUUUAAAAUUUUCAGCCAAAUUGACAUAUUUUGGAAAACAAAUUUCUGGCCAACUUUGUUUUCAGUUCUGUCAAUUUGCCCUAAAAUUCGAAUUCACUUUGUCUUCCCAGAAACACAAAGGGUGGUGUGGAAACCUUUAUAAGAUAAUUCAUAAAGAGAAUUACAGAACCGCCAUUGGCACCAAAUUGCAAAGGGUUUAAUGUUGCAUGCUAUAUGUCACUACUUUUAAUGAGUGGAUAAUUACAGUAGGUUACAGCCUGGAGAUUGCGACUGGGCUCAAUAUAAUACUACUCCUAGCCUUUCAUAAGAUAAACUUUACACUGUAAUUUACUUUUAAACUUUUAUUGUCAUAAAUCAAUCUGCUAGAUUCAGUUUAACCUUUUAAAGACACAACUUCUGGAAUAAAAGGGAAUCAUGACGGAAUAUUUCCGUCAUGUGUCCUUAAGGGGAUAAUAUAGACAGGAGUUAUUUUGAUAUCGUCCGUUAGUGAAGCUGCAUUAUUACUUGGAAGUUCUGGCAAGAAUAAGGUGUCUGAUGUGAUGGGGCUCGGUGGUGCUGAUGAGAUUCCUCUGUGCAUAUGUCUAAUGUUGUCGAGAGAGUUUUAAAGUGUUUUGUUUUUGAUUUGGUCCUUUUUUUUCCCCUCCACAUUGUACAUAUUUCUCCAUUGUUGAGGAAAGAGUAGCGUAUAGGGAUUGGCAAUUCCUUUAAGGUCUCGCGUAUCUUAAAAUUUUCUGUUUUCAAGCCAAAUGAUAACUUGUAGAAGGUGCUGUGAUGAAAGGUGCUGUGGCUAUCAUUGUGUUUGCAGCAAUCGGUGGGUAGAUAUGGUCUACUUGCAGUGAGUGGGUCUUGAUAUUUUGUGGGGGUGCUGUGUUCUUCACUCAACUGGGAUCCUGGGAGCGCAUAAUAUUCAAGGCUUCAGGCUACACUGAAUUCUGCGACGCACAGCCAAGAUGCCUCCAGCCUGGUCAAUGCUGUCCUGGCCCCGGACCUAUGGGAGAUUCUCCCUGACCAAUUGUUUAUGUUGAAGCAGUGUUCAGAGGAUCGGGCAAGUGAUAUGGAGCCUUCAUAGAACGGUUCGGUGUAGAACAAUCAAGCCUGUCUGCUUCCCCUGACCCCUCACCCAGAAAUCAACACCGUAAUUUUCAUUGUAUCCUUGUGAUAUUUUUUAUUUUAUAAAUAAAAGAUCAACUUACAGUCUGCGUUUGAUGCUAAUGACUUGGUGGUGGAGAAUCCUCCAAUCACGAGACCAAUCUGUAGUGAAAGAAAAGUUUGCUUUAAUUUAGUUUCUCCGCUACAUGACUUCGAUUUGGGAAGGGGGACGUCCUAAAAUAUCUCUCUUUGACAGCCCCUGAAAGCUCCUUGGUACUUUAAAUAGGCAAAUGAGGAAUUUUAGGGGCCAGUGAGUGUACUUUUGAGUCCAGGGCCUAGCCUACUCUAGGAUUUCAUCCUAGCUAUACUGCAUCCACAAGAUGUUGCAACUAACUGGUUGUAAUAUGACAUGAUUAUACCCAGACAUAUAAUUUGAAAAAAAAAUCUUGAAACCUUUGUUACCAAUUACUGUAUCAGCCGUGCAGUUACGGCAGAAUACGCUCGUUUCAAGACCUGUGAUCUUCCUGAGUUUACAGGCGCCCGUUGUUGGCAGCAAGGUUAAUUAUGCAUUCAAAUGCACACACCAUUUAAAGUGUUGAAAGACCUAGACUCAUGUUGACAUCUAUAUUUGCCCUUUACUUUUUCCUCUUUGGGUGUAACCUUGAUACAUUGAUAUAGACCUUUUUUUUGCAUCGCCUACUUGUUCCACUCCGCUGCAUCUGUGUAGGAUUCAAACAAUUAUCUCACAAACAGUGUCCAAAUGGUAGCCUUUCCCUAUCGGCUCUGCUUUUGCAGGAAUAAGCAAUGCUAUUAACUAUUUGCACUUUUUUUAAGGGGUGUGUGUGUGUCUCAUUGUUACAAAAUAUAAAAGAAAACUUUAAUUUAUUAUUAGCCACUGUAAUCUUUGUUUUUUUUGUUUUUUUUUGUGGCUUGCAAAAUUAUUGGAAAAUAAGGCCUACUAUUAUAGUAAUAAUGAGUUCCAUUUAGGUGAAUACUGGCUUAAAGUAACACUAUAAUGUCAGGAAUACAAACAUGAUGAUAGGUCGUCACCCCCCUCUCUUUAGAGAAUAAUGGUAUAAAACGUACCUAUUCCCCCACGCCACGCCACGCCAUCUCGCCACAGCUGUCCCCGCAAUCAUGGCUGAGAUGAUUAAUCUUGAUGAUCUCAGCCAAUCCAAUAGGAAAGCAUUGGAAGGCUAUAGCGAAUGCGCAGCAAAACGCAGCUCUGCACCAAUCACCAUCUCCCCAUUGAGAUAUAUUGAAUCAAUAUAUCUCUUUUGGGAACAUUCAGCGCCCCCAUACAGAGCGUGGAGACUUUGAACAUCAGUGCUGCACACAGUGCAGCACUGCCCCAGGAAGCACCCUAUUGACCAUCUGAGUGACUGCCACUACAGAUGUUCCUAGGCAGCAGUGUAAAUACUGUGUUUACAGUGUUUUUGGGAGCAAAAUAGUCACUAAUAACUUAGUAUCUUUAAAGCUCAGUACUGCCAUCUCUCACAUCUGCACACUGGUUUUAUUUCAUGGCUGAACAGAGCUUAUGGCUUGAUGUGUAAGAUGUGAUGUCGUCACAAAGAAAUGUAGGUGGAGUUAUGACAUCACUGUAGUUAUGACAUCACUUGCAGAACAAGUGGCCAUGUUUAAAACGCGUUAUAUUUUUAUCUAUAUUUCUCCGCUAUAAGUAGUGAACAGUGUGCUCUCCUAUGUUGCACCCUGCUUAUAAAAUUCUUUAAAUGUUUUUCACCAUCAUACUUGCGUGACCCUAACAAAUGGGGGGAGGAGGAGGGAGACAGAUGAGGAGAAUAAUAAUAACAAAAAAAGGGUUUAAGGUUGGAAUACAAUAUGUCUUUGCUACAGCAUGAUAUCUUUAAAAAGAGUUAAUAUUUGCAAUUAAUAUUAACACUGAAACAGGAAGCGCUGCCAAAACGUUUUUGCAUGGUUCAUUUUUCGAAUAUGAUGUCCCAGCCAGGUGGAAAUGGGCCAAGAGCAAUGUAGAUGCAUCUUAAAGUUUAUACAGUAAUCUGUUUAUUGUAUUCUUAACAAAACACAUUCCUUUAAAAAUGGAUCAAGAAUAAUGUCACCAUUUCUUUUUUUUAUUAUGGUGUUUAACCCCUUAAGGACCAAACUUCUGGAAUAAAAGGGAAUAAUGACAUGCCACACAUGUCAUGUGUCCUUAAGAGGUUAAGGAAAAAAAUGUCAGUUUUACAAAAAAAAAGUAAUUCUUUCUCAGCCAUGCUCUUAAAACCAUAGAUGUUUAAUGUUUGAAUAAACUCUCAGUAUCUAAUUAGGUCAUUGAGCAGUUUAUUAUUAAAAUGAUUACUAAUAACAUGUAUUGAAUUCUGUCGCUAAAGAAAUUUGAAAAAAGUUUUCACAUUUCAAGAUAAAAACGUAAAUCAAAUUUAUCACUCGAUAAAUGUUCAUAAUGAGAGAAUAAAACCCUAUAAGAUAAUGAUGUAUUUAUACUGUAUGUAUUGCCUAAGACCAAGUGAAGACACAGAGAAUGUGUCAUCCUGUAUGAAAGAGGAAGUCUGCUUAAUUUAGACAUCACCCGAUUUAAAAUGCUUGAGAAAGCCUUAGCCUAGGAAAUGUGUGAUCUGUAUAUACACACGCUUGCACAUGAUCACAUAUAUGUAUAUUACAUGCUCUGCCCAUUACAUCAAUGAACAGGUUAGCUUUUAAAUAUCGUCAUGCACCAUAUGGCGGACACUGUGCCAUGUUGGGGCCGCUAACCUCGAGAGAGUAUAAUGACUGACCCCCAGCAUGGCUGAGAUUAGCAGGAGUUGCACUCCAGGGCCGCAGCUGGUAUUUGCAGAUACUGCCAUUGAUUCAAUCUCUCACUUGUUAAUGCCAUGCAAGUGAAUGAAUUCAAUUCUGUCUCCCCAGCUCCCCUCAUAGGAUAUCACUAAAGAGGGAGUCAGGACUGCCAUAAAUUAAAAGAACCUUAGCCUUAACUCUUAUUUUAAAAUCUCAUAUAAAAUAAAAUCUACAGAAUGCUGCAAACAUGUGUUACGGUAAUUGAUAUCAUCUUGCAACGCUUCCCCUCUGUCUGUCUGCAUGCGCUGAUUGGGGACCCCAUUUCUGUAGAGUGUGGAUUAGUAUCACUGAAAAUAUCUCAAUGAAGAGACGCAAUGUUAUAAGAAAAGGGAUGGGAGGGGAUUUAGAUAUAUUUCCCAAAGAAUGCCAUAUUAACCUAAAAAAAUUUUUUUUAUUUUUUUUGCUUGUUAAGUUUUUUUUUUUAAUUAUUAUGAAGUAUUUCCUGAGUCUCUAUUCUGAGUUCUGCUAUACAGGAAUGACCAGGCCUGGCCUUGACUGGUUAGGAAAGAGUUCACGUGCCUCCAACAUACACGUCAAAGCAUGUUGUCGAAUAAACUUACACACCGUAGUUUUUUUGUGUAUGUUUAUUUUCAAGUCAAGGGGGGAAAUAAAAUCAUUGAUAGUUAGUGCUCAAACCUUCAAGUUCAUUCCUGGUUUUCAAGCAUAGCAUGUUCGUGCGUAACACAACACUUUAUUCUUUACAAAGGAAACAUUUAACACACCCAGCAAUCCAGAAACCACAACGUCUUUUACAUCCAGAAACUACUGUUUUAGGGUUCUGGUAUAUUUCGGUCCCUGUGGCACUUUGACUAUGAAGAAGGGAAAAGUCAAAACGCGUGCUUUUAGGAUAUAUAUAUAUUUUUUUUUUAUAUCUUGCACACAUGUCAAUUUCCUUAAGAAAACCAUGUUUUAGAAAUAAACAACUUCCUCUGUGGUUUUCUAGAGGGCAUUUAAUGUUGCAUAGCGUUACAUAGAGUGGACAGUGGAUCUACUGUAAGUUACUAGAAUGCAAGAAUAAGUCAGCAUGUUGUAAUGACGUAGUGCAUAGGAGACUCAAAAAUAACCUGAAAGUUUUAGGGCCAAUUCAAGAUCGCUGCUACAUGCAACUAUCCGUUAUUACUUGCACAUACUGACAGUUGUGAAGCUGGAUAUUCAGAAGGAAUAUAUAUCCCAUUUUCCCUGUCCUCAUUGAAGAUGACACAGGAUUAAACGGUCACCUUUUGGUGCUGUGGUUUAAAAAACACUAUGUUAGAUAGUUUAACAUACAGUGCCUCUUCUCAGGGAACUACAGAGACAUAGUUCCUGUGACACUAUAGUCACCAAAACAACUAUCGCUUAAUGAAACAGUUUUGGUGUAUAGAUCACACCCCUGCAGUCUCAGUGCUCAAUUAUCUGCCAUUUAGGAGUUAAAUCACUUUGUUUAUGAACCCUAGUCACACCUCCCUGCAUGUGACUUGCACAGCCUUCCUAAACACUUCCUGUAAAGAGCCAUCUAAUGUUUAUCCUUCCUUUAUUGCAAGUUCUGUUUAAUUUUAGAUUUUCUUAUCCCCUGCUAUGUUAAUAGCUUGCUAGACCCUGCAAGAGCCUCCUGUAUGUGAUUAAAGUUCAAUUUACAGAGCAAGAGAUACAAUUGUUUAAGGUAAAUUACAUCUGAUUGAAAGUGAAACCAGUUUUUUUUUUCAUGCAGGCUGUGUCAAUCAUAGCCAGGGGAGGUGUGGCAAGUGCUUUAUAAAUAGAAACAAAAUGAUUUAACUCCUAAAUGGUAGUGGAUUGAGCUGUGAAACCUGAGAGACAUGAUCUAUACACCAAAACUGCAUUAAGCGUAAGUUGUUUAAGUGACUAUAGCGUCCCUUUAAAUAUAAAUUGAACACAAUCAAAAGCUAAACUUUUACUCCAACCACCAUGACCACAUUUAGAAGUGGUGAUGGUAGUAGGAAUCUGUACUGCAGCAUUUCAGCUUUAAACGAAUACAGAGGUAUUUGCAUUUAUGUGCUGGGGGGUUAGUUACAUGUGUGGCAAACAUGAUUUAGGCUGUUCUGGGCUGCCACCUAAUUUGAUUGGACCUCCCGUGGACAGCGGUGUCAUCAGACGUGGCGUCGAAAGCAGCGCGAUGAGCAUCAUCCAGCGCUGGAUUCCACAUUCCAGGUAAGUUUAUUGCGUUUGAAAAAAGAUUUUAAAGGAGGGGUAGCUAAUUAGUAGUCCCCAAUGCCGCAUGUGAAAUUAAAAACAACAAUUAGAGUUAGAGUAACCCUUUAACUAUGAAUAUAGUAAACAAACAAAUAGUUUCACACUCUCCUCAAGUAACUUUCUCUAAACUUCCACUACUGUUCCACUAGCUUAUACCUCCUAACAUCUCAAAUGAACAAAGAGGGACACUUUUAUAUUUCAGGGGUGUGAGUGGGGGGAGAGGGAUGGUCAAGGGUAGGAUGUUCUGAGAAACAUUCGGUGACUUAUUGAUAAUGUACGCCACAUGGGAUGUAAUUUAGAACUAUAACAAUGUAUCUUAUUCACACAGACUGAUUUCUAACCAUAUUAAUCGUAGUUUAGACAUACUACGUGAGUAUUAUUGCUGUGGAGCUCUGUUAUUCACUCAGAUACACCAAUAAUAUGGAGCUCCUCGAAAAGAUGGACAGAGGGAUUUGCUCCCAAAAUAGGGACUAUACUUCCUAUAUAGGGACACUUAGGUAGUAUGCUAUCUGAAUCCUACUGCAGUCCUAUGGAGGUCUCAUUCUCUCCCACUAUGGAGGCUCCCUUGGGAAGAUCCCUUUUGACCAUAGGUGAAGGAUCUUUUCCAUUUUAGCAAAGUGUGUGCUUUGGGAGCCUGUUUACAUGUCAUAGGCGUACGGUAUAAGGAAAAGGGCAAAGCCUUGAGUUAAUCUAACCCUGCUGUAUGUAUGAAUAUAUAUAUAUAAUAUAGUGUGCGUGUAAGUAGACAGAGAGAAAUGUAUACAGAUUUAUUUAUUAAAAUGUGCUAAGGUACAAACCAGUAAGCUAUAGAGUUUCAGCAGUUGGGGAGUAAGUUGUUCCACACAUAUAUCCAACGUCGCUAAAUAAACCCAGUAGCCUUGCUAUAAUGUGACCAGAAUUACAGGGGGCAGCCUUGGUUUUGGUGUAUUGAUUAAAAGCUCGUUCCGUUUCUCUGAUUUUGUUGCAGUUCUUCAGACAGAAGAUUUGAUGAAAUAAUUGUUUUUCUUUUUCUUUUCUUUUCUUGUGAACUUUAAAUGAAAGCUUUGGCAAAGGACGGACGGAAACUGUGUUGUACAAAAUGCUUCAUAUUUGGCAGCCCAGCCCGUGGGCCUUCAGAGAGUCAGGCUAAUGCUUAAAAUAGCCUGUAUGUUGGAGACAGAGCAUAUGUACACAGCUUGCGUGACUCCAUGUGUUUGCAUUCAAGUCCACUGUCAUGAUAUAGAGAGCUAAACAGAAGUCUUAGAUUUGCAUGCUUGACAAAUUAAGGAGCGAGCCGCGUUUGUCUUGCCAUAAAGGCUGGCGUUUUUUUGUUUUUUUUACCUCAUGAUUUUUUUUUCUCAUGCAGAUAAAAUCAUUGCUAUAAAACUGGCUCCAUUUUUCAGCGCAGUGGGAAAUCCGAUAUUUUCGCCGAUGUAGCCAGCAAGGAGUAGAAAGAACAGGCCACUUAUAUUUUGAACGCAAAGGUUUACAAAUACUUUUCUUUUUAAAUUUGCAGUGACUUUAAAUUUCCUUUUGAAAUGCAAGUUUUCGACAGCUGUAAAACAUUCUUCUGUGUGUGAUUUUUCUUUCCAGAAACCAAAUAUGCGGAUGAUAUUCUGAGUGGUGAUAGUACCACAGAGUUUUCAUUUGCUACAAAUAAUUCAGGCAUCAUAAAGGAUCGGUCUAAGCACCUCUACUGCCAGAAGCAUCGGCCAAUCAGCAAUAAGCUAAGCCCAGUUUAGAGCUGAGAGGUCCUGGCUGCAGUGGUGUAUUUUGUUGGGGUUUUUUUUUGUGUGUUUUUGUUUUGCUUUUUGGAGGGGUUAGGGAAGGGACUGCUCCAGCACUAACUUUUACCCAGCUGAGAAACACCUACUUCUACUAGAGCUCAAUUCUGUCUUUCUGCAUCCUACCCCUUCUACCACACUCUACAUACAACUUUGAAGAUCACACUUCAAGGCGGCCUUCUACCAACCAGCAUGGGAGGGGGAGGAAGUGAAAGUUCUGAACAUACAGUGUACAAUGCAGAUUUCCUUUUCCAGCCUGCAGUGGAAGCCUACAAUAUCAAGUAUAGCAGAUAAUCUUGUAAUAACUGGACUUACUUAAAGGAACACUAUAGGAUCAGGAACACAAACAUGUAUUCCUGACCCUACAGUGUUAAAACCACCAACUAUCCGCCUUGGGCCUACUUGCACCCCUAAAUAUAGUACAAUCUUACUUUUGUUCAAGUCUGCUGCUGCUGGCUCUGCCCCUGAUCUGCCUGCUUGGCUGACAUCAUCAGAAGUAUUGUCCUGAGUCAAUCACAAUGCUUUCACAUUGGAUUGGCUGAUAUUGUCAAGUAUGCAGAUCAGGGGCAGAGCCAGCACAAGCCAAACACAGCCCUGGCCAAUCAGCAUCUCCCCAUAGAAAUGCAUUGAAUCCUUGCAUCUCUAUGAGGAAAGUUCAGUGUCUCCAUGCAGAGGGUGGAGACACGGAAUGGCAGUGCUGCACACGGUGCAGCACAGACCUAGAAAGCACCUCUAGCAGCCAUAUGAGGAGUGGCCAGUUAAGUUAUCACUAGACUGUAAUGUAAACACUGCCUUUUCUCUUAAAAGACAGUGUUUACAGCAAAAAGCCUGAAGGUAAUGAUUCUACUCACCAGAACAAAUGCAAAAGGCUGUACUUGUUCUGGUGACUAUAAUGUCCCUUUAAUAUUUUAAGUGGCAUUUUCGGAAAGCAAUAUCCCAAUUGUGUAUAAUAUUUCUGCUCCUAUGCCAAUAUUUCAGACCACAUUCAGGAAUCCCAUACUGUUACUGUAUAGCUUAUAGUAUAGUUAAUACAUCAUUGCUUUGAGAAUGCCGUUGUUACUAUAUUAUUUCAUAAAGGUACAUGUUUCUAUGUUGUCAUAGUAAGAACAUGUUUUUAUUAUCCUAGAUAGCUGCUGAAUUGUUGUAGAAUUUUUUUUAUAUCUCGGCAUGGUAAUAUGAUGGAAUUCACAGAUUGGCCGUAUGUAGAUUUGUGAAUUGUAAAUAGUGUCAUUUUUACUACAUCCUUUAUUUUCUUUUUAUAUGGCGAAAGCAUUUAACCUCCCAAAAAGGAGUCAAGUUUUAAACAGACUUAAGUUUUUAGUGUUUAUUUAGGCAGAUAGGUUUUACUAAUUUAUUGAACAGUCUCCUGGGUGAGAAUUAUUUCACUCAGACAUCGUAAAGCUUAAAAGUAAAUUUUCAUUGCUUUUGAAUGAGCCCAAUGGAGUACAGAUUAAAAAUACAUUUCCAUUUGUUGUAGUGUGUAUAUGUGUACAUAAUAUAGAGAUGUCCAGGUCCAUGACCUUUCUGUGUAACAUUUAUAAUUUGCUUGGAGAUUUUGGAAGAUAUAUACCUUCAAUUUAGAAUUUAAUUCCGUAUACUCUUUGCCUGUGUAAGAAAUCUCUUUACACUACUGUGCAGCAAAUCACUUAUUAUUUCUAGAAUGUCUGAGUUAUAAAUAUCUGUGAUAUAAAUCCAUUGGCCAGGACUCUGGUUUGGGUCCCAAUGCCAUGUCUUUGUACACCCACUGAUUGAAAAACCACAGGACCUCAGGAAACUCUUCACCGUAAACUGGUUUCUGUAGAAGCACUGCCUUCCCAAGUGAAAUUUAAACCCUCCAUGACACUGUGAAGACUAUAAAGAAGGGGAGUUUGUAGAUUUUAUUUUACGUGUCAUACUAAAAAUUAAGAUUGAGUCACUGUUAUGUAUAUUGUUUUGUCAGAUCCCAGUCAAGACAGGUUAAGGGGGCAGUAUAAGUACUAUAGCCACUACAUGAUGUUGAGUGCUGUUGGGCUGAAGAUGCCACCUGUGCUCCCCCCGUUUCUAAGUUAAACAAUUUUUGAGUUGUUGGACCAAAACUGAGGUCCACCAAGGAACACACAACUCAGCCCAACCUUACUGAAUUGCUAAUACAGACGUUCAACAUUCACAUUAGCAAUAUUAAUUUCAUCUGUAUUUGGACGGCAUUGAUAGGCUGAUCAUGUCAGUUGAUUUUAUUCACUAAAUCCAAAUUAGUUAUAAAUCUAAAGCUGCUCUCCUCACCUACUCUGGAGGAGUUUUACAACUCUAAUCAGAGUUUCCUUAAGGUGAGUCCUCAUUAACUUCUAAAUUGGUUUGGCGUGGGCGCUUGUCUCUAAGACCGUAAAUCGUAUCGAUACGAUAGAAUUUAAGACCUCUUUUUCACCUCCCUCAUUAAUAGGGCAUCGUCAGAAAACAGAUGAAUUGACAAAGCCUGGAAGCUUAUCAUUCUCUGAGCGACUGAGUGAACUUGAACAACUCCGGCGAACGGCUAUGAGAGUCAGCCCACACCACCCAACUCCCACUCCCAACCCACGGGCAUCGCUGAACCACUCGACAGCAUUCAAUCCUCAACCACAGAGUCAGAUACAAGGUGAGUACUUGACUAUCAGCCACAGCAACUUUUAAUACACAGUGAAUUAUUGUGGAACCCUUAGGUCCCCAAUCCUCACCUCACUGUUGGCAUCCAUUUGUGCCAUGAUUUUGAUGAUUUGUUAUUUAAGUGUUCCAGUUUGGCAGAAGAUGGUAAAUCAUGUCCACUUUAGAAAGAGGGGUGAGAUUAAGUGAUUUCAGGAUAGGCGAGUUAGCAGUGUUUGUAAUGUUCUCACAAAAAACUUAACAGCUAAUCACUGUCUCAUGGUAAGUGUGAUGCAAACACUGACAGAUAUGCUUUAAGACAAUUUUAUAUUUAGUUUCUUAAAUUUUUUUUUUCCAAACACCAGCUUAUUAUAUAUUUGUCUAAAAUUACUGCUCCCUCUGGAAAAGAGUAUUCUAUAAAUUUGACACAUUCUGUCACACACUGAAAGGAUAAAGUUGGUUUUUUUUUGUACGUUUUCUUGCCCCCGUCUACACUCCCACCCCAUCUAUUGUAAAGGUUCCUUACAAUAUUUCAUUUUUACAGGAGGGCAACCAAUAAUACAGGGAGUGCAGAAUUAUUAGGCAAAUGAGUAUUUUGACCACAUCAUCCUCUUUAUGCAUGUUGUCUUACUCCAAGCUGUAUAGGCUCGAAAGCCUACUACCAAUUAAGCAUAUUAGGUGAUGUGUAUCUCUGUAAUGAGAAAGGGUGUGGUCUAAUGACAUCAACACCCUAUAUCAGGUGUGCAUAAUUAUUAGGCAACUUCCUUUCCUUUGGCAAAAUGGGUCAAAAGAAGGACUUGACAGGCUCAGAAAAGUCAAAAAUAGUGAGAUAUCUUGCAGAGGGAUGCAGCACUCUUAAAAUUGCAAAGCUUCUGAAGCGUGAUCAUCGAACAAUCAAGCGUUUCAUUCAAAAUAGUCAACAGGGUCGCAAGAAGCGUGUGGAAAAACCAAGGCGCAAAAUAACUGCCCAUGAACUGAGAAAAGUCAAGCGUGCAGCUGCCACGAUGCCACUUGCCACCAGUUUGGCCAUAUUUCAGAGCUGCAACAUCACUGGAGUGCCCAAAAGCACAAGGUGUGCAAUACUCAGAGACAUGGCCAAGGUAAGAAAGGCUGAAAGACGACCACCACUGAACAAGACACGCAAGCUGAAACGUCAAGACUGGGCCAAGAAAUAUCUCAAGACUGAUUUUUCUAAAGUUUUAUGGACUGAUGAAAUGAGAGUGAGUCUUGAUGGGCCAGAUGGAUGGGCCCGUGGCUGGAUUGGUAAAGGGCAGAGAGCUCCAGUCCGACUCAGACGCCAGCAAGGUGGAGGUGGAGUACUGGUUUGGGCUGGUAUCAUCAAAGAUGAGCUUGUGGGGCCUUUUCGGGUUGAGGAUGGAGUCAAGCUCAACUCCCAGUCCUACUGCCAGUUCCUGGAAGACACCUUCUUCAAGCAGUGGUACAGGAAGAAGUCUGCAUCCUUCAAGAAAAACAUGAUUUUCAUGCAGGACAAUGCUCCAUCACACACGUCCAAGUACUCCACAGCGUGGCUGGCAAGAAAGGGUAUAAAAGAAGAAAAUCUAAUGACAUGGCCUCCUUGUUCACCUGAUCUGAACCCCAUUGAGAACCUGUGGUCCAUCAUCAAAUGUGAGAUUUACAAGGAGGGAAAACAGUACACCUCUCUGAACAGUGUCUGGGAGGCUGUGGUUGCUGCUGCACGCAAUGUUGAUGGUGAACAGAUCAAAACACUGACAGAAUCCAUGGAUGGCAGGCUUUUGAGUGUCCUUGCAAAGAAAGGUGGCUAUAUUGGUCACUGAUUUGUUUUUGUUUUGUUUUUGAAUGUCAGAAAUGUAUAUUUGUGAAUGUUGAGAUGUUAUAUUGGUUUCACUGGUAAUAAUAAAUAAUUGAAAUGGGUAUAUAUUUGUUUUUGUUAAGUUGCCUAAUAAUUAUGCACAGUAAUAGUCACCUGCACACACAGAUAUCCCCCUAACAUAGCUAAAACUAAAACAAACUAAAAACUACUUCCAAAAAUAUUCAGCUUUGAUAUUAAUGAGUUUUUUGGGUUCAUUGAGAACAUGGUUGUUGUUCAAUAAUAAAAUUAAUCCUCAAAAAUACAACUUGCCUAAUAAUUCUGCACUCCCUGUAGUUUGUCAGUGACCGAUUAGUGUUUUUACUUGUGUGCAUUUCCAAUUGAUCUCUGAUAUAAUAUAUGGCAGGUUUUAUAGCAUUAUCAUAUGUUAACGCCUGCUGGAUAAUGCUACUGUCCAGCGCAGUAAUCAGUUCUUUGAGGACCUUAUAUCCCCAACAAAUUAUACAAAGCCUGCUUAUUGGGCAUCAUAUGCCCUUACUAUACCUUUAAGAAUAUCCUUCGUCCAUGACAUUUAUGGUGAAGUGGAGAUGGUCUACAGCCUCUUAAAUCUCCUGUAGUCAUGUAAAAGGCAUGUUAAAAUUGAUACUGAAUUUGAAACAGUAAAAAAAAUAUAUUUAUGAAUACCAAUAUAAUGUAAUCGAUUUAAUUUAGCCAAACAAUCUUACCCCGGUUAUGUAAAAUAGUGAUAAAUAAACACUGGAAUCUCAGCCCUAGUCUGUGCGAGCCAUAUAAAACCUAGAGUUAUUACUUGAAAUGUUUGCUGUGGUCUUUAAAUGUAAGACAGCCGGCUUUGUAACCACUGAACUGACGGCUAAAGAGACAGGUGGCAGCUCCCACACACAGUCACACAUGCCAGGCAUUUGCCACCAUGUCCGAGUGAAAUCAGAUUGAUGUUACGCUGCUUAGUCUUCAACUCCUAAUCCAGAGAGGCAGCCGAUUGGUGCCGGGGACCAUUUAUCUGGAUUGUUACGGAGGGGUUUAUUCUGUAAACUGUGACUUGUGAUUGGAUGGAAUGACAACUCUAGGGCAAAUUAACUGAUAGGAGGCAGGGAUUCACCAAUUAUGGAGAUACAUUUUUAAUCAUGAACUAUUUUGCCCUAAAUUUUACCAAACUUCAAACCACUUGUUCACUCAAGUUGCUACUUUGAGACUUACCUGAAUCUAUGAAUGAGGCUUUCAUUGUAGAAACAUUUGGGCUUGUUCAUGAAUGAGCACAAAUUAUCACCUUACAUUCAGCCAUGUUAAUUCUUUCAAUGUGCCAUCUGAACUAGCUAAGGUAGUGAUAGAUUGGUAAACAAAGACAGGCCAUGACUGGCAAUUCAGUUUUUAGUAUGACCCUUCCUAGCUCCUAUGCAGUGCAGUCACCUUUGAAGACACUUUGGCUACAAACUUAUUUUUUUUGCCGAGUGCCCACUUUAGAGGUGAAAGUCUAGUUUGUGUAUAAGGUAUUUGUUGAGGGUAUAGAAGUGGAUGCUGAUGGCAUCAAGGCAUAGAAUUCAACAUCUUUUAGGUAUAUGUAUUAAAACAAAAGUGAAUUGUGAUGUAUUUAAAAGAAAAUUGCAAAAUUAAAACUAGAAUUUUAUCCAGCUUUCGACGGUUUGUAUAUUGCAAUUUUUUUUAAUUUUUCAUAUUUUUAAUAUCCCUUGUUCUAUCGAAGGACGCAAAAAAUGGCAGUGGUUAAAGAAUUCAUGUUGUAGACGUCUAUUCACUAAAUGGUCAUGUCAUAGAGAUUUAUUCACUAAAUGGUGCGUUCUUAUGUUUAGACCACCAACGAGCCAAUACUAAGAAAUUCAACUUAGCAAAAUCAGAUGUUUCCAGUCCAGAUACUUAAGUCUAAAUAAUUUGACUUGGUGGUCCACUCUGUACAAAUCACUAUUUCGAGAUCGAAGGCUUCGUGUUUAUGUAGUAAGAUUGGGUUGGGCGUUCAAUAGAAGAAAGUCGAACCCAGUUUACAAGGAUCCUUCUAUAUACCACAUACUUCCAAUAAGCACCGCAGCUGUUUCACAGUCCUCUGGUGUUAAAAGACACAGUGCAGUGGCGAAGCCCAGAAUGCAUUGCUGGAAGUAGUAGCUGCUGAAACCGUGCCUGUGUGCGUGGCGAGAAUUGAAAAGGGUGACUUUCGCUAACUCUUUACAAAUGAUUCAUACACAUUGAUUCUGCAACAGAGAAAGGGUAGUGUGGGGCCUGUCCACGAAAUACUGAAUUGUAGGGGACUGAAAGCAGAAUUGCAAAAUGGAGGCAAAAAUAACGGAUUUUGAAAAUGUCGACUUGGCUUUAGCAACAGCUUGGACACUUUUGCCUAAAUUUUGCAGUUCGGUUUGCAAUUCAUUCCAGUUUGUUAUUCGUGAAUAAACAGCAAUGUCUUUUUAUGUGUGAAUACACUCUGCGACUGUACAGCUGCAACUCCCAUCAGCCUCAGUUAUAAAAUCUGUAUGGUGCAGAAAACCAUGUCUCAUUAGCAACACAGAAAAAGUUGUGCUUGCCUUGCAGUCGCCACGUAUGAACCCUAUCAGCCACAGCCAACCUAUGCUCUUAGCUGUUUCUUUAUUAUAAGGUAGAAGUGUUUGUGUAUAUAUUUGUAGCAGCGAUCUUUAUGAUAACAUAAGUGGCAAAGCACUGCAGUCAGUAGAACAGUACGUGCGUCUCAAUAAAUGUAUGCCCUGAUCGAAUUUUGCAAUAUGUUACGUACACAGCGUGUGAGUAACAGUACACCUGUUAGUUUUGAAACAUCUAACCAAACAAUAUCAUAGACAAAAGCAGGGAACGAAGCCCCCCCACCCACCCCUCCGCACCACAUCAAACAGCUAAGAGCAUGAAAGAAUACACUCUGCACAGAAAUUUAAGAAAACAAAGCAGUAUAUCUGCAGACUAGUACUUUGGGCAUGCAAAACCAUGCAAAGCAAUAUUCUGCUUUUUUUUCUGACUGGUCUUUUGUAGUUCCCCCAGGUGCAUGUCUUUUCUUUUUUUCCCGCCUUACAUUUAUAUAUCAUUUUUUUUCUGAUCUUCUGAAAGUCCUGUUCUUUUUCUGAAUUCAAAUGACGCACAGAAACAAUGCACUUGAUUUUAAAAACUUGUGCUUUUAAUGUAACUAUGAUAAAUGUCGCUAAACUUUGUGAUUUUAAAGUUCAACAUAUAUCUCAUGUGAUUUACGUAUUUUUAAUUUAUUAGCUUUCCUGCGAGAAAUAGUUUAACUGCUUGUUUUUGUAAAAUCAAAUAUACUUUUUUUUUCUUUUUUUAAAAUUCUUUAUUUUUUCUGUGCAUGAAAAUAACAAGCAUUUGUAAUGUGCCACAACAGCACGCAUAUAUUAUCCAUCAAGGUUCACAAUUUGGCACUAAAGAAGUGCGCAUUUUUCUUUUUGUUAUCGUUUGGUACAAGCUAUAUACAUUUUAUAAACAUAUAUUAAUGGUAUACGUGUAUAUCUUAGAUGCAUUACAUAGAAAGAACACAACAAAUUAAUUAAAUAACUGCAAGCUUGAGCAUGCGGGUGAUUAGCUAGUUUGACAGGGUGAAGCAGUACAUUCACCCAAGGUACUCAGGAUGGUGACUUAAUACGCGAAUAGCCAAACAAGAUAAAGAUCAAUAACAGUGCUCGUGUGUCAUAAAUGUUGCUCUCAUGAAUGGAAAAGGCUGAUGAGCAGUAUAUCAUAUAUGUUAUUGUGCCGGGUACUGUAAGCUACAUCUACGGGAACAUAUUUGGUGCUGAUAGCACCUGCCAGAGGGUAGGGUCAUUUAGGUACAAGCUAACUUAGCAGAGACCUGCAGGCAAAUGGACAAGUAUGAAAAUACUCAAGGUGUUGCAGCUUAAAACGAGAAAGCAUAUGGCUGUAAUUGUAGGGGCUUAGUGUGUUGCAGCUGAUAUCCAGCAUGCCCCCAGGGAAAAUAGUACCGGACAUUAGGCAAGCAAUUAAGGGACCUAGUUGGGCUCAGAGCACAAGGAAGACAGGAAGAGUUAGUGUGACAGUCUUUCCACAUCUAGCAGAGUAAGACUGAUGGGACCCCCUGUGGCACCCAUAUCACAGUCCACAGUCACCCUAUACCUUGUAACGGUAAAGCAUAGUCCCUGCCCGCACUGGGGCAUGCCAAGUUUUGAAAGUCUAAUGAUCAGGGUUUGAUCUCUCCGUUGCUUGUCGGUCUUGGGCUUGCUCCAUGUCGGUUCCCGCCUCUGUGCCGCUGCUGGUGGGUCUUUGCCUGGUCGGCUUGUAGUAGAGCCUCGCUGAGGUGGGUAGGCGGGUCUGCGUUGGCGCUGGACUAUAGAUUGGGUAUGCGCUCGGUCCAGUCGAGUUCCCUGUCCAGAGGGAGGUCUGCUGCUCCGGUCGGUUGCACGAGCCCGCAGUUUAACAUGUGGGGUUGGGCGGUGUCGUGGGCGCUGAGGUCUUCUCGUAGCGGCCAUUUUAUGUGCUCCAUGUAAGUGUGUUAAUGAGCGGGUGUCAUGUUUAAGUGUGGCGUGCUGCUGCAUGCGCCGCUCGAGUUUGUUCCAAAACGCCUUGAAAAUCGCGUCCAAACCUGCGGCGUAAUCAGUGUGUUCUGAGGGGUAGUCGUUUGAAUUCCCUGUGCUCACCCUGAGUUGCGUGAGUGCUACUGCGGCGGCAGUUUCACAGGCAUCUCGGGUCCGUUGGCCUACAGGCUGAGUUGUGGGGGUAAUCGUCCCCAGCGAGGACCGGGAUAACCCCCACCGGUCCGGGGGGAGGGGGCAGCAGGGCUAUAGUGGGCUCUCGUAUGUGAGCGUGUCCCUUGCCGGGGGAUCUGCCGCCUCCCCCAGGCUCCAGGCCCCGCUCCAGAGUAGGCCGCAUGGCCGGUUGCUGUGGUCGCUUGGUGUACCGGGUCAAUCCCCGCCCCCUCAAAUAUACAUUUUGUCUUAAAACCCCACGAUGAACUACCUCACUUAUAAAGUCUAGUGACACCCAGCAGUCCUUGUUUCUGUGGCUGGUUGGUUACAUUUAACCCUCUUAUUUCUAGACCUUCUCAGUAACCUGCUGAUUACCUACUCAGUUCUUCAUUACUAAAAUCAAACUAUUUAACCAGGAAAGGAAUGGUUUAAUCUAGUCACUAAUGUCCAAGUACAUCUCGGGGGGGUCUGACUGUUUAUAUUAUUACUUAACUAAAUGGUAAUAAUUUUAAUGACCUUGGAGGCAUGGGAGGCUAAGACUUUGUGGACCUUGUCAGGAAUCAAACCUGUGACUCCGAUACUGCAUCUGGAGCCCUGUCAACUGAGCUAUCUCAUCAGUAUUGUGUGGGUGGUUUAGUAAAUUAGGAACAUUGGAGAAUUGUCAAGGUGAUUUAAAAUUGUCUAGACAGAAUAGGACAAUUCAAUUAAUUCUUCUAUUUUUAUUUAUUUUUUCCAUAUAAGCUAUGCCGGCUUAAAAUAUACAACUCUUUAACCACGACACUCAGUUUAGUGAAUAUAAUAGAAUAAAUCUGUUAUUUUCAGCAUAUCUUGAGUUACUUGCCGAUAUGAAAAAUCAUGGCGCUUGGAAGGUUCAAAGGUUGUCAGUAAUGGGUUCAAUUUUAACGGAAUAUUCAUGUUCUAUAACUAUUAGUAAUAAAAUAAGUUAUUCUUUGUAUAUGAUCUAAACCGGUAGAUCGCAAUAUUGAAGACCUAACAUGUAGCAAACCACUCUUUAGCCGUUCGCGUUAAUAAACAGUAAUAUCACACAAUCUCUAUUUGCCAAAUUGUUUACUCUGAUUACCCUGGGCACAGCUCUAAAUAUUAAACCUCUACAUGCCCACUUUAUGCUCAGAAACAAAAACAUAUUCACCUAACUAUGUAUGGACUCUCUCAUGCAAAACAUGGAUGCCUGUUGGUAGCUAUUGUCACUGUGUUUCAUUUCAUAGAAUAUUAAGUGGUGUAGAUUGCUUUCUCUUUAAUUAAAUAUAUUGGCAUUUAAAAUAUUGUUUAACUUGGCAGCCAGAUGUCUGGAGGAUAAACAUAUGAGUACAUUGUGUUCCCCUUCAAAUUCUCGUCUAGCCUUUUAACUCCCCUUACAAGAACUCGUUGGUACAAACUAUGUACUGAUCACUAGUGCCAACUGUCCACAUUUUCUAUGGACAGUCCCUAUAAUCAAUGUUCAAGGGUCAAUUCAACCAAAACAAAUGCUAAGAAAACACAGUUUUUGGCACAAGUAACCCUUCCUAUCUUGGUCACCUCCCCCAAUCAAUCCCAAAAUAAGUCAAUAAAAUAAAGGAAAUAGCUCAAAUGUAUCUCCAUUCUGGUCAUUGAAUGAAGUUACUCAACCGACAGUAGAGGGGCUAAAUGUCUGUAUGUAUGAAACGCUGCACAAAACAGUGAAGUAGUUAUGGUUCUUGGCGUAGUCCUUUUAAAGAAUAACAAAACAAACUGUUCUGUGUUUUCUCUGCACCAAUAUAAGUAUAUGCUCUAUAUUUUUUAGGAUAAUAUUUUAGUUUUAUUGGAAAAGAGACGUAAAGACUUCCCAGUGGAGUCAGCGCACAGGAAGAGACUUUAUGUGUUUUUGUUUCGCCAAGACUAGUUAUAGAUCCCCAGAGAUUUAUUCACUAAAUAGUGCAUUGUUGUAGUAACUUGGAAAUCCAGGGAUGUAUUCAUUAAGCUAACUCAGCUGAGGUGAAGAUAUUUUUCAAGUUUACUAUUUUGUCCUAAAUUUUGCAAGUCAGUUGUCAGCACACAUCAACCAACCAUUUGAUAAAUAAUCUGCCUAGUAUUAGUGGACGUUACCACUAUCAUCCGGCCUGAGCAUUUAGUACACGUAUUGGCUUUGAUAUGCUAUGAUAUUUGUAUUACGUGAUUGCUUGUUUUUAUAUGAGAGAAAGUAGAUUCUGAGGUUUUCAGUUCGAACAAGUUAGUUAUACAGGGAUUAAAAAUAGCUCAUCUAGAAAAAUUCCUUAAGUCGGCUAGAAUCACAACUUAAUUAUUUUAGAUUCAAUUUUGCCAAUUUUUUAUUUUGAUUGAUAAAAAUCUGAAGCUUGAUAAAUAAUACUGAGGCCUAAGCAUACGGCAUCACAAAAUACACAUAGGUAGGAGUGCCUAACUAACUAUAUAUUUUUUUUUAUUUCAUGAAUUUAUGCAAGUAGAUAAACUGAAUCACACCCAUUUGUAUACAAAGAGGUGGGGACAAAUUUGUUUAAACUUAUAGUUAUUUCACUUUAACCCCUUAAGGACCAAACUUCUGGAAUAAAAGGGAAUCAUGACAUGUCACACAUGUCAUGUGUCCUUAAGAGGUUAAAUAAAAUAAAGUAGUACCAUGCAAGCUAUGUGAGCAUAUAUUUAAUUUAUAGUGCCAAAGAUCUUUUUGAAUAUUAAAAAAAUAAAUAAAAACCUCUGUGCGCGAGGUAUCGAGACAGAACAACAUCAGUUUCUCACACAAAAGUGCAUUCAUGAAUGAACCGCUUUAGGCUCAAAUGAGAAGCAAUAUCUCAAUGCAGUGUUUAUCGGGCUGAUGCCAAACGAGCCUGCAGGUAACAUGUCUGUACAGCAAAGCAAAUUCUUUGAAGACAAUAGCAAGUGACUCAGUACCAAACUUUCUGAACAACAUUAAGGACUGUGGCAAUGCUGCCGCCAUCUUGUUUUAUGCCCUUCCUACUGCAGGUAUGCGUACAACAACAAAGAAAGCGGAAUGUGUUAUGUGCCAUCUCCUGGACUUUUAAUAGGCUUUAUUAACGCACAAUUCCUGUUGAAUGAAUGUUUAGCCCUGAUGGCUCCCCAAAAGGUAGAAUUUUGUAUACUUUGAAUGUAUUGAAUAUAUGUUGUUCUCUGGCUUGCUGUGAUCAUUGUUGACUGUCAGGGCAGUAAAUAUUGUUGCACUGCUUUUAAUGUGUCUCGUCUGUGUUUCCUGACCAGGCUUGUUUUGUAGUGUAUAGUGUUUCACCCUGUAUGAUAUUUCAUCACAGAAGCAGAGCUAAUGAAAACUAUGCUCCAAUAAGCAGAUUUGCACAUCCACAGUGAAUUAAAAAAAAAGCAAGCAAGGUGAAUUGUUAGAGUAGGACCCACCUAAGAGGUUUGGCUUGACGUGGCAGGUGGGCUUACAUCUAAUGGCCAUUGGUGUGGAACUAAGAACCUCAAUUUAUAUAAAUAGGCGCAGGGAUUUGGAAAAGUGCGCAAGUAACUUUAUUCUUUUUGAUUUUAUUGUAUGCAUUGGGGCAGAUAUGUACCAUGGUCAUUGCUGCCGCCCAGGAGUAGAGGGAGUUUGAGCGCAGAACUUAUUUUUGUGUAUUUAGAUUCGCACAUCCAGUGAAUCAAAAAAAGAUUUCUUCCGUAGAGUGGGAAGCUCUUUGUAUGACAUGAAUCAGGAGGCAUUGCUUCAGAGGAAGCACGUGGCGGGUUGGCGGGAAACCAGUCAUUUAAAGGGGAACUAACACUUCCCAGUAUUUAUAUUAUUAUAUUUACUCAUCCCCCUAUAUUAAACAAUGAUGUGCUUUUGCGAGAUAUGAAAAAUGUGAUUUAAAUGUAGAAUUCCUCUUUAUCCACCAAGGCACCUCCAUUACAAUUCCUUGCCAAUCACUAGUGUAAGAGAAAGGAAACAUUGUGUCCGUUUUGUCUACUCAUUUAGAAUGUGCUCUGUCCUUGCCGGGACAGAAUUAGAAUAUGUCAUUUACUAAAUCUUUAAUAAAACUUUAAAAUGAAAUGACGCAUCACAUGAAGACAAGUUUAACAUAGAAGUUACAGUUUCCCUUUCAAUACCAUAUUGUAGAACAUAAUAGCACUUGGCAAACCAUUUUGUAUGACUGUUUUAGUGAACGUCAUCUAAUAGGUUUGUAGAACCAUUGAGAACAAUGUCCGAUCUGACUUAGAGUAAUAGGGUUUGUAGUUCAACAACAAAUGGAAGUCUGCACUCGACCCCAUAUUUGUGUUACAUUUUAGUGUUAUGUCAUAGGCUGGCUAAGGGUUAUAAGAGUUGCAUAUCAUCAACAAACUGGGAGAUCCCAAUGGCCCAGAUAUAUUUUUAUUUUCUAACAGUUUAAAAAGUUUUAUUUGAUUCGGCAAAACAAAAUCCCCAUGAAAGGGCAGUUAUGACUAAUGAUGAGCAGUGAUUCAAAGUGAACAGGAUUCUUAAACCUACAGAAAUUAUUUUUCAUCACUAAACUGGUGGUCAGAGGGUUCGGUGGGCUACCGAAGUUCCUUUCCACUAAGCAACUAUUUAAUUCUUCUCAUGAUAUAACAUUACCCUCAUUCGCCUCGACAGGGUGCCUCAAAGAAACACUAUUCUCCCUUGUGGAAGUGAUGGCCUGAACAUUGUGGGCAAUGGCUUAGAGCCUCCGGCACUGAGUGAGUUAAGAAGGGAGAUUGUGCAAUCUUCGCAGACCUUAAUCUCUGGCUGGUGUGCUCCCAUGCUCAGUAUAUCUUUACAUUGGGUAUUCUUGUAAUCCCUUCCUGGCAGUACUCUCCAUGUGUUAAUGCGGGUUCAUGUUACACAGCAAAGUAAAUAAAUACCAGGCUUCUCUCAUCCUCAAAGGCAAACAUAUAAUGAAGCAAAAAUAUACUUUUUGAUUUUGUAAAGCGAAAUGCCAAAAAACACAAUCGACCCACCCUUUUCUUUUUUUUAUUAGGCUGAACAUUAUGUGUUAAUGUUAUUAUUUCAACACAGGAGCGUUGUAUAAAUUAUACAAUGGGGGGUUGUUUUUUGUGUAUUUUUUUUUCUCCAGAUAACACAAUAUGAGACUUUAUAAAGUUUAUUUACUAACCUUUAAUUUGUUUAACGUCAGCAGUGGAAUUUGAAAUUCUAGGCCACAAAAGCCAAAUUUGUACUAUAUAUAAUGUGUGUGUGUGUGUGUGUGUGUGUGUAUGCAUAUAUACAGAUAUUAUAUUGUUUUGUUGUUUUACUGUAUGAAGUUAGUUCUUCCAGUAAGUGAGAAGAUACUAUCACACAAUACGAUUUUAUUUAUCGAUCAAGCUUAUUUUUGGCAUAUUAUCGGGAAAAUAACUGUGGAAACAUUAUACUCUGGGUAGCGCUGCACAGUAUUCAGAUAAUGAAUUCAAAUAAACUCACACGUUUGAGCUAUUGACAUUAGUGAAAUAUUUAUGUUAUUUUUUUCCCAGCCAAACCUGCUUUUAUAUUGAUAGAAUAUAUAGAAUGUUAUAUAUAGAACGAAGCUCCCUCCUUAACUAAAUGUUUUCUGCUCAGAUUGACAAGCUAACAUAUUCAAAGUACGGCUUGCCAACCAGGCCAAACUAGUUCUGUUGCAUAAUAUAGAAUUUUGUGACAUUAAAAAAUGCAUGUUAGGAUCUUUCAUUCCAUGUAUUGACAAUACUUGAAAUAUUUGAAAUCAUUUUGCUUUAUCUCAUCAGACUUCAGGAAAACACUUGGCCUUUUUUUGGUAGCCUUAUCCCUAGGAAGUUCUUCUCAGAGCAUCUUGCAAUGGCUUACUUUUUUUGGGCAUGGGCAAUCGUCAAUUUGGUUGAUUAGAAAUUGACCUGUCCAGCACAGAAUCACUUUGGAUUCGUUUAUAAACAAAUCAAAAGGGGUUCCAUGCUGGACACAUCGAUUCUUUGUCAAACUUAUCGACAAACACACAUGCCUACUACUAUUUUUUUUUAAUUUAUUUUUUUAAAUGCAUGCUUCAGAGCUUCAUAAUGUCUCCUUUUCAUUAGUGGUGCCAUAAACAACUCUACGUCAGGCCUGUCACAGCUCUGGUUGAUACAAUUUUUAUUUCACAUUCUUGAUCCUGAUUAAACUAGUAAUGUGACCACUUUAGCAGCCAUCUAAGGCGAUCUGUAGUAAGACACGUGCUAGCCACAUACACACAAGCAUCACAUUUUCUGAAACAACCAUCAACUUGCUUUAAAAAAAUAAAUAAAUGUUAUCCAUGAUAUAGGUGAAGUAAAGCCACAAUUGUUUUUAUUUUUAUUAUUAUAUACGGGGUAUUUCAUCUACAUCCAUAAACAACAUUCAUAAGCUUUUCAAAUGAUCACAAUCUGUUAGACUAGCUUUCCAGCUGAUUUAUCUACAAAAGUUAUCAUAUCCCCCAACAUUGGCUCUCCAUUAAGCGGGAAGCUGGUGCGCAUGGAGUUAAAAGGGCCAUGUCAGUGUGUCAUUGGUGCCACCCAAAGGGGCUGUCAUGGCCUGAAAGAGGUAGGAUCCACCUGAAAUAGUGGCAGGUUAGACUGCCGUGACUGGCAGGCUUCCUGCCAAUCAAGCAGACCGGACCACUGCGGACAGACCGUGCAGGGAGCUCUGUUUGAGCGCACAUUGCAUGGUCCUAGUGCCCUGAGUGUGUCUAAUGAUGCACUUCUGUGAUGCACUUUUUGUGGACAGUUCCAAAAAUGUGGAUUAGCCAACCAAUAUUGGGAUAGUUAAAAAGCUAUUUUGAAUCUGUCAUUUGAAAAGUUUUUCUAACUGUAUUGAAUCAUUUGAAAAAUGUAUCAAAAAAUAUUAAAUCAAUGCCAUUCGAUAAGAAAUACAUUUCAUUUUUCGGGUUGUAAAAGGGAUCAAUUAAUGGAAGGCACACCGUGGUUUGUAUAUCUUAUAAAUCGAUGACUUUUCUAUACUUCCCCAGUAAAAAAUCCCAGGGAGGUUUAAUGUUAUAAUUUUAUAUCAACAAAAUCUUGAUUUCUGUGUAAAUAGGUCGAGGGUUUACCGGAGUCUGUGAAGUUAUUAUAUUUAAACACAUGCAGUGUGAGUGCCAGUAAGGAUGGCUGGGACAGAAUUGUCCAGUUGAGAUGACUAACAUUCUGUUAAUCUCUGGCCGUGUUCCGUUGUCUGUUAAGAAAUCAUAUGUCACCAUAUCUCGAAUACCAUAUGGGUUUUCAUAAGCACUACAUCAGCUGCUGAAGAGAGAUUUGCUGUUUGUCAUCAAAUUAACUAUAGAAUCUGUGAAAUACUUUCAUCCAUGAGUAACGGGGACAACUUGGAGCCAUUUUUUCUUUCUUUUUAUUUUUUUAAUUUUUCUGUACUACCUAUUUUGGUAUCACUGACUUUCAGCAUGUUAUAAUAGUCACAAUUUCGUAAGACAGGUUCUGGAAAUUGAGUUUUAAUUUGAAUACCCUUAUUCUAUUUAUUAUCGUUCUUAUUAUUAUUUAUAAAGCUCUUACAUAUUAUGUAGCACUGUACAAUAAGAGAAUAAACAAAAAAGUAGUUGCAACAAGACCAUUGGGACAUACUUUGGGUACGACCCUGCUCAAAUGAGCUUCAGUCUAAAGGGUUAAGCCAUGAAUACAUUUAAUGGACAAUGUAUCAAAUACAAAUGGCUCGACUUUUCUAGGCUUUAAAAAUGUUUUAUUUACUUGUUUCCUACAGCAUAUUGUGGGCAACGUAAAAGCCUUAAAUAUCAUACAGCAGACAACUGUGUUUUUUAGUCACAAGCGUGCGGAUGCUCUCUUUCUAAAGGAGAUUUAAACACGCCAUCCGAAGACAAACGCAUCCAGAAAAAUUGCUUUUAGGAUUUCCUUUUAAAAGGUUCUGCUUUAGGACGUUUCAUGUUUAGUGUGAUUUAGAGCAAAUAGUGAAGGAUUCCGCCAGAGUAUCAAGUUGAUCCCACUCAUGAGCUGUACCCUUUUAAAGCCCACUUGCAGCUGUGAUUCAAACUAAGUAUCCAGCCAGAAGCAUAAGGCGAAACAGGUGUGUGCUGCAAAAAUGGCGACAGAGCUACAGCUGUAAGGACCGGCUAUUAUUGGCACAAACAGCUCACAACAGCGAGCCCUGAGCAAGAGGAAACAGGGCAGCCAGAUGAUAUUUCACUGAGCGAAAAAAGGAGGCUUAGUCACUGAGAGAACAGAAACUCAGAUGCAACAGUUACAGCUCACACCGGUUACUGGAAGCAGUUAAUCAGACACGGAAUGAAAAGCAGAUUGUUCUGCACAGCUACUUUGUAAAUAGUCUUGGCCGUCAAUGGGAAUCUCAGGGGUGUGGGAGAUGUACUAAAGCACCUAAAAUGUAUUAUUCAGAUCAGUGUUGUUUGCCAUGACAAUAUUUGUAAAAAAAGUUUUUACUUACCGUUUUCCAGAGCUAAGACUCCCUUAACGCUGCUCACCUCACUUCCUCCGGCCUCAUAGAGGAGCAUUGGGGGCAUUAUGCACAUACACCACUUUAGUCUUCAAUCAUUUAAGAAGGGCCUUAAAACCCAUCUUAAAGCUUAUGGCCUCCCAGAGUUAUCUCUACCUUACAUACCUGUCUCCUGCUCUCUCCUAUGGGACAGUGCUUUGCUCUCUCCUCCAGCUCUGCUUCACUCCUACUUGAUAUUUCCUGUCCUAAUGUUUCUAAUACCCCACCUCCUAUAGUCUGUAAGCUCGUUUGAGCAGGGUCCUCUUCAACCUAUUGUUCCUGUAAGUUUUCUUGUAAUAGUCCUAUUUAUUGUUACAUCCCCGCUCUCAAAAUAUUGUAAAGCGCUACGGAAUCUGUUGGCGCUAUAUAAUAUGGCAAUAAUAAUAAUAAGAAGAAGAAAGCAUUAAAUUCAGGGCUUUCCUGUGAGCUAUAAUGUUAAGUGACCAAGUUCCAUUCUGUCAGUGCAGCGGAAGUCUCUCUAGUGGCUGCUAGGAAGACGGUCACUACAGGUGUGUUUUACAUUACUGGUUAAAAUGACAGGACCACUGCGUCCAGACCAAUUCAUUGAGAUGCAUUGAGUGACUUUAGUUAUCCCUUAGCUAUUUUCCACCUUUGAUCUUUACAGACAAAAACCCUGAGUAAUUUUGGACUCCAUAUCCUUGAACUUUAUUUAAAGCAGUUGAAUUUUCACCAAGUACUAUUUUAACCCAUGGUUUUUUGAAUGAGGACCUAGAGGACAGCAGUAGAGAGUACAUCCUUCAGAUGUUCAUGGAUCACAUCUUGCCUGUGACCUUUUUUUUUGUUUGUUUGUUUUUUUUUUUACCCCUCUCCCUCUAAAUAAACCUUUUUAUAGACUGGAUAUUUCCCAUUGACAGGAAAUGCAGAGCAAAGAAACCAAUUAAUUAGUUUUUACUUUUUCUUUCUUUUUGUCAAUGAGCUACAGUGUAUAAAAUAAGAGCCACAUUUUAGAAUUUUGGUAUUGGCUUGGCUUUUUCUUUUUUUUUUUUUUUGAUGAUGAUUCUAGACUUGAAUAAAUAGGAUACAAAGAAAAUAAAAUAAGAAAGUGAUGGAUUGUCUGGACAAGAUAAGGCAAACAUAGCUGUGCCUGCUCCACCCAGCACGAGGGUUUCCACUCCAAUAACCCAAACAGGCAAGGUCUGAUGUGCCCAGACUGUCUGCAGGCUUCUUCCCAAGAAGCUGAUGUUUGGCGAGGACAUCCUUGCUUGAUUUAUGUUAUGUGUGUGUGCUAAGCCUUAAAUUGUUGAGUCUCUGGCUGGCUGCAGUGGUAUUACUGAAUGCUUAUUGCACUGUGUUUGCAUCUCUGAGAGCUGGCUCCGAAACCUGGGUCUCUUGGCUUGGAACUGGGUUUAAUCUCACACCUGUUUUAAGACAAUGAAGGUCUUGUUAGGAACGUCUCAGGCUAAAUCUGCUACUGCUGGAGGGGUGGGGGGAAAUUCACAUGAGUAAAAGGAUGAGGAAAGGUGUAUGUAUAAACCGAAUUCACAAGCUAUUCUAAUCUGCCCUGCAGUACAACAGGCACAAUAAAUCCUGUAUUUUCUCAUUGUAGAAAAUAGGCACUAACACUACUUAGCCAAUCAUAGCUACAACAGGGCUUUGAUGAAAUGAUAUAUAUAAUAAAUAAAAUGAGAAAGUAUUUAUUCCAAUGGUGAAUAAUAAUCCAAAGGUCCAUAUGUUAUUAAAAUGAUUUAAUUUCCCUUUAUCAGUUUUUGUUUUACAUUAUGUAUUUUUACCAUCAUAUUUUUUUCAUAUAUAUAUAUGUGUGUGUGUGUAUAUAUAUAUAUAUAUGUGUAUAUAUAUAGAUAUAUAUAUUUAUGUUGAUUGAUAUUAUUAGGUUUUAAAUUACUGCAAGCUACAUGUAAUUUAUUUUCAUAUAAUUUUUGUUUUAUGACAUUAUUAUGACCGUCUGAUACAAAUUUAAUGAGUUUAAUUUUAUCUUUACCAUUAAUACUAGUAUUUAUCAAAAUAUUAUUUGUAUUUAGUGUACUUUAAUAUUUAAUGAUAAGUAGAGAAUAUAUCUAAACAGACAUUCACUCCAUUCCCCAAAACUCCUUUUUACAUAGGUUAUGGUGCAAGAAGGGCCCCUGUCCCUGUUUUACUUAAUUUACUACAGUCAUAAGAACCCUCUAUAUUCAUCCUACCUGUGUAAUGUUGCAGUUCUUGUAUGAUUUGUGUAUCUAUGUCUGCAGCUUCUAUCAGUUAUUCGUUCUUUUAUAAAUACUGUACAUAUUGUAGAUGUUAUAUAAUAAUACUGGGUUUGUUUAGAUUGUGUGCGUGUAUGUACGUGUGUUUGUGUGUGUGUGUGUGUGUGUGUGUGUGUGUGUAUUUAUUAUUAUUUUAUUUUUAUGGAAAUUAAAUUUGUGCGUUAUAUACCCCUUGGGCACAGUAAAAUAGAGAAUUCAUGUUUUCACAAUUCUCCCAUAAUUCCCAGCUCUCCAUGCAAAUGAGCAUCAUGCUUCAGAUUUCCUUUUUUCCAGGAUAUGUAGAUAUGCACAACCGUCAUUUUUGCAUUUGCAUGAAUGCGUGGGUAGUUUUAUCGUGUUUGGUCUCACCACAGCUUGUAUAAGACUUUACCACCUUGUUCCCUGCUACAACCUGUACUAAUUAAAGAAGAUCUGUUACUUUUGGGAUGGAUUUGCAUAUUUUUGAAAGACCCCCCCCAAAGGUGAUAGCUCCAGUUAGGGGCUGGUGGCCAUGGGAUGCAGUGACAGGGAGGUUUACUUACCUGAACCUGUCCUUGUGCUGUACUCUCGUGCAUGCACGGAACACUGAGGUUUAUAGAGGGUCUCAGGAGAACCUCCCGGAGCCUCCAUAAAUAAUACUGAAUGUAGGGAAAACACAAAUUACAGAGUAAGAGAAAUAAGGGGGGAAAAGUUAGGGAAAUAAAUAAACUACUACAUUUUUGUUCCAAUGAGCAUCACUGAGGCUUGGGUCUAUUGAAAAUCACAUUUAUAUUAUACGUUCAUUUUGCUUGAUGUCACUAUUCUGCAAUGCAAAAGCUUCCCCCUUUUCCCAUACUAAAGAAUCCUGCAAUGUGACUGUCCAGAGAUCUUAAAGAAACACGCCUUACCUGCAAGUCAGUGUGCAGUUAUAUUUCAGGAUACACUUGUUAAUCUUUCUCUUGCUGUAAUGACUUAAAGAUUGUUUUCCUGUUCAUUUAUUAUCAACCUUUGUGAAUAUUCUAAACAAAAUUUUAUAAGAAUUAGAGUGUAACCCAAAUCAUACUCAGCUCGCUUGACUGGCUGAGUGUAUUGAGAGUCAUUAUGUAAAUAGCUGGAUCUCUCUUGCUGAUCAUUACAUUAUCAGAUGAGAUAAUGUGCUUCAAACAGAGACUCUAUCAGUAAUAUUGAUCUGACAUUUGGUUUCAGCUUGACUUGUUUGGUCUAAAAUGUACAAUUCUUUUCUCAUUUUACCCCGUGUGGUUUUCCUAAUUCUGGCUAGCGGAGUCUUGGCUCAAAGAGACAUUUGCACGGUUUUCCCACAGAUCUUGUACAGGAGAUGCAAUCAGUCCUAUGAUUGCACAAAACAAGAGCAUGCAAUGCCUGUCGCACGAAAUCCGGAAAUCGAAGCAAGAACAGAGAACUUAACAGAACAUCUUUUGUAACAGAAAAAAGGAACUAGAUGUAUUUAUGGCAACGAAUUCCUAACAACAAAAAAACACAGCAACUGAACAUGUUAUACAUCAACAUUCUCAACACUUGUAUUUGCAAUUUGUUCGUUAUUAAAUAACGUUAGCUACACUAGUCUCUCCGAGUGCAGCUGCAUUUUUCCAAGUCAUUUAAUUUAUUCACACUAAAUUACAUUUCGGUUAAUAUCAUAUCACAAAUUAAAAAUGUGAAUAGAAUGUUGUUCUGUUUUGUUUUAUUUUGUUUUUGCUAGGAGUUUGAUUGACAUGGACUUCCCCUUAUUUCUUAGGACCAGGCUUUCAGCCAAUCCCUAGUCUCUAACGUAACUAAGUAAAUAUAUUAUAAGCAUGCGCAGACAUGACUCGCAAAUUUCCAAUAUAUUAAAAUAACACUGCCAGUUAUUAUAAUGAAUGAAAUCUCAUCGUAAAGUCCAAUCUUCUCUCAUCAUUUAUCAGUAUGUCUAAUUAUAUAUCCAUCUGUCUGGAACAAAACCUAUGACUAACUGCUAACUUUAUAAUGUGCUCAGUAUGCAAGUGUUACACAAGUUUCAUUGUUUAAUAACUAUGCAACCAGUGCAUUGGUCGCAAAUUGCAAAAGACUUGAUAAUGACACAACUCUAAUUGGUAUAAUUUUCUCAAAACAACAUUAAUAUCCUAUGCCACAGGCCUGACGUCUGGUUUUUUUUGUGUGCCCAUGCCAACGUAGUGUGUAUCGUGGCAUGCCCCAAAAUAUUUAACUUGUCUGUUUAGUUUCACGCUGUGCGUCUCGGAGCUCCUUCGUGGACGUUGUAAAACGAUAGAUAUUCAAAGCCGGUUUAGAGAAUGCACAUUCUUUAUUUUUUUUUAUAUUCUCUCACAUGAAGCAGACCUUACUUCACCUUGCAAAUCAAAGUGUACCCUGGAGGGAGCUUUUCUCACUGCCUGGUUUGGUAUCAUUUUCUACCAAGGUGACUUCAUCUGAUGAAAUCUGAAGGUUGCAUUUGAUAUAGCGCAUUCUUUUUCUAAGUCCGUAAAACGAAGCUACAGAUCCUUAGAUCAUCACAAGUCCUCCUGCUCAACAGAAACAGGUGUUUUGUGUUUUUCAGUCCACGUUAAAUUCUAAAACAUACCCGUGUUCUCCUUUGCUAUCUCCCAGUAAGGUUGUGCAGUAUUUUCAAUGCUGCUCCUGCUUGGUCACAUCCUUUAUUAGUUUACAUAUCUUUUCUUCUCCGUAGUGAGGGAUGAGAUCACCAUGAAUAGGAAUAGGAGUUAUCUUCAAAGGCCGUGCUCACAGUGGCGAAGACCUGUCUGAUUAAUCUGUUCCAAUUCUAAUUAGUGUCCGUGGGUUUCCAGGAGAGGGGAGAAGAAUGACCACUGACGUCCGUGCAGCUGCAACCUUUUCCAAAAGCCUUUUGGAUCCAAUAUGGAUUACUUAAAUAAAUGUAAAAAAAUAAAAUAAAAUGUUUACAGAAAAAAAAUUACUCACUGAACGACUGACUUUAUAAAUCAGGAAAACAAAGCAAAACAACCAAACGGUGAUGUCUGAAGUGUUGCAGAGGGCAACCGUGUUCUGUAUUCACGUUUUAUUUAUUUAAAUUAUUUCUCAUCACCACGUGCAAGAAACCUAUCUGCAUGACCCAAUGAAAUGCAUUCCUUGUUGUACUGCACUUCUGCAAUGUUACUGCUGCUAUGUCCUACCACUCUUUUGGGACUUAUGUCCGUAAAUCAAACUUUUCGUAACACAAGGCUUGCCUUGGUUUUCAUACUGCCAUGAGAUUUACAUAACCCCCUAAUUAGAGAUCGACCGAUUAUCGGUUUUACCGAUAUUAUUGGCCUAUAUUCGGUAUUUUCAGCAAUAUCGGUAUCGGCCAAUAUAGAUACCGAUAUUGCCGAUAAUACCUCCUAGGGCCGCCAGGCUCAUUACAAGCCCGGUGGUCCUGUGGGGGCCGCAGGAAGCUGUUUCUUACCUUUCCAGCAGCUCCUCCAGCUCCCGAGUGCAAAUCUCGUGAGUCCCGCGGCCGCAGAGCGUUGCUACGGGUUACCAUGGCAACGCUCAGCGCAGCACUAAGGGCAGCGAGAUUUACACUGGGGAGCUGGAGGAGCUUCUGGAAAGGUAAAAAACAGCUUCCUGCGGGCCCCCCAGUACUUAACAAGCCACCGGACCACAAGGGAAUACCAUCCCCCCCCUCCCUGGUAAGAAGCAGGGAGGGGGAACUAAACAAACAAAGAAACAAAAAACAUUUAAAUAUUUAAAAAAGAAAAGAAAAAAAUUAAACACACUACACAAACACACACACACUGCAUUACACACACACACACUGCAUUAGAUACACACACUACACAAACACACACACUGCAUUACAUACACACACUACACAAAAACACACACACUGCAUUACAUACACACACUACACAAAACACACACACUGCAUUACAUACACACACUACACAAACACACACACACUGCAUUACACACACUACACAAACACACACACUGCAUUACAUACACACACACACACUACACAAACACACACACUGCAUUACAUACACACACUACACAAACACACACACACACACUGCAUUACAUACACACACAUAAACACUGCCUUACAUACACACACACUACACACACACACUACACAAACACACACACUGCACAAACACACACAGCUCCCCUGUCUAAACACACUUCAUCCACUACAUGUGGCAUGUAUAUUUUGUACAUUUACCUUUAGAAUUAGUUUAUUUUUUUCAAAAUGGUAAAUGUACAGAAUAUCGGCAAGUUAUCGGCUAUCGGCCUGAAAGUUCACAGAUUAUCGGUAUCGGCUCUAAAAAAUCAAUAUCGGUCGUUCCCUACCCCUAAUCAUAAAGGUCUUAAUUCAUGGUUUAACGUUAUCUGGUAUGUGUGCACCGUUGGUUAAUUAAUUACCCCUGGCACAUUCCCCAUUUUCUUACGAUGGCUGUCCUAAAUGGUUAUCCCCUUGUCAUGAAAAGGGUAAAGGGAUACGCCUGCUGUAGUUGUCCUUUUUUAGUGAAUUAUCAAAAACAGAAAAUGAAAAAUAAUCAUAAAACUGCUAUUUAUUUAUAAUUCCAGCAUUUGAUGCAAAAAUCAGGAAUUGACGUGACUCUUCAUGUAAUUUGUUUGUAUUUGUGUAGCAGUGAUGUGCUUAUUCAGUAGCAGUGCUUAAUUGGCUUAGAAAGCAAACAUGUUGUUUUUUGUUUUUUGUAAACACUUAAUACCUUUUCUGUAACUUAACCUGCACAUUGUAACUACCAAGAAAUACAUUGAACGUGUCUCUGGGGGUUAAAUGCUAGCUGAUACAACGUUAAUAAGUAGUUUAAUCCAAUCGGAUGACAGCGUAUAUGGGGAGAUUUAUAAAGGCGUCACAACCAAAAAGUAGGGAAAUGUUCUAAAAGUGAUAAAUGGGGGAAUGUUUCUGUCAAUUCCGUUGGUUUCCGUGGUGAUCGGUCUUUUUUUAAUUAAUUUUUUUAUUUAUGAAUCCUACUCUAGAUUCCAAGACUACCCCAGCUUUCAGUCAGAUUCUGAUGUAUUUAUUACUGUCCAGAAUGAUGUGCCAACCCAUCUUUAGUGAAACAUUUCUUGUGCAUUGCACUCACAGGGUUAAUUAACGAAAGUCAAAUUUUUUGGAAUUUUAGGAGAUUUUAAGCCCAAACUGAAAACCUAACAUGUUUUGUUUGCUUUAAAUUUGUCUGUUUUGAUCUAAAAUUUGAAAUUCACUUUGAAUUCACUCCUGAUUCACUUUAGUGACUAUCCCACCUUUCAUUUACCAGAAUAAGCUGGGCUCUGCCAGAAAGGGCUGUUUAGUGCCAACUUGCUGUACGAGAAUGUACUUCACAUCUUGAUGACUAAUCGCUCAGUUCCCUUAGUCAGCUCUGUGUCACUGAAUGUCUGGGGAGCGGGUCACCCACCAGACACACUGAUUGCUGUUAUUUGCUUGUAGAAGCUAAAAUCGACUGAAUCACCUAUGUAAAGCUAUGAUUUAUAGUAGUGAAAGGACCCUGAAAUUUGAGAACAAUGAAUAGAGCAAUUUCUGUCUCUUUACUGGGCGCUGCGUUGUAUCAGACUGUAUUUCGAUUCCAUCACCCAUAAGCCAAGUUACCAUAUGUUAGCAGUUGUCUGUUGCUGUCAUGAAACUACAUAUAUCUAACCCUGCUCUUUCUUAAAGGGGAAGUCGCUUGGUUUAGCAGUUGUUCAUUGAUUUCUUUGGCCACUGUAAACGACCAUUAUUCUAUACUAUUUUGUUAUAAAGGAAAAAAAAUAAAUCCCACAUUUCAUGACGUGUGGUGUUUAUCAUGAUUGUUUUGCUUGGUGUAGAUUGUGUGUUAUUAACGUUAAUUCAUAUUGCAUCAACAUGUAUUGCAGCACUCAAUGAAUUAUUUCAGGGUUAAUCAAUAAACUUCACGUUGAAAUCCGAAAGGCAAAAUUUGGGCUUAAAUAGCUGAUAUGGAAAAAAAAAAUCACCAUUUCAGCUAUAGUCAAAGCUUGCACUUUUUGGGGACAAUUCCCUGGUUUCCCCAAAAGCGGGGCGAAGGGUCAGGACCCUAAAAUAGGUACUGUUGGAAGGUCUGGAUUUACCAGAUCUGCCAUGGUUUCCUGGAAACGCGUCAUUCCUGCUGGUUAACGAGCAGCACAUAAAAAGUGCCAUGUUGCAGUAUGUAGCAUUGAUACGCUGCAAGAUUCCCCAUUAAUGAUUAAUUUACUACAGGCAAUAUUUGAAUUUUACAGGGCAGCACUUUUCCUGUGUUACCCACUACUAUGGAGAAGUACUAUGUGUCCAGGUGAUCCGGAAACCCUAACCACAUGCCCACGAACAUGUGUGCAGUUUAUCAUGGGGAGAAUGAUGUCUGGAGAACACGCAGGGCUGAGGGCAUGUCAUGAACGUGUCUAGAAGUGUAGCAGAUGUUAGUUUAUAGAGAAGGGCCUUUAUUAUGAGCUUUUGAUAUGUGAUACAACGCUUCUGUCUAACUCAAGCUGCCAUCAUACAUUAUUAUACAUUGUAUUUUACAGCGGAAGCUUCCCUUAGCCAUUGCAGUGGUAGCUGCACAUUAAAUAUGGACUGCAGGCCUUUUGCCUUACUCUGUUCAGUAAAGUGAGCGAGCACCGAGUGCGUUAGAAAACGGCCAACCAGCUCAGAAUAAAAUAUUAUCCUCUAGAAUGUAAGUUCUUUGAGCAAGGCCCUCAACACCUGCUGUUCCUGUGCGUCUAACUUGUCUGCUUGCAAAUUAUGUCUGUUAGUCCAGCUAUUGUACAGCGCUAUUGUCUUUGUUGGAACUUUAUGUAUAAUAAUCUGCAAAUUAUAAACUAUAUUCUCACAGUACCAAUAAUAAUUUAAAUGUGGGGCAGGCAGUGUAUUUUAUUGUCGCAUUAGUGUGUGCUGGGGGGUCUGUGUUCACCCUGCAGCACAGCGAGUCUGCGAUUUUGUUGUGUUUAGAGUUUGCUUACUCAGUAGAAAGGCCGGAUUGGGUUUCCUUGCAGCAUAUUAUAAGCAGUCCUGCUGGGACCGUACACACAUUCUGAUACCUCGGGUAAAGUCUACUGGGAGACAGGCAGAGUGCUUACCACUUAUACUGCAACUACUGCAGGAAAGUGGAAUACCCCAAUGAUUGAAAAUGUCACUUUAUAUGGGGAUGGGGGCCUGGAAACUGCACCAAUGUCAAAUAAUUAAAAUUGAGAGUUUCUCAAGGUGGCUUUUCCAAGUUUGAACAUUUACGUAGACUGAGGAUUAAUUCAGCCCCCACAAUGUGAUGGGAGUUUCAAUCUAAUGAGACUAAUCAGCUCGUUGCUGCAUUGUGAGAGGGGUACAUACUUCCUCUCAUAACAUAUAUAUACAGAUAAUGUAUAACGCAGGGCUACACUAAGUGUUUGUAACGCAGAAGAUUCCUUUUUUAAAAAUGUAUUAGCCAAAAAGGUCAAAUACAGUGACCGUGUCUAGUUCAUACUACCCAACUGUCAUAGAUAUGGCAGUGCAGUCCUGAUUUGAAAUCAUUGUCCCGGUUUUCUGUGAAAUCUCUUUACUAUUCCAUCACUUCGGAACCACCAGCAGAAUCAAAAGAAAUCUCACUACAGAAUGCAAACGCUUGUAAUUAUUUGAGGCACUCCUGUUACAGCGAUAGCAGGGGGAUUUUGUUUUAAAUAUACGCUUUAUGGGCCAGCAUUAGAACACCGUUGACGAAAUAACAAAUAAUGUAAAAAAAAUUAUAUUAAAAAAACAAAAACAUCUUAGCUAUAUGAGGCACUCACAAAUUCUAGACACAAGAAGGAGUUUAUUUUUGUUUGUUUUUUGUACUUUUCUCAAACUGCGCUAAUUAUAAAUUAUUCUAAAUGAUCAUCAAACCUUUCUCGUUCAUGACAUGUUGCAGAAAAAGUUAAACAAACUAACAAACAAGUUCUGGUCUUGAAGAGGUUAAUAGAAUAUGUCCUCCCAAAGAUUAAAUAGCCAAUGACCAACAUUAAUAAAUAUUAAAGUGUUACUUUGUACUGAAUCAGACAAACAAUCCAUUAUUUAAUCUUACGCAGAAGUUGAUCAGAGAGUGGAAGUGUAGCGGGGCGGUAAAAUACAUAAAUAAAUAAAUAGACAAGAUUGCGAUUGGCGGGGAUUUUAAAUGUGCAAGUGAUUCUUUGGUUUGUACUUGUUUGAGUCAUGGCAUUUCAGAUCCUGCCCAAAAGGUCAAUGUUUCCAUUCAUCGCCUGCUGAGAAUGUCACAGCUUAUUAUUGUGUGCGAAAAUCCUCGCUGAGCACGCCUAGUGUGUAUUUGCUAUGCAAUGAUUUGUGUCCUUAACACCUUCAUGUAGGUCCACUUCUGUCAAUUUGAAUUCUUUGUAAGCUCUUUGAUGCCAUCAUGUGGUGCUAAUAGGAAUGACCACUUGCUAUUUGCAAAAACCCUGUGUGUAUCCAACUUUCUCUUGAAUUGUCAGUAGAAGUGCAGUUUAAUUUGUCAAGGCAUUAAUACUCAGUAUGUUUUAACAUAUAUGUGAACCGUAUCUUGGAAUUUAGAGAUUUAUUCUGGAAUUUAGAGAUUCACUUAUCUAUACUCCGAAAUGUGUUUCCUUUCUAUUUUACAUAUAUAGAGAUAAAUUGCUUUCCAAUAAUAUUUUUCACUUUAUCAUUCUCCUGCCUGAGGUUGCUGCUGUAAGGUGUCAAGAUCACCAAUGUUUUCCUGGACCUACAUCAAUUCUAUAUUCUGUUUAGAGAUUCAUGAAAAUUGCUAGUGUGCUAUUUGUCAAAUUCAUAUUCUUCAGGAUGUUAGUCACUUACAUGCUCAAGGGAGAGUCACAAAGAAACUGUCUUGACUAGUAAAUGUAUGUUUAAGACUAGAGGGCAGCCCUCUUCAUGAUCUGCCAAUCAGAAGUACAAGUGAUAUGGGUGAUGUUUUAUACAAUAAUAUAGUUUGAUCUUUGAUGAGUUUCUAAACCCAGAUUUUUGUGUGUGUGGCUGUUGUAGAUACAAGACAAGUUCAGACGUCACCCUCUUGGUCGUACGAUCAGUCUUAUCAAUACCUGGGAUCAUCGCAACGCCAUCUGUGCACCCGGCUACACCUAUCUCCCCAGGACGCGCCAGUGGAAUGUCAUCGCUCAGCGCGGAGCUGUCCAGCCGCCUGUCAGGUAAGAUCCUCAAUAAGCAAUAUAUAAACAAGUACCUUUGAAAUGAUCAGAGACAGAAUGUGUGCCUCUACCUUAUAACGAUUCCUGGACAUGUGUUAUAUCUAAUGGCCUAAUAAGAGCAGGGGUAGUCACAUGGUCUAGUGAUUUUGUACUUGCCAUUAAUUUAAAUUGCAUUUUAAGUUUAUUAUGGCGAUAUGUGACUUGUAAUGGGUACCCUGCUUUUAUGCUGCACAGUGACUCCUGCAGGUAGGUACACUCACUAAUGUAAUAAGGAGAUUUUGCCUUGUUAUUGCUGUGAUUGUUAUAAAAUUAUUAACACAAAACAUGUAAAAACUAUUUUAAUAGUUCAAAAUGUGAGGUCUGUCUGAUACAUUGUUUACUCUGUGAUAUAGAUUCUCUGUAGCAUCUGUUCAAACGACAGGGUGGCAGGUUCUGUUCCUUGCAGGGCUAACUUACCCCUAUAUCCUUCCAAUAUCAAUAAAAUUAAUUGAUCUCGUUAUUUAUUAUAUCAAAGCCAUUUCCUAUAACCAGGAAUAAUGCAUUCAGAUAUCUCUUGUUUGAGAAUGUGGUCUAGGGAUUGGAUGUUAUCAUUACCCAACUUAAUAUUAAUUGUUUCAUUGACCUUGUAAGGAUCAAAGGCUGAGUCAGAGCUUACAAUCCAGUGGUUUCUAUUGACUUUUUUUAGCUGAUGCCCUAAACAGAUGAGCUAUUCAACUACCAGUAGUAAAAGUGGCAACAAUUUUAACAGUGCUAUACAAAGCGUUCGCGAGACAAACACCAGUAAGUUGCACAACGUAAGUUUGACACACAGAAAACUACAGAAAUGAGAUCUGUAAACUGUAUAUGACUUUAGUAGAGUUAAAAAGAAGGCCGGAAUUGAUGGAGACCAAAGGGGAUUGUGAUAGGGGAAAGCUGUUAAAUGGUUAGUUAAUAUGCCUUUCUUAUAAGGUUCAUUUUUAAGGCAAAGUCUAAUUAAAAUUAUCAGUAACCUAGGUUAUAGCAGUUUUGGUGGAGUGUUUAGACUGGAAGCCGUAAUCGAGAAAGUCAACGUGGAAGUUAGAUCUAACGUAGUUGGUUAGUCUAGUGUCUACAACCUGCUCAGAAGUGACACGAAUCAGUAAUUGGAUGGCGAAUCUGCAUCAAGUCAAAGUUUGUGUGUAGAAUGUUUUUAAAGGUGAGAGAGACACUAGAGAGAAAUUGCACAUACACUCCAGUCUAUCCCUUCUGGUAAAUUCCUUUGAUUGCUCAGUACAUACUUGUAGAAAUCAUUGAGAAUUCUGCUGAAAGCCUGGUAUUUUCUCUGUACUAAUCUCUUGACCUUUUUCUGUGACAUGUUUACUGUAUGUACAUGAAGACUGCAGAGUGGCAUGGUCCAGUGUUAAGUUGACAAUUCCAUAGAUAAAGAGCGGGCUUUCCUUUUGGGAUCGCUAUGGUUAUACAUUUAUCAUUUUUCCCAGUUUCACCUAUAACCUGCAGAUAUUGAACAUGCUCCAUUAUUUGCAUUGUGAUUAUGAGUAAACUUGUGUUCAUCUUAACCCCUGUAGGAAAAAAUACUGACUAAUUCUUACAUUUAAAAAAAAAUCACCUUUAAAGGGAUUCUAUAGUGCCAGAAAAACAAACCUGUUUUCCUGGCACUGUAGAAUUCUACAGUGCCCCCCUCCCGCGCGGCUGAAGGAGUUUAAACCUCUUCAGUCACUUACCUGAAUCCAGCGCUGAUGUCCCUCGGCGCUGGAUUCAGGUCAGUCGGCGGGGGAGACCUAAUGCGCAUGCUCGGCACUGGCCUCACUCGCAUUAAUAAUGCUUUCCUAUGAGGAAACACUGAUGCUCUAGGUCCUCAUGCAGAGCAUGAGGACAUCUAGCAUCAGAUAGACAGCCACUAGUGGAGGAGUUAACCCUCAGAGGUAAAUAUUGUAGUUUCUCAAAAACUGCAAUAGUUACCACUGUAGGGUUAAGGGACAUCGAACAUUGCACCAAGACCACCUCAAUGAGCUGAAGUGGUCUGGGUGCCUACAGUGUCCCUUAAACAGCUCCUACAACAGAGUUUUAAUGUGCCACUCAUUUAAUGGUGUCAAAGCUGUAUAGAUCUCCAGAGUUAAUUCCAUACUGGCGCAGGAUCUACAGAGAUCAGAUUGUGAUGACAGCAUGAGAUUGAGAUAUCAUUGAUCCUUUAGAAGGUAGACCGGUGACAUCAUACAAAUUGUUGCUAGAGUCUGCAAAGAUCUUAAAAAGUUGGAGACCAAAAAUAAAUAUAUUGAAAGAUCUAAUUUAAAUAAGCAUGAAAUAAAAAUACUAAAAGAUCUUUAUAAUGAUGAAUCUAUUGUCAUUAAACCUGCCGACAAGGGAGGAGGCUUGGUCAUAUUAUCAAAGGACCAAUAUGAAAAUGAGGCCUAUAAACAACUAAAUGAUGUUAAUACGUACACAAAACUCAGUAAUAAUCCCACACCAGAGAUGAUAUUAAAGCUUCAAAUGUAUCUAGAAGAGGGAAAGAGAUCUGGUAUCCUAAAUAAAAAUGAACUCAUAUAUAUUAACAUACAACACCCCCGUAUUCCGGUUAUUUAUUUUCUCCCCAAGAUCCAUAAAAGUCUAAUCAACCCCCCCGGCAGACCUAUAGUGUCCGGGAUCGGAUCUUUAUUUUCAAACCUGUCUGAGUAUAUUGAUAUCCUAUUACAACCAUAUGUUGUAAGAACCAAAUCCUACUUAAAGGACUCCAUUGAUCUAUUAAACAAACUCAAGAAUAUUCAAUGGGAGAACGAUUUUCUACUCAUCACUUGUGACGUCCAGUCCUUAUACACUAUUAUUAAACACCACCAAGGAUGCACAGCAGUAAGAACGAUGUUAGAAAAAGAAAAAAUAAUGCCACAGGAUCAAAUAGAGUUUCUAAUCAAAGGGAUAGAUUUAAUCCUCAGUAACAAUUAUUUCUGGUUCAAAGACAGUUUUUAUUUACAAAAAACGGGCACAGCUAUGGGCACCAGGUUUGCGCCCAGCUAUGCUAACCUCUAUAUGGCGGAAUGGGAAGACAGAUAUAUCUGGAGUGAGCAUGGCUGGGCAAAAAACCUGGUGUCCUAUUCAAGAUACAUCGACGACCUCCUCUUCAUAUGGAAAGGAAGUUCUACCGAAGCUAAUAAAUUCAUUUCCUUUUUAAACACUAACCAAGAAGGUAUAAUUUUAACUUCAGAAAUUAGUGACUCCCAUAUCACAUAUUUAGACCUAAAUAUUUAUAUAAAAAACAACACAAUUCAUACUAAAACUCACUUCAAACAAGUUCAUGUCAAUAAUUACAUCGAUACUAAAAGCUGCCAUAAUAAAGUAUGGCUUGACAGCAUCCCAAAAAGCCAAAUGCUAAGAUUAAGAAGAAACUGUACAGAAACCCCAGUUUUUAAACAGCAAGCAGAAACAAUAAAAGAAAGUUUUUUAAAAAAAGGAUACAAUAAAACCACUAUCCAAUCCACUUUUAAUCAAGCUUUGUCUAUUAACCAAAAAGACCUACUAACCAAGAAGAGAAAUCUAAAACAAAAUAUUUCAUUACCUGUCAUACUAGACUACAACAACAAAAACAAAGAAUUAAAAAAGAUUAUUAACAAACAUUGGAAUUUACUAAAGGAAGAUACUAUUCUUAAAAAUUUAAUACCAGAGAGACCAAAAAUAGUUUUUAGGGGAGCGCCCAACUUAAGGAUGCAUCUUACAAAAAAUUACACAAAACCCGAAAAAGAAAAAAAUAUAGGGACUAGUUUUUUAAACAAAAUAAAAGGUUUCUAUAAGUGCAACAUGUGUAUUGCAUGUAAAAAAACUAAAUCUACAUCUAGACUAAGAUCGAAUUUUAAAUCAAACAAUAACGGCAAGUCCUAUAACAUAAAAGAAAUAAUUACAUGCAACAGUAAAAGCGUUAUAUAUUUAUUGGAAUGCCCUUGCGGCCUACAAUAUAUAGGACGGACUAUUAGACCUUUAAAAACUCGUAUUGCUGAGCAUUGUAGAAACAUAGAAAAAGGUUUUAAAAAUCAUUCUGUCUCAUCCCAUUUCUGUAUCCAUGACUAUGACCCCAAAAAUCUCACCUUCACUGGUAUUGCUAUUGUCAAAUCACACUGGAGAGGAGGUGAUUAUAUUAAAAAAAUAGGACGUACAGAGAUGGAAUGGGUUUACAAUAUGAAUACCCUACAUCCAGAUGGUUUAAAUAUAGAAUUUGAUUUAUUUAAUUUUUUAUAAACACCAUUUUUUUUUUUUUUUUUCCAUCUUAUACCAUCCUAUUUCUUUCUUAUUCACCCCAUUUCUUUAUUAUUUUACUGUAUUCAUAUUUAUCUUUAUAUUUAUCUCAUAUUUUUCAUAUAUAUACAUAUGUGUUUUAAAUUUGAUUUUAUAUUUAUACACUUAUUUAUAUGUGUCUAUCCCUAUAUGUUUUUACCAUUUUUUUACCAUUUUUUUACAAUUCCUUGCUACCUAUAUAUGUACAUUUGUCUAUACAUGUACAUAAUAGGACCAUCCAUUUAUUCAUUCUACUUAUUUAUUUAUUUUUUAUACAUCCACCCCUUUUACAACAAAUUGGACUUAAAAAAUGAAUGAUGGACAUUGUAUGUAUUAUUGGAAGCUCAAGACUGCCUCCACAAAAAGGAUGCUAUGUACCCUAUACAUCUUUAUGCCUACAUCAAAGAAGAGGGAGGGGAAGAAAGGAAUAAGAAAAGGAGAAAGAAAAAAAGAGAAAAAAUAUCUUGUUGCCUCCAUACACAUCUUUAAUUUUCAAUUGAUGGGACACUCUUCUGCAACACUAGAUGUUUGAACUACCUGGCUAAAAGAAUUUUUAUGAACUUUCUAUUUCUCUUUUAUAAAUUAAGGAAGAAAAGCUCAUUUGCUAUUUUAAUCCAUAUGUUUUGCUUUUGUUUAUGUAUUACUCCCCCUUUUUUAUGUGAUAGAUUAUGUGAUAGAUUAUGUUUGCGGCAGCUAUGCGUUCCAUGCUGGAACGCAUGAUUUAUACUUUCCGCCCACGUGGGCGCCGCGUCAUUUCCGGUGCGACGCGUGCGCUUCAUAGUGGAUGUAGACCUACACGUUUACGCCGCGCCGCUUCCGGUCCUGACUUGUGCGCCCACGCUGGCCGCGCCGCUUUUGUUUAUGAUGCGUGCGUUCCACGCUGGUUUGCCUACACCCACGUGGACGCCGCACUACUUCCGGCUUUCGCCUAUGCGCGGUUUUUUGCCGAGGCACACCUGAAAGACAGCAAUUAUCAUUUUACUCAUGUAAGUUAUGUAUUUAUAGGAAGUUUUGGAUGUAUGUUUUUUACACUUCUGAUGAAGCCAUUGGCGAAACGCGUUAAGUGUUAUCUUUUAUAGCAUUAUAUUUUAUUAGAAAUACUAUUAAAUAUAUCUUUUACGUUAUAUUCUAUUUUAUUUCAUCUGUAUCAUCCACUUCCUGACCUACAUAUCCUUCAGUGGGGAUUAUACCACUGUAAGCCUUAUACACUAGAGCAAGUUGUCUGCUCUAGCAAAUGUGAGUAUAUUACUUUUAUUUAUUUAUUCAUAUUUGGAGUUGGAACUAUUACACUAUUGGAGUUUCCCUUCUUUUUCCAUUUUGAUUUGUGCCACCAUACCAUUGGAGUGCCAAGACGUUGGACCUUUUAUCCUUCAGUGGGGAUUAUACCACUGUAAGCCUUAUACACUAGAGCAAGUUGUCUGCUCUAGCAAAUGUGAGUAUAUUACUUUUAUUUAUUUAUUCAUAUUUGGAGUUGGAACUAUUACACUAUUGGAGUUUCCCUUCUUUUUCCAUUUUGAUUUGUGCCACCAUACCAUUGGAGUGCCAAGACGUUGGACCUUUUAUCCUAAGACGGGGAUUGUACCGUCCAGGCCAAUUACGGUAGAGCUCCUAUAAUAGCUCCACCAUAUGUGAGUUCAAAAUACCUCCGCUUUAUUUAUUAUCUUUUUCAAUAUUGUUAAACAUACCACACUAUUGUAUAUUCUCUUUUUGUGUUCUUUUUUUGAGGAUAUACUUACAACCAUCAAGAGACAUCAAGUGUAUGUAUAUAGAAUUUAUGUAAGGCGCGGUUUCCUCCCUUCUUCUUUCUAUACAAAUUGUAGUUUGCAAGAUUAUAAGGCAGGUAACGCUGAAAAUGUAACAAUAUGGGUGUCACUGAGCUGUAAAUCUCACACUUCCUAUCCACUAGUAGCUGGUGCCGGCUGAGGGUAAUGGAUGCUGGCUUCCAAGAUCACCUGCCUCUUUUACCUGCCUUUGUAGUAAGCACUGGCGGUGGGUUCCCUAUUAACCCUUUGAGUGCAAGGGAGCAUUCUGGCAUGGAAUAGAGUUAAAUCUGAGCUUUGGAGACACAAUGGAAGCAUUGUUCAUUUUCUUAGCGAUUUCAAGACUCCCUUUCCCAUGGAUAACUGUACUGUGGAUUUUAGUAAACAGUGCAAGACCAGACUUCCCAUUGAACGCUACACCAGAAAGCAGUGAUCGCUUGCUUUUCAGACAGACGCCACACCUUGUCUGAGCAGACGUUCAUACCUACGGGCUUGUUUGUUUUGCGUUAAUUGUACUGUAUGUUGCUGCCAAGAUACGGUCUGACAUGGUGCAUUCAUUUGUGUCAUGCUGAUGAGCCCCUUAAGUGGGACAUUACCUGUUCAAGUAAUUUAACCCUCUCUGGUUCCUGUCUAGGUCACUGUAAUUGUCUUCUCAUCCUUUUUGGCAGUGUCAAGGUUAACUGGCUCUUUAUUUUUUUAAACUGACUCUUGUCAUCUCCAUUGUGUCUCCUUUAACUUAUCACAUUCAGUGAAAAAUAAACUUUUUUUUCUUUCUGCUUAAAAAUAAAUCGUUUUCUUAAAUGUCUUUGAGUUAUUCUGUUGAUUUACGCCAGUCUACUAUGGGGGGGUGGGGGGGAAAUCAAGGAUUCCUGAAUAAACUGGCACUUGCUUUCUACGCUGAAAGAAAAAUGAUAGUCUUGUGUUGAGAGAUCAUUAUAUGUUUGUGAGCAGACUGGAGAUACAGUUUGAACAUUUUUUGAUCUUAUCUCACGAUGUUACUGUAGGCAAAAUAUCGCAUUAUCUGUCACAAAUACUUCUUUAUAUUAUAUUAUGUUUUUGUCUGAUGCAUUCAUGUAUGACUCCACUGUUAUAGAAUCCUCAUAUUACAUGAUUUACUACUAGACAUCCUGCAGCGUAGAAUGUGACGCUGUACAGGCAUUCCUACAUUGGAAUAGCUUGCACAUUGUCUAGUUUGGGUGCUAGCAAGCUGUAAAGAUGUUAUGGAGUGGUAUUUUGUAACUUGUAAGGAACGUUAAGUGACACGUCUUUUAUAUAGUUUUAGAGAAAUUAUUCUUGUAGGUCUUUUGCUGAAUAUAUGUAUUUUUUUAAAUACUUUUUUAAUUAAAUGGACUCCAUCGCAUAAACAGUAUGAAUGUAGGACUGGUACCAUGACCCCAUUAGAAAUAUUGUGCCAAAAUAUAAAAUAAAUAAAAAUAGCUGUUUAGUAGAUAUAUCCCCAAUGAAAGCAUACGUGCAUCUAAAUAUGCAUUUUUUUCAUUAGGGGUCAUAUCUAAAAACAGGCUUGUAAAACCUGCAGUUAUCUUGUCUGCUGCUUUUGCAAGCCCUCCCCUUCUAACCCGACCCAGACUUUCUAUUACUGUCCAAUCAUAGAAUUCCCAAUGCAGUUCAAUGAGAAGUCUUUGCAAGGUAGAUGCCCUGGGCAAUUGCUGCCUCUUGAGUUUAGCUCCACUGAGCUAACCAAACCAGGAAGUAACAGGACCCGUUGUCUGCAUAAAACCCUGGGGGUGUUACCUGGUAAAUUCAUAAAAGUGUCAGUUCUAAUUAAAUCUGUACUUCUUACAAAAUGAAAAAAGAGGACACACUCUUCACACAUAAAACUUUUAUGAAAGCUAAAGUGCUUUAGGGGUCUGGAGUGUCCCUUUAACCCCUUAAAGGAACACUAUAGUCACCUAAGUUAUUUUAGCUAAAUAAAGCAGUUUCAGUGUAUAGAUCAUUCCCCUGCAAUUUCACUGCUCAAUUCAUUGUCAUUUAGGAGUUAAAUCACUUUGUUUUUGUUUAUGCAGCCGUAGCCACACCUCCCCUGGCUUUGAUUGACAGAGCCUGCAUGAAAAAAAAACUGGUUUCACUUUAAAACAGAUGUAAUUUACCUUAAAUAAUUGUAUCUCAAUCUCUAAAUUAAACUUUAAUCACAUACAGGAGGCUCUUGCAGGGUCUAGCAAGCUAUUAACAUAGCAGGGGAUAAGAAAAAUCUUAAUUAAACAGAACUUGCAAUAAAGAAAGUCUAAAUAGGGCUCUCUUUACAGGAAGUGUUUAUGGAAGGCUGUUCAAGUCACAUGCAGGGAGGUGUGACUAGGGUUCAUAAACAAAGGGAUUUAACUCCUAAAUGGCAGAGGAUUGAGCAGUGAGGCUGCAGGAGCAUGUUCUAUACACCAAAACUGCUUCAUUAAGCUAAAGUUGUUCAGGUGACUAUAGUGUCCCUUUAAGGACACGUGACAUGUCAUGAUUCCCUUUUAUUUUAGAAGUUUGGUCCUUAAGGGGUUAAGGGAGUUGUGUUCAUUAGAUAGUCUCUUAUUUGGUAUUCUUAGGGCAAUUCUACAUAAGCAUAUCAAAUAAGGGAGUUAAGUAAAAAGCAGCUGUAAGAUAACAUUUAAGAUAAGUCACUAGGGUUGACAAUAUUUAACGAGACAACAUUAGGGAGCUGUUCAGUAGUUGGAUCCCCAAUUUGGUCCUCCUAGAUGGGAUUUUUAAAGAUAUGAAAUAAGUAAGAUGCCGCUGCAACCCACGACAUAGAUCAGCAUUUAAUUAUUUCGAAUGGAAUUCCAAAAUGAAAAAAAAUAUAAUUAUAUAUAAUAGUUAAUAGUCUGGUGAAGAUUCAGAUUUGCAAAUGUCUCCACUGGGUUAUAUGUUGGCUACUUACUGUCUGCAAAGCAGGGGAAGGUGGUCUGAAUAGUUUUCUACGUAGAGAGAAAUACUGGUUUGUUGGGAGCUCCCCUUGGCACUUAAAUUAAAAAAAAUUAAAAAAAACAGGUCUGUGUGCAUUGUUAGGUCAUCAAAGCAUGAUGUUAUCUUAAACCUCUUUGUGGCAAAGGUCUAGGCAAGUCCCAUUGUCGUGAUGCUCCUGACAUGACAUUUCUUACGAAGGGGUUAAAACCUAGUCUGUAUCGGGUUCUCUGAGGACUGUGAACCACAACGUUAAGGAAAAGAGUGUUUAUUAAUUCCUAGACACAAACUAUCACCAGCUUUUCAUGCAACUGUUUUUUGAGUCUGAAAUCGUUAUCACAUAGCACAUUAUAUAGUCAGUUGUUGUCAGCUGUAUAAAAAGGGACUUUUUGUCUGACACAAGGAGCAAUGAAUGAAAGGUUUGAAGCUUUUAACGGCCUCCACAUUCCCUGAUAAUCAGCAGAUUAAUUUUCUCCAGAAAAUGCAUUUUGUUUUUAUAGCAUUUGGAGAACAGACAAUAUUCAGGCUUGUGGGAGUCGAGAAUGUUUUCUCAAAGCCAAGAAAAUUACGGAAUCUGUACAGCUUGGGGCUCAAUAUUCUACAAAAGAGUUAUAUUAUUUACUAUUCCAUCUCUUAUACAAGUAUCAUUUUUACCAUGUAGUUAUUGCUCAGUCUAUUCUACAGACAUGGCCAAUACAAGUUGAUGUUUGGUUAGUCUUCCAGAUCCGGGUCCUGGUUAAAGUAGGGAUUUGACUAAGAUGCCAAUGGCUCAUUAGCCAUUAUCCUUAGAGUCUAUUCUUUAAAAUAAAACAAUCAUGCCUUCUCUUAUAAUAAAUAAAAGCAAAUAAAAGCACCAGUUCAUACAUUUAUUGCAGAAUUCAACCCCAAAUCAAAUACUGGCUUAAACUUUUGUGCAAUAGAGGAUCCUGCCUAAAUCUCAUAUAUUAACUAGAUUCUCAUACCAUAAAUUAUAAUUAAUCUAUAUAGAUUAUUGCAUCUAGCCGUGUGACCAGUUAUUUUACCAUAAUAUCGCAUAUCUCACGUUUUCUCAUUUGGAAAAAAAAUGCAAUUUGUUCUCCUUGCUAUGUCAACUGAUUCCAUAUAAUAUAUUUGGACCCCAUUUUCCCUCUCCCUUUAUGAUUUUGUCACUUAGUAUCCUUUCUAUACAUAGUAUAUUGGCCUAUUCGCUGUGUAACAUCUCAGCUAUUAAUAGGAAUUUAAAAUACAGUAUUAUUUUAUAACUAGUGGCUAGAAGAAUUAUUUGAUAGUAAGAUCUCUGUGAUCAGAACACUUUUCUCCUUCCUAAGUAGUUUAACACUCGCAGACAUGAUACCAAGAAUAGGAAUUCAUGGAUUCAAACUCAGGUUUAUUAUUUACAUUCAUUUCUUGGGAUUAAUGUGACAAUAUCGUAAAGUUUGUUUUAUUCUCAAUUAAUAUUUCAUAUGUUUAACUGUUAUGUUUUAACUCUAAUUUUCUUUCUUCUUUUUUUGCCCCACAGGAGCCUCUGACCUUACAGCAUUUAGCGACCCUCGAGUUGGGAUUGAUCGUCAGUUUUCAGCACUUCCUUCAAUAUCAGAUCCACGUAUGCACUACCCGGGGGCCUUUACAUAUACCCCAACUCCAGUCUCUUCAGGAAUAGGAAUUGGUAUGUCCGCAAUGACUUCCGCCACAAGAUACCAUACCUACUUACCACCUCCAUAUCCAGGAUCAUCUCAGGCUCAAGGCGGUCCUUUUCAGACCAGUUCACCCUCCUAUCAUCUGUAUUAUGGAACAUCAGCUGGAUCGUACCAGUUCUCCAUGAUGUCGGGGGGAGACAGAUCACCACCUCGUAUUCUUCCACCUUGCACUAAUGCCUCGACAGGGUCCACUCUCUUGAACCCCAACCUUCCAAACCAAAGUGAUGUAGUAGAGACUGAGGGAAGCCACAGCAAUUCUCCAACCAACAUGGGUACCACACCGAGGUUGGAAGAAGCAGUAUGGCGACCAUACUGAGAAGGACUGAGUCUGGAAGUCUUAUGAAGUCCAAAAGUGAAUUCACUUCAUUUCAUGGACAAAUUGGUUUACAUGGCUGCUGGAAGAUAUGUUGAUGAAACUGAUUACUUCUGGCUUAACAAUGCUGUGAAAUCACAAAAUGAAGAGAAGAGAAAUGAUUUCAUACACUUGUCUUUUCCAAGUAAUAUAUGUUUCAGGACUUCAAAUUUUAAAGAUGGAGUCGGGGAAAACAUGUUUUCACGUCUAACUUUUUAUUUGCGUUUCUGGAGGAAUUCUCAAUCUGUACAAGGAGACCAAGAGGACCUUGUAACUGAAACUUUAAAUUAAAUUAUUUAAACAUUUCGUAGCAUCGAUAUAAAUCAUGGAGCUUGUGAACCAAUCAUCUACUGUAAACCAGUUUAUAUUGAGUUACAUUUUGGCUGUUGUAUUAAAAUACAGUAAAAUACAGUUUGCCUUGGACGUAACUUUUGUAAAUUUUUUUUAAAAAAAACUCAGAAAGGUUGCCCCUGUCUACUGGCACCUUAGGCUUAUUAUUUGCUUUUCCUACUGCUUUCUGAUAUAAAUUGCCCUCAUUUUUUUUACAUAAACGUUGUAGCUUUUUAUGUUGAUUUCAGUACUCCUCAAUGACUGUUGUUAUAUGAACUGCAGAGCCCCAUCUGGGAUUUUUUUUUUUUUUAAUUUAUUUUUUUUUGUGUGUAAUAUUUGGGGCACUUGUUGAGGAUGCUUGUGUUGUCUCUUUUAUACAUGAACAUUGUUUACAAUUUAAUGUUUUUGGAUAAUUUGUCCAGAAAAUCUACUAUGUUUUCCAAAAUGUCUUGCCAAGUCUGCAGAUUAUUAAUCUGUUACAAGUAACCUGUGAUAAUAUAAUGUUGUGCAUAGGUUAUCGGUGUAUUUUGCUCAGCCAACCAAAUAACAGUGAUGGUGAUCCUUGCCUGGUACCAAGAUCCCAGUGUGUUUAAUGCAUACUCUCAGCUCUCUUUAGUUGAAAAAAAAUAAUCAUUUUUUAAAGUCUUAUUUAAAUAUUAAAUUUUUAUUGUCCUCCGCUAAGAUCACAUGAAUAAAAUAGAUCAUGGAGUUUAAAGUCCCCAGAUUGUACGAUGUGAAGUUACUUUUCUCUGUUUAGAAAGAAAUUUCACCUUUACUUCGAUCGAGUUGUCCGUAAGCCUCAUACAUAUAUGAAUUUUUGGGCAAGCCUCACUCUAUUUCGAAACAUCUAAUUUGCCAUCUUUUCUUCUGGCGUAAGGGUAAUGUUGGCUGGUGAACUAGUGAGGCUAUGGAGGAGAAAAAUGACUACACCUAUAGUGGCACAGACUGCUCUUUAUUGGUGCAUAUCUAACUCAACAUUGUUGUUAUACACAUUGGUGCAAGAUGCGAUAUCAGGUCACCACCGUGCUUUCUAAUAUAACAUAGCUAUCUGGACAACUGCUGCUCAAACUACAUUGCUUGCUGUUGUUAUUGCUCUGUCUGAAACUGCAGUAGCUGGCAAGUUCGGAUGAGCAGCAGUUCGUCAGAUAAUAGUCGAGUCUGACCCAGCAUGGCUCCACAGACAGAUUAAAAAAAGUGAACUUUUCUCCCCCCCCCAAAAAACAUAUACAUGAUUUAGAAAAAUAUCAUUAUGUUUCAUUAAAUGUAAUAAACCUUUAAAAAAUGAGAAGUGACAAUUUGAUGACAGUUGCAUUUAAGUUAAAUGAAAAAGUUGCAAAGACAAUAAAGUAUCCAGACUUUCAUAGGAAAUAGGUAUUCAUUGCUGGGUCGCCGGACCUUGUAUUUGAAGAAAUCCUUCCAGAUUCAUAUUUAUCUGUCUGUAGUAAAUCUGAAUCUCUGUAUAAUCCAAAGCAGCAACAAUUAUUCCUGCAUUACCCCUGUAGCCGGAUCCUACAUUUAAGAAUAGCAGUCAUUGGGGGUAUUUAUUAACAUGGGAUCAGUAUUAAGAGAAGGUUUGUCUGUGAUUAUAGAAUGUUUAUACCCGUUACGGAACCCAAUGUAAUUGAGUAUAUGUUGUGCAUAUGCUAAAAGUACUGGACAUAUCUUUCCAUUCUAUCAUACUUUUUACGAUAGUUUAAUACUUUGCUUCAUACUGCGGAGGCAUAGGUUUUGCACACCUUUGAAUGUGGGAUUCUGAUAUAGAAACUCCUGGACUUGAUAGCUCAAUAUUAGUUCUGUGGAACAUCUAGUGUGGUGUGUAUCUAUAUCCACACCUAGCUAUAACCUGUCUGUUCUUGUCCCUUGUCUACAUACUAUCACUUUUCACUUGUGUAUUGUUGCAUACUCACAGAUGAUAUUCACCCUGAUAGGUCUCACCUUGCCCAGUCAAAACUUAGUAAGUAGGAGACAAGAAACCAGGCUAUUAACGCACUGAUGUUUCCAGAGUAUGGGAGAGAAAACCAGUCAAUUGCCAUAGCAGUUUUGCCUGAGUUAAUGUGAGGUCUUUGGGGUCUUGAUCUUUCAAUAUUUCCAAAGUACGGAACAGAGUUCCAGCCCAAUAAACCACCAAAUAUCUCAAAGUAAAGACAAAAGGUCAAUUGUCCACCACUGUUCUCAGAUAAAGGAUGAUGGUCCCAAUUUACCAAUGAUCCCAGACUUAAGGCCAAUAAAUAAGCAAUACUCUUGGAACAAGGUUCAAACUUAAGUUCCACUAAUUUACCAAAAUUCCAAGAUGGCCAACCCCUAAUGGUCCACUAAUAUUCACAAAGUAAGAGUGAGAACACAGAGCCACUUGUCCUUGAAUUUUCUCAGAGUAAAAUGUAGGUCUUUCAGCUACUGUUCCACCAAUGUUGCCAGCGCAAAAUAUAAGAUUCUUGGCCAUUGACCCACCCAUAUUCUCAGAGUAAAAUGUAAGACUGCUGCCCACUUUUCUAUCAAUAUCCCCAUAAUAUGAACAAGGACACUAAUCCAUCAGUAAUCCCAGUGUAAGACCAGGGACAAUGGACCAGUGAUUUACCAGUAUGCACAGAGUAAUAGUGAAGAAACCAGGACUACGAACCACAACUAUUCUCAGAGUAAAGAGCAUGGUCUCUGAGCCUCUGGUACACCAAUAUUGCUAGAGCAAAGGAUAUUACUAGUUAUACAUUAUUUUUAAAGUGUCAAAGAUCAUUUUUGACUCAUUAAUAUUAUGCAAAAAGCAGAGUGUGACUGAGUGUGAUAUAAUUUUUACAACUUGUAAUAUAGACGUGUUCAGUUGCCUUGAACUGACAUGGAACAAACUAUGAUGGCAAAUGUUACUAACAUGAAACAAACUAUUUGCAACUCUAGUCACUAGAUGUGGUUGAAUGUUAGCCCUUUUGGUUUCUAUCUCAUACACGCUAUAUCACGUCAUAUAAAAAAGUGGCUUCUUCACGAAACGGUGAAUACUGGUGGAUUGAAAACCGAAUUACAAAGUUUAGGUCAGACAAAGCUUGUUAUAAAAAGAUAAAUUAGACAUUUUUGCAAUGCAACUGUUUUUCCUUAAAUUUCAGAAGCUGGAUUUCGAUUCACCACAACUCAGUGUUUAAAGGGACACUAUAGUCACCUGAACAACUUCUGCUUAAUGAGGUUGUUCAGGUGAGAACUAUAGCUCCCUGUAGCCUUUCUCGUGUAAACACUGUAUUUUCUAAGACAUUGAAAGCUAGGAACCUCUCCAGUUGCAGUCACUCAGAGUGAUCCAGAGGGACUUCUGAGUUGAUGGGGUCUCCAACCCCACGUUUUAUGAAUGCCAGAAUCAAGAUGACACCAUGUUUGUAGAAAUUGUGCGUUUUCAUAUCUCAUUGAUCUUAAAGGAGCACUGUCGCUUAGCUUAUGUAUAAUAAAUAUAUACAUGAGAAAAUGAACCAUGAUCUAUGCAUUGAGCUAGCUUCAAGUUACGCUACCAAGAUUGCACCAAACCUUGUAUGCAAAUUAAUUGAAGUUUGUUUCCGUAUGAAGCUGCAUGGUGAUUUUUCAAAGAGGUCUGCGGCUAUACAUUUUCUACAAUGUUAAUUCUUAAUUCAUACAUUAUUCUACAGGUACAAUAUAUACAUGAUGUUUUGUUGUUUUUCUGUUGUUUGAUUUUAAUAUUUCUUAUGCAUGUUUAAAAGCUGUUGACACUUUGCCAUUAAGCCAUACAGUGUGUCAAAUGUGUAAUUUAAAAACAUUAUUAUUAAUGCAGCCCCUUUGGUGCUCAAAGACAUUUCUUUCCUUGGCACAGAAGGGGUUAAAUAAUGUAGGUUAUUUCAUUCCACUGAGUGUAAAAUGAGAUUGCAUAUGCAACGGAAGAGAUUUGUUUGCUUGGAUGCAGUGGUAACAUACAAAUAUAUAGAUUGCUUGUGUGCAUUUAUGUUUGUUUAAAUAUGUAAAAAAAAAAUGUUUAUUUAAUGUGCUUUUAAAAAUAUUGCUGGUCAACUCAGAAGACUAUUUGAAAGCAGGGCUUCAAAUCAGUGUUUGAUAUAAAAACAACUUUAAAAAAAAUUAACAAAAAUAAAAAAAAAAUUCCCAGCUGCAGGCAGCUCAGCAUUUGGACUUAUUUAACAUUGUUUUCCAUUUUGAUUUUUUUUUAC